GGAACCCGUGUGACCCGGGCAUGCGCGCCUUGUGUCCCGGCGAACCGCGCAUGCGCGGCUAUUUAAAGCCACAACAAUCGGGUCAGUCGUUGUUGACACGGAAGAACCGUGAUAGCAGUAACAAAACUGGGGCUGUCUUCUUCACAAAAACAUUGGGACACUUAGCCUGCUGUUAUAUUCUGACCAGUUAGCGGGUUCUGUUGGAUGAGAGCCUCCAGUCCUUCAGGGUGGCUGGAAUGUGACUAUGUGACUUGGUACUGAGCAGACACAAAGGUCCUUCUAAGGCAGCAGGUGGCACUUACCUCUAUAAAUAUAAAACAGUGCACUUGCCACAGUCAGGACUGGGUGAUAGGCACCCCCAAGCUCUCUAAGGGGUAUGAGGUGAUGAGAGUGGUCCUCCUUUGACUCAUUCUGGUCCCAAAAUGUCUCACUGGCUCUUUCCAUGGUCAAGUUCCAUCAAGAAGAGGGCAUGCAGGUAUCUUCUCCAGCGAUACCUUGGGCACUACUUGGAGGAAAGGCUGAGCCUUGACCAGUUGAGCUUGGACCUCUAUAAUGGAAGUGGCCGGCUAACCGAUAUACACCUGGAUAUUUGGGUAAUAAUAAUGAUUUUCUUGUUUUAUGUGUUAUUAUUAGUUAUAAAGUUCCAACGCAUUCCGCAGCACAGUUCUACUCAAUUUCUGAGCCUGUGGUGCCUGCACCCUACGGUCUCCAUCUGAUGGUAUCUGGGUGCAUGUUGAUGCUUGUUUAAUUUCAGUUGUUACAAGAUAUUAUGUAAGAUAAAGUUGUUGUUAAGGGUAUUUGUGUGAAUAAGGCACGAUACUUGGGUAAAUUUGGACGUAUAAUAAUUACGCUAUGUUAGGGAUUAUUGCGAAGUAAAGAAUUGUGUUGAAUUGAAGUCCAAAAUGCUAAGUUUUAACUUGAAGUACCAAGCUAAAACAAAUUGCAGAAUUUGAGAUUUUUUUCUAAUUCUUUUCCACAGGCCUACAUUUUGAACUUUGUUUUUCUCUUCACUGCUGUUCAAUGUUUAGCAAAUAAUUGACCAACACUGUUACAUAUAACUGUACAACUAUGAAACUGUGAUAAUUUAUGAUACUUAAUAAAUAUCAACCAAAAUUAAAUACUUGAUAUUUUUAAGGGACAAGUAUUAAAAGUUAAAAUAUUAGGAGAGAUUUAUCAGGGCAAAGAGGUGCUAUUCUGAGGCAAAUAGCUAAAUAAGGAACAAUUACCAUGGAACAAUAGACUUGUCUCUCAACGUUUGGGACUUUUAACCUAAAAUAGCCUCUCUGUUGCCUUGGUAAGUUUCCCGUUAAAAACAGUUUAGUACAACGUCAUGCUUCAUUAAAUGAGUCAUACAGAGAAUCUAUACUAAGAAGAAUCUAUACUUAGAAUGCAAAUUGCUCAUAUGUAAACAUGAUUUUAUCCAUUCAUAAAAUAAGAAUGUGAAAAUAGUUAAUUUCCUGACCAAGUAAAAGAAAACAUGUAUAUUAUUGUUCAUGUAUGUGUAAUUCACUAAGCAUUUACAUAAUCUUAGUAUGUAGGUUGUUUAGCAAUUUUCUACAAAACAAAAAUGCAAAAUAAGAAAACUUCUUAGUGGAUAUUGGAUAUGAGUUUUUGAUCAGGCUAAACAUAGCGAUAUAAUAAAACACUUUUAAAGUGGGACUUUCAUUUACAAAAUAUAUUAAUACCAAGUACUACUUCUGGCCAUUGUAAUCAAAUUUUGUUUCUAUAUGUAUGGUGGCACAAUAAGUAUAUUUGCGUGCUGUAUUGAUUGCUGUGGAAAGCACGUUAAUCUGUGUGAUCAGAGGUAUGUGUAAAAAAAAAAAAAAAAAUAUGAAAAAAAUAAAUGUAAAGUACAACUCACAUUUCAUCUAUACAUUUAUUGAGAUUAUGUAUACAGUACUGUAUAUGAAAUGUUGUGCCCCUUUUGAUACUGUGUCCUGAUUGCUUGGCAGGUGUUCUUAGCAUCAUACAAUAGCCUCCUGCUCAAGAAUAGCAAAGUAAGAUUUAAAAACAAGACAGUCUCGACUGUCUUACAUACAAAAUAUACCCUUUUGUUUAGAAGUAAUCUAUAUUUUUAGCUCUAGGAUUCUUUUGCAACAGCUGAUAUUUCUAGCAGGGAAUCUUGUCAUUCAAAAUUGUUGCACAAUAAAGUUCCAUUUGUCCUUUAUGCUGUUAGCAGAACCAGUGUCAAAGGAAACAAAUCAAUUGGCUGUGUGGUGUCCCCAGGACCUCAUAACAGAUGGAAUAACCUACCUCUUUUUGUCUCUAGGGACUCUGUAGUAACUAGGGGAAGUAUAACCUUCUGUCUUUAUCAUCCACUAUGCAGGGUUAACGUGACGCUACAACGAAAACAUUCUGCAAAUCUUCAUCUUCACCCAGUAAAAGUACACUCCUUGCACCAUAAUCACUAUGGCGUGCUGUAGUGUUUAUGGUGCCAGGAGUACCUUGACCCUACCCCAAUUGUAAAUAGACCGUUUUAGAACCGUUUAACUUCUUACCUGGGGGCUGCUGGAAGCUGCUCCCUGACUCCACUACCAUCAAUGGCCAGAAGCUCUCUGUUUGAGCUAAGUCCAGUAGUGCACAGCUUAGUUUAUUGGCUGAGAGUGAUCGGCUGACACUAUCAGCGAAUGAACCAGCCGUACGCUGCAGAAUUUAGCUCAGUUGAGCUAACGGAACCUCUUGCUUAAGAACUUAGGGCUCUCCAUCAGAUGUUUUGGAAGGAAGGAGUGACACCUGACAAUACUUCGAUAAGACGUUAAACUGUUCUAUAACAGUCUAUUUAGAAUGAACUCCCUUUCACAGGAAGCCUUUGAAUAACUUUGCUAUUAAAACCAACAUGGGAGUUGUAGUUUUUACAACAACUUGAGAUCUAGUUUUUGUUUUAUGAUGAAAUGAGAGAUCAUAAAUGCACAUCUUAGAGUAGCUCAUAAAACGCCUGACUUAUACUUAAGUGCUAUGGGGCUCAUAUUAAGUAAUCUGACAUCUAAGUAGAUUGACUGCAUUAAGGGCCCUGCAGACAUCAAUUGGAAAAUGGGGCUGUCUUUGGCCUGUGUGUUUAUUCAUAUUUAUCAAAGUUAUUAUCAUAUCUUGGGCAAACAUGCCUCUUGGUAAAUAGCUAAAAAUUGUGAAAUAAAGGAUAGUGCUGUAAAUAUUUGUGAUUCAUUCAAGUGUGCUCUUCUACCUGUACUUCACUUUUUUCACUCAAUAUAACAUUAUGAAAAUCAUCUGUAUCAUUAUUUAGUGUUAAUUUUUUGCCCAUGCAUCAUAUAUUUAUGUUAAACUUUGUCCUGUUCAUGUUCUCCUUGGGGUUGAUUAAUGGUAGCCUAUAGACAUGUGACACUGAGUUACUGUAUCAGUAACUUGAAUAUCUUUGUAUGGACCUACUGAUGUGCUGGGUUCUCAACUUCUUAUCCCAUCCUUCUGCUGAUAAUGUUUAUUGGUUGUUUACAAGCUGGUGGGGGCUUCAAAUUAAAGACAAAAAAAAUGUUUGGGGGCUUCAAAUUAAAGACAAAAAAAUGUAAGAUGCCUGAACUGAAAAUUGUGACUUUUCGUUAGUGUCAUUAGUUUGUCUAUUUUGCAUUCUUUAUCAAGACUAAAAAGUGGGAUCUUAGUAUACUGACAAGAACUGGGAUCUGGACAUGGCCACAGAAAAAUUGUACAAGGCAUUGAAACUCGUGUCCAUGCUGGCCCCACGGUCUGCCAGGGAGAUACUCUUUCUUUCUGCUCCAGCACAGCAUCCUGAGUUAGAGUAUUGGGUUCAUAUCACUCCAUCCCAGUACUAUGUGCCUGGAUACCAGGUAGAGAUGCCUUGUAGGCAUCACAUAAACUGCGCAUCCCUUUGUUUUUGUCAAGCUGUUUAGAAGUGGUUUGACAAAGUCCAUGGCUUCUCCUUGGUACCCAGCUGCUGCUCUUUGCUCAGCUGCCUUGAAAUUGCAGAAUUAACACUUCUGUGUUGUUAUUGUCAAUUUCUUCCAACCUUGAUGUCCGUGAUAGGCUGAGAGUGGUGGGGGUAGAUUAGUCCAAUGCUUUUAGCCAGUCUGUUUAGCUCAGGAAGGGGCGGUCUGUGGACGCAAGGGAAAGCCCCAGUGUUUGUUAAACUACUUCCCAGUGGUUUGCAAAGUACUGAGGGGCAACAUACUUGUCUCGUAACAACAUAACCACUACACUUAGUAGUUGUGGUUGUUAUAUUGCUUUUCCUUUAAAGGGAAAGUAACAUAAAAAAUAAAUUCUUCUUUAAAGGGGCAAUACUACCUGGAACAAUGUUUCAAUACAUUAUGCAGGAAAAUAAUUUUUAAAAUGGGCCAAAAACAGACUCUAGAACUAAACUGAAAAAAUAGCCUUUUCUCUAUUGCUGCUGUCUUGGCACAAACCUGUAGAAGACGAACUGAACAUGCAUGCAAGUAACAUCAUGAAAUGUUACACAGGCUGAAAAGAGACAUGCGGCCAUCAAGUUAAGCCUUUAAACAUCCCCCAUGCCCCCAAUCACCAUGCUGGAGGUGGGUGCUUGCUCGCUAAAAGCAGCUAGCACUGUCAUUAAAGGGACACUAUAGUCACCAGAACAACAAAGAUUUCGUCUAAGGCAAAGAAACGUGUUUUUUUGUUUUUUGUUUUUUUUUUACUGUAAGAACAAUAAGGAUGUGGAAUUCUCUGCAUGAAGAAGUGGUUUUAUCAGAGUUCAUACAGAUGUUUAAACAGCAACUAGAUGCAUACUUGCAAAAACAGAAUAUUCAAGGAUAUCAUUUUUCAAUGUAGGGUAAUAGCUUCUUGAUCCAAGGAUAAAUCUGACUGCCAUUCUGGGGUCAAGAGGGAUUUUCUCCCUAGUUUGUUGCAAAAUUGGAAGUGCUUCAAACUGAGUUUUUGCCUUCUUUUGGAUCAACAGCAAAAAACAAAUGUGAGUAAGACUGAACUUGAUGGACGUAAGUCUCUUUUCAGCUAUGCAACUACAGCUCAUUGUAUUUGUUCUGGUGAGCAUAGACAGGCCCUGCAGGCAUUUUCAUGCAAACACUAUCUUUUCAUAGAAAAGGUAGUGUUUACUUUAAAGCCUAGAGAUACCUACAGUGGCCACUCUUCACAUUACCCCAGGAAGCAUCUGCUGGAGAUGCUUCCUGGGGUAGUGUGCAGCUGUGACGUUCAGCGUCUCCAUGAUCUGCAUAGAGACUUGAAAUUUUCUCAUAUAGCUGCAUUGAUUCAAAACUUUAAAUACUAGCGAUUGGGCAGCUAUUGAAAUGAUGUGACUGCUGUUUUGGAGUUAAGAAGGAAUUUCUUUUUCCCCCAGUUUAAAGCAAAUUUUUUUUACUAUGUAUCUGUCAUUGAUUUGCUGGAAAUAAUGUUUUGUCCUUACCUUGUUUUUCAGCUUUCCUGGAAAGCUAAGUAAUUUAUUGCAACACUUUCUCAGCAGUAGAAGAAUAAAAAUAAAUCCAAAUUAUGCUCCUGAGUUCUAGACAAAAAUAGUCAAAACCAUAUCUAGACAGAAAAGCAUGUGCAUUGGAUAUGGUGCCAGGAAUGCCCUGGUUCCCCUCAGCCCCCAUAUAAGAAGUCCAACAAUUGGCUAAUGGUUUGACAAUAUACUUGGAGUCCUCAGGGUGCCCAUUCACAGCCAGUGAUAUGCCUGGACUUGGCUCAAGGCAGACCGCUUCCAGCUCUAAUGGAGGAGGCAACUGGCUUCUUGGCAGAUUCCAGGAAAAUUACCAAGCUGUUAACAGUGCAACUGUAGUGGUUAUGGUGCUUGGAAUGCUCCUUUAAAAACUGUCUGCAUUGUACUACAGUAAUUAGAGCCACUUGUAUUCUGUAGGGUUUUUGUUUGUUUUAAAAGGACAGGUAAUUUAAAUAAAGUGAUGCUUAAAAUGCACUUCUUAACAUUUUGUUGUUAAAACGGACAGAUCCGAUGUGGGUCCGGUGGUUGCGCACUGCAGGUGAGGGGAGUUUUACACACCUCAGGCUGCCCCGUACGGCCGCUGCCAUCCUCGUGCUGCUGUCCUCUUCUGCUUCUGGAGCGUCAAUUGCCAAAACGCACAUCAGUACUGUACUCUCACGAGACUGUAUGGAUCCUCCAUAGACAGAGCCUGAAUUUCAAAGCUGUUGUUUAUCAUGGCUGCUUAGAUUUCAGAAAACUUUGACGACAGAGCUUGGCUUUUGUCAACUUUGACAAGCUUCGUCUUAUGAAAUCCCACCACAGUCUUGACCAGUAUUUCAUGAGGAAUAUAUGUUUGUAAAUACUGAAACGUGACAGUUGACUUUAAAAUAGAGGUAUAUUAUUAUUUACAAACCCAGUGAUAAGGACACCAUGGUGUACUCAUGCUGCACUGGGUGUGUUUGUGUGUGUGUGUAUUGAUGCCUGCACCUGAAGCUGACUUUUCUACUCACAAACUUUAUUGAUAAAAGGUGUAUUGUAAUUGAUUUUUUUUUUUUAAGCAGUGUACAGAGGCUGUGAUUUAAAAUCUGCUUUAUUUCUUUCAUUGCGAAUUGGAUUAAACUUAUAAGAUUUAAAAUUUUAUAGCCUUUCACAAUGAGUUCGAAAUCAUAGGAUAUUGCAAAAUAUAUAUUUUUUGUUUUAACAAGCAAGAAAAGUCCUUAUGAAAUGAAAAAAUGUAAUUGACAAUUCUUUGAAUGCCCUGGCUUAUUCCACGAAAUAAACCUUGUUUCAUUUACUGACGCAAGAAUUGAACAAGUUCCAAAAAGUCCUCAGCUGUCAGUUUCUAUGUUGGAUUCUAAGGACACAGUGUGCUGUCCAAAAUCCUAGAAUGUAACGUUGGUGUUAUCACCCCUUAACUGCCAGAAAGUGCAAUGUCCAACAUUCAGCAACGUGUUUUUUAGCAUAUGAAAUAAUAAUGACAAGGAAAUGGUUUCUAAAUAUGUCAUGCACCUCUCAUUUAGUAAUUGACACUCAUCAUACACUAUAAUCACUUUCUAAAUUGAAUUUGUCACAUCCUAUACAUACCUUUCUAGUGCGUAUGUACUGGAAAAUGGGUGGUGUUCCCAUUCAUCUUUUAUCGCUCAUCCAACCUAGUGUGUAUGUGUAGAACAUAAUGUAAAAUGUAACUUAUUGGUAUGUGUUAAACUAUGCACUAUAAUAAACAUUUUCUAACUCUUCCUGUUUUUUUUUUUCUUUGUCUAUCCUCCAUGACACACAUGUUCUAGCCUACUUUUAUUUUUAUUGAACAUCACAUUGGCUUUGCACACAUUUAUUGUACCCAUUUUUACUUAACCACCCACACACCUAUUGUCCCCAUUUUUGUCUCUCUGUUUCCUGGUGGUGCUACUCAUGACAUUUAAACUCUUUUUUUUUCCUUUUAUCCCAACUUUACAUCUCAGUCAGUGAAUGAACUUCUGGACACAGCGGGAGCUCCACUAGAGAUUGUCGAUGGAUUUAUCGGGAGCAUUUCUGUCACCAUCCCAUGGUCUGCCCUUGUCACUGAAAACUGUACUGUGGAGGUGUCUCAAUUGCAGGUUACUCUCCGUCCUAAAUACAGAAAUGGUGAGAACCCACUUUCUUUUAAAGCACUCUAAGGCACUUAAAGGGACACUAUAGUCACCUGAACAACUUUAGCUUAAUGAAGCAGUUUUGGUGUAUAGAACAUGCCCCUGCAGCCUCACUGCUCAAUCCUCUGCCAUUUAGGAGUUAAAUCCCUUUGUUUAUGAACCCUAGUCACACCUCCCUGCAUGUGACUUGCACAGCCUUCCAUAAACACUUCCUGUAAAGAGAGCCCUGUUUAGGCUUUCUUUAUUGCAAGUUCUGUUUAAUUAAGAUUUUCUUAUCCCCUGCUAUGUUAAUAGCCUGCUAGACCCUGCAAGAGCCUCCUGGAUGUGAUUAAAGUUCAAUUUAGAGAUUGAGAUCCAAUUUUUUUAAGGUAAAUUACAUCUGUUUUUCAUGCAGGCUCUGUCAAUCAUAGCCAGGGGAGGUGUGGCUAGGGGUGCAUAAACAGAAACAAAGUGAUUUAACUCCUAAAUGACAGUGAAUUGAGCAGUGAAAUUGCAGGGGAAUGAUCUAUACACUAAAACUGCUUUAUUUAGCUAAAGUAAUUUAGGUGACUAUAGUGUUCCUUUAAGUGCUAAGUGUUUGUGUUCUGCAUACCAGAUACAUGCAUGAGUGGUGAGUGCUCUCUUCAUGUCAUUUAUUAUGAUUGUAGAUCAGGUAGUGGUUCGUUUUGGGUCAUCCAAACAAAAUGUGUGAUCCACCAUGGUGUUUCUUAGAAGAGUGGCAGUGAACCAAGUACCAGCCUUACCAGGUUCUAAAACCGUAAAUGCAUACAUUUGAACUACAAAAAGUUGCUAUUUUGUGCAUGCAAAAAUAAGUAUAUAGGCUUCUUGAUAAUUUAUUGUUGCCAAUACCAAUUACAGAUAGGUGUAUACCCCUUGUCAGCCAUAGUAUGUAUUAAAAUGAUUGAUACUUACUCUGGAAUGUAGUGACUCAAUGCAGGAAUGGAGAAUUGACAAGCAGACAUUAGAGAAUAGAUCUCUCAGUAUUAUAUAUACCACACCAGGGUGAAAGAGCCUAAUGACGUUUUAUUGUCAAGAUAUGACUGUAAAAAGCACUGAUAUGCACUGUGAAACCCCUUCUGCUGUUCUCAAAAAACAAACUGGGAUAUUUCUUCAGUAUUUACAUUUUUUAUUUGGUUGCCAUUGGUUUAGAUCAUGGGUGUCCAACUUUUUGGCUUCCAUGAGCCGCUUUGAGCGCAGAGGAAUUGUCUUGGGCCACACAUCAAAUUAUAUAAUACAGAUAAUGUACAUGUCACGGGUUUGUGAGUCUAUUGCUGUUAUUCCUUCAAUCCUCCAAUAGUCCCAAUUCCAGAUGUGCUGAAUUAUUGUUGUUAUUAUUAUUAUUGUUGCUAUUUAUAUAGCGCCAACAGAUUCCGUAGCACUUUACAAUAUUAUGAGAGGGGGGAUUUAACUAUAAAUAGGACAAUUACAAGAAAACGUACAGGAACAAUAGGUUGAAGAGGACCGUGCUCAAACUAGCUUACAGUCUAUAGGAGGUGAGGUAUAAAACACAUUAGGACAGGAAAUAUCAAUAAAAUAAGGUGGGAGUGAAGCAGAGCUGGAGGAGAGAGUAAAGUGCUGCCCUAUCGGAGAGAGCAAGAGACAGGUGUGUAAGGUAGAGGUUACUCUGGGGGGCCAUAAGCUUUUCUAAAGAAAUGGGUUUUAAGGCACUUCUUAAAGGAUUGAAAACUAGGGUAGAGUCUGAUGAGGGUAGGCAGGCUAUUCCAUAGGAAGGGAGACGCCCGUGAGAAGUCCUGCAAGUGCAAGUUAGCCGUACGGGUGCUAGCAGCGGUCAGGAGGUGGUCACAGGCAGAGUGGAGGGAACGAGGAGGGGCAUACCUAUGGAUCUGUGAAGAGAUCUAAGAGGGGCUAGAAUUGUUCAGUGCUUUAUAGGUAUGGGUUAGCACUUUGAAUUGACUCCUACAGGAUACAGGAAGCCAAUGUAAGGACUGACAGAGAGGUGAGGUGUGUGAGGACUGACUAGAGAGGAAAAUCAGUGCGGCGGCAUUCAUUACAGACUAGCGGGGCGAUACGGCUUUUGGGAAGACCAAUCAGGAGAGGGUUACAAUAGUCCAUGCGAGAAAUUACUAGAGCAUGGUAGCACCUUUUGUUAGAAAGGGGUGGAUGCAGGCUUUGUUUUUAAGUUGAAAUCUACAGGAUUUGGCAACAAACUGGAUGGGAGGCUCAAAGCUGAGGCCAGAGUCAAGUAUGACGCCAAGACUGCUUGCAAGGAUGGACUUAUGUGGAUACCACUGACUUGAAGGGAGAGAAAAAGAGGAGGAUCAGUAUUAAGAGGAAGAAAGACAAGGAGCUCAGUUUUAGAGAGAUUGAGUUUCAGAAAGCGGGAGGACAUCCAGUCAGAGAUGGAAGAAAGGGAAGCAGUGACACGUUGCAGGAUGGCAGGGGAGAGGUCUGGGGAGGAGACAUAUAUCUGGGUGUCAUCAGCGUACAGGUGGUAGUGGAAUCCACAAGAGGCAAUAAGUUUGCCAAGAGAGGCAGUAUAAAUAGAAAAUAGAAGGGGACCAAGGACAGAGCCUUGGGGGACUCCAACCGAGACAGGAUGAGGGGAGGAGUUAUCCUUGGAAAAGGAGACCCUGAAUGAGCGUUGGGAGUGAUAAGAGGAAAUCUAUGAGGACAGAGUCACAGAGACCGAGCGAUUGAAGAGUUUGAAGGAGCAGAGCAUGAUCAACGGUGUAAAAGGCAGCAGAGAGGUCAAGAAGAAUUAGUAUGGAGUAGUUGCCUUUGGAUUAAGCUGUGAUUAGGUCAUUAGUAACUUUGAUAAGAGCAGUCUCAGUAGAGUGGAGAGGACGGAAGCCAGACUGAAGAGGGUCAAGAAGAGAGCUGGAAUUGAGAAAGCGAGACACACGGGUAAAGACAAGUCUUUCCCGAAGCUUUGAGGAAAAAGGGAGCAGGGAUAUGGGACGAUAGUUAGAAGGUGGAUGGGUCAAGAGAUGUUUUUUUUUUUUUUUUUUUUCAGGAUAGGUACUACAGUGGCAUGUUUAAGGUCAACAGGGACAACGCCAGAAGAGAGAGAGCAGUUGAAGAUGUGUAAAUAUAGUGAAGUAUUACCUUUGUGUAGAAUUUCCCCAAAUUUAGACAGAAAGAGGCUAAGCAAGUUAUAAGAGCCUCCAAAGCGCACACAGAAGAGAAAAUAGCACAGUCAGUAAAAAAGGGGGAUAAAACAUAUUUUUUUAGAUACAUAAAUGAGAAAAAGAAAGUAAAACAAGGAUUAGUUAGAUUAAAAACAAAAGAAGGAAUGUAUGUAGAAGAGGAUAAAGGUCUUGCUGAUUGCCUCAAUGAAUAUUUUUGUUCAGUAUUUACAGAUGAAAAUGAAGGAAAGGGGCCUCAUUUAGGAAAAAGGACAAAUGAGUCAUUUGUUACAUGUGAGUUUACAGAGGAAGAGGUUCUAUUUCAACUGUUAAAAGUAAAGACAAAUAAGUCGAUGGGGCCUGAUGGAAUACACCCAAAGGUAUUAAUGGAUCACUAUAGGGCCAGGAACACAAACCUGUAUUCCUGACCCUAUGGUGUUAAAACCACCAUCUAGCCCCUUAUGCCUCCAUAAAUAUAGUAAAAAUCUUACUGUAUUCAAGCCUGAAGCUGUAAAUCUGCAUGCUGUUAGACUCAGAAAAACAAGCAAUCUGCUGACAUGUGGUAGCCUGAUCCAAUCACAGUGCUUCCCCAUAGGAUUGGCUCAGACUGACAAAGAGGCAGAUCAGGGGCAGAGCCAGCAUGAUUCAAACACAGCCCUGGCCAAUCAGCAUCUCCUCAUAGAGAUUAAUUGAAUCAAUGAAUCUCUAUGAGGAAAGUUCAGUGUCUGCAUGCAGAGGGAGGAGACACUGAAUCACAGGAUGCUGUGCACGGUGCUGCCCUGUACUGCCCUGUACUCUGCUGACAGCAGAUCUGAGUGAAUGGAGGCAUAUUAUGCCUCUAUCAACUCCGAAGUCCCUCUGGUUCACUCUGAGUGACUGCAGCUGGAGGUGUCCCUAGCUUUCAAUGUAAACACUGUAUUUUCUCAGAAAAUACAGUGUUUACAUGAGAGAGGCUGCAGGGAGCUAUAUUUCUCACCUGAACAACCUCAUUAAGCUGAAGUUGUUCAGGUGACUAUAGUGUCCCUUUAAAAGAACUUAGUGGCGUACUAGCAAAACCAUUAACGGAUUUAUUUAACAAAUCAUUGUUAACAGGAGUAGUCCUUGAAGAUUGGAAAUUAGCGAAUGUUGUACCCAUUCACAAGAAAGGUAGUAGGGAGGAGUCGGCAACUAAAGGCCUUACUUCAGUAGUUGGGAAAGUGAUGGAAACCAUGUUAAAAGAUAGGAUUGUCAAACAUUUCUAAUACAAAAUCACAGGGGUUUCCUUCCCACAAGCCAUUGUGUUUGAGAGAUAAUUGAGCUCUAAUUAAGCUAAUCCAAUUAUCUCUCAAAUAGGAAAACCUACAAUUUUUUCAUAACACAAAAAUAUAUGACAACAGCAUUGGAACCCCACAACAAAUAUAUUCCCGAAUAGCCCUGAUCUGAAUGCACAACAUAACCAAAAAUGCUCAAAUCGGUUCAGUAAAACAAAAGUUAUGUUCGUGCAUAUAUGAACUGGCUGCCUGGUAGAGGUGGUAUUGUCAAUUUCAAAAGGGGUUAAUUUGAUUGUAUGGGAGGUCAGAGCUUACAACCUAAAUUCCUCUUUGAAGCUGGGAUCCCAGCAGAGCUACUUUGUAAUGUGUGAGAAGUCACACAUAAGUGGCCUGGAAGUCUGGUUUCAGUAUAAACUAACGCUCUCAUUUUCCGUAUGUCUUGAUUCCCUCCUAGAUAAGGAGUCUUUUGAUAUGAACAAGCAGUGUGUUCCAAUAUCUUAUCCAAAAGAGACAUUAAUACCUAUCCACAGAUUAAUACUCAAGCCUUAUUUUUAUCUUAUUUAGAAUGGGACAAGCACAUUCUUUCAAUCAAGCCUAAACAUGAUUUGCGAACAAGGGGACCACACAGAAUCUGUUCGGUUACCCAACCAUAGGGAACAAUUCCAUUUGAAUGCAGGAAAACAUUAGACGAUAUAAAGUAUAAUUAAGGGAACAUGUACAAGGAGUCCCAUCUCCCGUGACAGUUUAUAAGUAAUAUAACUUUAACCCCUUAAGGACCAAACUUCAGGAAUAAAAGGGAAUCAUGACAUGUCACACAUGUCAUGUGUCCUUAAGGGGUUAAAAGCAUUUUUCUUACUUUUGAUAUUUCAAUAGUUUAGUAGAUAACUCCCUUAUCUGUGAACCUUAUGUGGGAUUGGCAUAUUUAAGGAUACCAAAUUAGGAUACCAAUUAGGGAUCCAUCUACUAAACACAUAUACAUGUAUAUACAUAUGUACACAUAACCACAAAACUAUACACACAUAAUCACAGACAAUCACAGACCUAUACGCACAAUAACAUACAUACGCACAGAUACACACACAAUCACAGACCCAUACACAUAAUCACAAACUUACACACACACAAUCACAGACAUCUGCAGACUCCUCCCACCACACACACAGACAAUCACUGACAAAACAUACAUAACAGUAACAUACACACAUUUAGUACUAAAGAGGUCCACCCAGCCUUCCUACCUUUCGACCUAGAAUGCAUCUUCUGUACCUGGUGGCUAGCGGUUGUUGCUGGGCUGGGACCUCUGUGCUCUUCCUGCACAUGUAUUUUGUGCGCCCAGCAGUGAUGUCAUAUCCCGGCUCACUGCAGGGUACCCUUUUAAUUAAGCUAGUUCUAUUUGGAAUUCGACAGAAUUUUGACUGAAUAGACUGGUAUUUUACCACUUAAACUCUGUCCACAGCCUGUCAAUAUUUGCGUUUUUUGAACAUUCUGUUACUUUUGAGUAUUCAGUUGUGUAUGUAUUUCAAGCAUUUGGUUCAGUGGGUCUCAUGUUUAUUUUAUUAUUUCUUUGAUUGGUUUGCUGUGCCAUUUUCAUCAAUAAUCUUUUUGGCUGGAAAUGGUUGGAAAAUCGAAAUCAUGAAUCAAACAAAACUGUUUGUCUGUUGUCUGUGUCGUUUGUUUCAUUAUGCGUCCAUAUGGCACUUAAAAAUUAAAGAAUGUAGAUGAUCCACCAAUUGGCCAAAAUUUAGCCGAAUUACAAUUCAUUUGAAACUGAAUGCAUAAGUAUAUUACUGGUUAUUAUUCUGUUACAAUUCAGCUCAAUUUAUUUGUGAACAAAUUUUCAUGACUGUGAAAUCCAUUUUAAAAACACAUGGACCCAUUCAGUUCAGUUCAGUUUAAGUGAAUACGGUUAACCUCAGAGAAAUUUUAGAAGAUGAAUUGAGCCAGAUUCGGUUUGUAGUGAAUAUACCAUAUAGUCUUUAUACAAAAAGAUGCACACCUUAGCCAUUAAUCCGAAUCUCUUUAUUAUACAAAGUAAAUCAAACAAAAAUACAAAACAAACACUGUUACAAGACGUGGUUAUCCCUUGAGAAAGGCACUAGUAGCUGUGCUGAAACAUUGGGGUUUUGUUCUGUACACGUGUCCAACCCAUUGAGGUAAUAUGCAAGUGAGCUUUAAUGCCCGUUUGAUUUAGAGCAUAUUUUAUAGCCUCUGUCACUGGUUGUUAUAGUCUUGUAUCAGUGUUUGUUUUAUAAUAGAGAUUUUGAUGAUUAACUAAGGUGUGCAUCUUUUUGUAUAUAGUAAUAUGUUGCUUGGCAUUAAGGGAUGCUUCUUUAAGAUAGCACACAUAGAUGUUAUGUGAAUUGCAGCUACUUUCCAAUUGAAUUUGAUUAGUUACAAUUAUUAUACUCUAUAUUAUGAAACAGUUAGGCUUAAAGGGACACUCUGGGCACCAUAACAACUUCAUUGGAAUGUAGUUGUUUUGGAUCAGGAGCUCCUAGGUGCCAAAUUACCUUCAGGGGUUAGUUAUGCUGUAGUUAUUAUGGUACCACGAGUGCCCUUGUGCCAUUGUAAGUAGUCAAACUGUUUUAGAACUGUUUUAGAACAGUUUGAUUUACCUGCGGAAAUACCAGUCUGCCGCCUUUCAACUCAGCCACUCCACAUCAAUUAGAGCCUGUGGCUUCAAUCAGAAUGCCUCUAACUGGGCUCUGCUGAUGAGCUGACAUUUUCAGCCUAUGCAUUCAUCCUCUAAGAGCUCCCCAUUCACAAAACUGAUGGAAAAAUGUGGGGCGCCCAGUCCAAGGCUUCUUUGACUGAUGUCUCGGACUGUAACAAAAGUGGAGGGGCAGUGCUGACUGGUUCCAGUCUGUAGAUUUUGAGGUGAAACCAUUGCCAGUGGGCCCAUAAUUUGGAUUUUAACAGUCUGGCAGCAUUUGGUCCGGCUGAAACCCAGACUAUAUUCAUGCACAUUGGUGCGUUAUUUUCAGAAUCCGAACCUUGUUAAAAUUCUUAAUGGUCCUGCACAGCACUGGGUUGGUGUCGCCCUGUUCGGUAGAGGGACAUUCCGAGUUUAGUAAAUAACCCUGCAGAAUUUGUGGGGUGUUACCUCUUGAGGAGGCUGCUUGGCUGCAAUAUUUGUAGUCCUUUCUGGUAUGUAGAUGGCAUAGCUGUGAAGACAGAAAUGAUCACAAGGUAUAAAAAUAAAACUUGAAACACAUAGAAUAUAUUAUAAAAUAUAGUCAGUCCAUGGUAUUCUCCAAAAAACUGACACCAGUUCUUAUUUUAAAUACCUCCAUCCACAUGUGACAGGACAUUUCUGUCUAUCGAAAGUAUACAGUUACAACAACAAACUGGCCACUGUGCACACCCUUCACUAUGAUUGCAUGUAUCCUUAUAGCACAUGUUAAUAUCUUUUCAAGUGUCACUACUGUUUGAGUAAACUAGGGAUGCAGUGUUCCCAGUUUGUCCCCAGUAGUGGCAGAAUUUAACUACUUUUAUGAAAUCCCCUCAAAUUAUCUGGAUGUCUGCCUCCACUGUAAAACCUAUCACACAGACCGGAGAGCUAGUGAGGGGGCCGAGGGGGAUUUCUUUUUUUUUUUUUUGUGGAUAAUAUUUUAUUGGUUUUCAACAAUCAAAAAAACAAAAAACAAAUUAGACUCGCAAGUCCCCAGUGUGAUGAGCUGGGGUAUAAACCAUGUAAUAUAAAAUUGAGCAGGGAAGUGGAGUUUAGUGUGAUGAGACAUUGUACUGGUUUGUCUGCAGAUUGGGCUAUUUGUAGUUGUCCCCCAGGCCAUAUACAGCCAGCCCUCCCCUAUACACUGAUAUAAAACAAAAACCUUAUAGCUAGAGCUUAUCAAAAAAAACUCUGGUUCCAUAGUUUGAACUAUAUCCUUUACACUAAUGAGCGAAUAUCUCUGUGAGGUUAAAUAUCAGAAGGAAGACUGCCAUUGUUUUUUUUUUCUUUCUUGUAUUGAAUUUGUUUCCCAUGGGGAAAGCAUUGGAUUGGCUAAAAUUGGCAAGGGGCGUGGCCAAAUGCUGUUUUGGCCAAAAUUCAGCGUUCCCAUGCAGAGCGUGGAGACGCUGAACGGCAGUGCUGCCUACUGUGCAGCACUGAGCCAAGAAUCUCCUCCAGUGUCCAUCUGAGGAGGGGCCACUUGGAGAUGUCCCUAGGGGCAAUGUAAACACUGACUUUUCUCUGAAAAGGCAGUGUUUGCAUGAAAAUGCCUGCAUAUAAUGGUUAUACUCACCAGAACAAAUACAUUAAGCUGUAGUUGUUCUGGUGACUAUAGUGUCCAUUUAAAUCACUUUUCUUUCUGUUUAUGCAGCCUAGUCACACCUCCCCUUGCCGUGACUGACACAGCACAGCCUGCAUGAAAACAAAAUUGUUUCAUUUUCAGAUGAUACUUACUUUUAGUUUUACUUAGAUUUAGUUUUUAUCUACUGCUCUGUAAAUUGAACUUGAAUUGCUAGCCAGUGGUUCCUGCAGGGUCUAGCAAGCUAUUAACACAGUAGGAGAUAAUAAAUGCUAAAUUAAACAGAAUUAGCAAUAAAGGAAGUUUAGAUCAGAUGCCUCUUUACAGGAAGUAUUUAGGAAGACUGUGUAAGUCACAUGCAGGUGGGAGGUGGGGGGUGGUGGGAUUAGGGCUCUAUAAACAAAAUGAUAUAACUCCUAAAUGGCAGAGAAUUGAGCAGUGACACUGCAGGAGCAUGAUGUAUACACCAAAACUACUUAAUUAAACUAAAGUUGUUUUGGUGACUAUAGUGUCCCUUUUAAGUUAUCUUUGAUGGGAAGCACCACCUAUACAACUAAGGGUCAACCAGCUAAUUGGGAGCCAGUAUGUGUUCACCAAUCCUGACUUAAUGCACAAGUGCUGGCCGUAUAAAGACAAUGUGCUCAGAGACGGUAUCAGGCUUCCAGAUUGCGCAUGGUCUUCGGUUGGAGAAGUGAUACUUAAAGGAAGGAGGACUAAAAGAUAGAUGCUUGUUUGGACACAGGAUAGUCAAGGUUACAUUUUGUCAUAUUUGUCAUGUAUUAAUGAUUAACAGCAUGUACUGAGUAAAACCAUGCACACAAGUACUGGGCUAUUAGUAUUAUUAUUACUGGUAUUUAUAAAGCGUCAGCAUAUUCCGUAGCGCUUUACAAUAUUAUCAAAGGGGGGAGAUUUAACAAUAAAUGAGACAAUUACAAAAACUUACAGGAACAAUAGGUUGAAGAGGACCCUGCUCAAACGAGCUUACAGCCUAUAGGAGGUAGGGCGUAAAACACAACAGGACAGGAGAUAGCAAUCAAACAAGGUGGAGUGAAGCAGAGCUGGAGGAGAGAAUAGAGUGCUGCCCUUUAGGAGAGAGCAAGGGAUAGGUAUGUGAGGUAGAGGUUACUCUGGGAGGCCAUAAGCUUUCCUAAAGAGAUUGGCUUUGAGGCACUUUUAAAUAAUUGAAUACUAGGGGAGAGCUUGCUGGUCGUAGGCAGGUUAUUCCAAAGGAAAGGAGCCAGCUGCAUGAAGUCCUAUCCUUUCUCUAACUUGCUUGAGCGUAGAUGUUUUCUAAAGCAUGAAGCAAUAGCCACUUGUCAGGAUUAAAGGGACACUCGAGCACCGUAACCACUUGUAUUCAUUGCGUGGGUAUAUAAUGCAUUAUCUCCAUGCUGCAUAUAAGCUUGGAGUGUCCCUUUAAGUGUUAAAAUGAACAUGAAUGUAGACACUACUCACAAAAUAACUGCCAUGUGUUUUUGUGGGUUUUGACAAUGCUCAAUCUAUCGCAGGCUAUUUAAAUAGUCAGUGAAGUCUUCCUUUCCUUAAAAUAAUGCUUUUAUUCAUAUUUUGCUCAGGGUCAAUUUUCCUUUCUGUUUUUGUGUUGGUUGCAAAUGGUACCUAUGUAUCCAGAGUAAACUAUAAAUAUAUAUGUUCUUCUCCCAGUCUCAUACCAACUUUCUCUCCUCUUUAGCUUCAGCUGAAACAGACAGCCAUAGUUGGUCCUCUUGUAUGACAACCAGUAUGCAGCUCGCCCAGGAGUGCUUGAAGGACCAAUCAGAGGAACCGUUAGAGCCAUCACAGCCUAUUGAAGGGUUGGAAAUGUUUGCACAAACUUUAGAAACAGGUCAGACAUUUCUUCAACAUUCUUAUGACAAUGCUCAAUGAGAGAUAUUCUUUGUAUCCUCCUGUUUAACAUGAAUGCAUCACUCUGUUCUUUAGAGUUUCAUGGCUGUCGUGUGUCCAUUAACUUGAUUGUUCCAUUGUAUAUAUUGUGCCUUUUGCAGUGUUACGGAGGAUUAAAGUAACCUUUCUGGAUACGAUUAUCCGGAUUGAGAACAAACCACUUGAUUCCUCCAUUGCGACUGCCCUUGAAUUCCGCAUAAAAAGGUGAGAUUUUGAAAACAUUAUAUGUGAAUUAGAUGACUUUAGGUUAGUUUUUGUUAUUUGGCUUGCUGUCUAAUGUAAACUAGAUUAUAUGUGAGACAAUUUAAAGUAGCACUCUGAGUACUAUAACCACCACAGCUCAUUGAGUCCUUGGGUGCAUUCUGUCUGAUUAGUGUCAAACCCUUUUAAAAAGAUUUGAAAUGAGUCUCUCUUGGCUGUUGAAGCCAAGGUCCUCCACUGCCUCGACUCAGCUAAUCUGGACAUUAAUUUCUUGUAACCUACAGGUACCGUCUAAAUUUGGUUGGCUUUGAACUUUUAAUGUGGAAGCUUUCUACUUUAUCCAAGCUGCAGCAGAGGGUCUGGGUUUAGGUCUUUGGAAAACCCUAUUAUUUUUAAUUCUUUCUAUAGAAAGUUUUAUAUAGACACAUAAUAUUAUAAAACGCUCAGUCACCAUACAUGCAUAGACACACACAGACUUCCAUGAAAAGACACACAAUCGCAUACUCACAUACUUUCUUACAGCCAUAUUCAUAUACAGAUUAGUCACAAACGCACAGAAAAUUCAAACCUUCUUCUCCCUAAUGCUUGAUUCAGCACAAGGGGGAUGUGGACAGGAGGCUGAAGUGGCCCUGCAAUCCCUGGUGUGGAAGAAGGGGAGAUGUGAACUGACUAUCCUAUCACAAACCCUUUCCUGCUCCCCUAUCUCCCCCCCCACCAUGCCCCCCAUGCAGACUACAUAGCAUCAGGCAGUGGAUUCAUCACUCCACAGUCAUGGAGCCUGGUGUUAUUAAACAGGGGGGUAGGGGGCGGGGGGAGAAACUGAAUAGACUUUAAGCCUAGGGUAAACUAUUCCAUCUGUAACACACCAGUUUUUUGGGGUGAUUUGAUGUUGGCUCUGACCAUUUUUAUCUUUACUUUUCUAAUUUCUUCUGUGCUACUGCAAUCACUUUUUCUAAAUAUAUCCUACCUCUCUCUCAGACUAGAUUAUUGCGAUGAAGCUGUAAGGGACUCUUCUCACGCUAUCCCCACGGAUGUCCACCAACCUCCAGCAUUCAUCCAAAAGAUCUUGCAGCUCAAUGGGGUCUCGCUGCAUUGUGAGGAGUUCAAGGCUAGAGAUCAAACUCCUUCUCCAGUGCCUGAGGUACAAACACAUUUUUACAUACAAAAAACAUAUGUAACCUUAUAUAUUCUUUAAAUGAAUGCACGGACUCUUAUCUCUUUUUAGUUUGUGCCACUAUGUAUACUUGGUUAAGUUUGUUCCUCACUGCCUUAUGUCUCCUUAGGAUGAUAACCAAUCUUCCAGAAACCGAGACAAAGAUCCAGUACACCACUCAGAGCCUCGCAGCCGGCCUGCGGAGCCAAUAGCACCUUCCUCGCCUACCCUACAGAUUGGCAGCUUCUCUGGAUGUACAGAGCUUACUAUCAAACUAAAGCAGACUGACGUGUUCCCAGGACCGAAGGUGACCUAUAAGCUCUGUUGUAAUAUAUAUGAGAAUAUUGUAGGUUUAUGCAUUAACACAAAGUAUGCUGUUCUAUUUAAGGAGUGAGGAAAAUUCUGAAGAGAACAUUUCAAUCUCUUAUAGAAUCAACUGUUUCUGUAAUCUCUUGGAAUUUUGUGUACUUGGUUUUAUAAUAUUAAAACUAAGUGAGAGCAGAAUUUUUUUCAAUUUUUUUUGCACUAGCAUUGUUAAACAAAAUAACAAAACCACUUUAGAAAGCACAAUUAAAUGUAUAUGUAAUGCAGCAUUGAGAUUUUUCACUGUGUCUUAGUCCAACUACUGUAAGAUCAAGUUUAAUGAUUUGCAUCCAAUAAAAUGCAACUCUUAGCGAAACAUUCAAGUAUACGGCUCGUGCAUGGCUAUUGCCUUAAUUUACCUAUUGAGUGCUUCUCUGUGAGCUUUUUUCUUUUGCACUAGUAAAAGGUAUUUAGCUGUAUGUGCUGUACAUUAAUCUUAAAUGCACUGUGCCAUAUGACGGCUAUGUAUUUUUCUACAGUUUGAGAUCGAUGGAAAGAUUGGGUCCCUACACUUGUUUCUGAAUCCACGUCAGUUUUAUAACCUACAGCAACUCAUAGAUGCUUUGAGUAUUUCAGGUAUGUUCAAACAUUAGGUUGUCCAAUAAGAGUACAUCAGAUAUCUGUACCCUACAUAAGUUUUGAAUUUUGCUUUUGCAGAAUCAAACAGUAUCAAAGAGAAACUAUUAAAGAGUCGACCUCUGGAUGGGGAGGAUUUGAAGCUAAUUGAACAGGACCUAAAUCAGCAACUAAACCCAGGUCCUGGAUCUAUUUUUCAACCAGAUCCGGAAUUCAUCUCUUUCCGCACUGUGGAGAACGGAGGUCAGUCUAAAAUCUCAUCAAUUAUUAAAUGCCGGGGUUAAUAAUGAUAAUAAUGAUGGUAUGCUGUGAUAUAGGAUGCUGAGAGACAGAGGUUUAAUGCUGCUUUGUAGGCUGUUCUUUUUCCUAGUUUGCAUGAUGUAACAGAUGUCACUUUUCCUGGUGUGCAUAGUGUAGUUUCUGCCCACUUGCCAGGUGUGUAUGGCAUAGUUGCUGUUCCUUUUCCUGCUUUGCAUGGUGUAGUACUACCCUUCUGUGCAGAGUGUAGCUCUUAUACAUCUACUGGUGAUAAGUAGCACAUAUGUAGUAUUAUGGGGAUUUUUCUGUUCCCAGGUGUGCAUGAUGUCGCUGCUGUCACUAUCCCUGUUUGGUGUGGUGGGGCUGCUAUCCCUUACCCUGGUGUGCAUGAUGUAGCUGCUGUCCCAUCCAUAUCCUGGUUUGUGUAGUGUAGUUGCUGUCCACAAGCCUUCUGUGUAUGGUGUAGCUCUUCUUCCGGUGGGCAUGAUGUGGCAGCUCUUCAUUUGUCUUGCGUGCAUGUUACGGGAACUUACCCUUGUGUGCAUGAUGUAGCUGCUAUCCAAUAUCCUGGUUUGUGUACUUUAGUUGCUGUCCCUCUUCCUUUUUUGCGUGCUAUGACUGCUGUCCCAAAUCCUGUUUUUCAUGGUGCAUCUGCUGUCCAUUUUCCUAGUUUACAUUGUGUAGCUGCUGGCCGUUUCGCUAGUUUGCACGAUGUAGUGGCUGUCAAUAUGUUUUUGCCCUGUUUAAUUAAACCUCAUAAUUACACAGUAUCUUGAGAUGAAUUGAGGUUAUAGUCCCCUGAUUGAGAGUUGCUCUCCACAUCUAGCCUUUGCUACUGCAUUUUAUUUCACAGUGAACUGCCUACAUUAUACAUUAUUUAAUUAAACUGGAACUAGAACAAACACACACUUAAAAUUCUGUUAUAUUAGCUGCAUAAUAUGCAUGAGAUCUAUGCAUCUGAGAGAUGGUUCUUAAAAUAUUUAUCUUUCAUCCGUACAGAUAUGUUUUUCUCUAUGACGGCCAUGACAAACAGUGCCACUUCAACCCGAUCAGCAAAUGAAUUGUCGGAUGUGGACUUAGAAUCCUCUACUUACAGUGAUUACAGCGUCAAUCCGCUUCCAAGUACAGCCUUCAACCCUGGCGUGAGAAAUCUUGUAUAUCUUUUUUUCUUAACAUGUACAAAAUAGACUCAAGGUGCAUUGGUCUUGCUGAUGUGGCUCAGAUAUCCAGAUUGCUUAUGAGUGUAUAAACUAAAACAGAUUUAAAAAGAGCAUAAAGAGAACUCUAUAACUUGACCUAUUGUUUGUGCCUGCUCAGGAUUCUAAUAGGUCUGAGCUAUUUUUUUCCAUUACAAAACAUAUAGCAUUUGCUCAUUAGACUGACCCUAGUCAGGUGUGUUGAGAACCCAAAUGCCAGGUGAGUUCCCACUGCAAGAGAGAGAUUGCAACCCCACCUGAUUGAUUCAGCCUUCUUGGGCCUUGACAGAGAGGUACAAUUAAAACAAAUUACACAAUAGGUGAGAGUUGGCACCGCACACAAUGAAUAUUACCACUUUAAAUCUUGGAGGUAGAAGAUGCUUUCUUAUAAUCUGUAAUAAAAGCAUAAAACACAGACCAUAGUGUAAUAUGUAUGCUCCAAGUAUAAUAAAUAAGACCAAAUCGGUCAAACUCACAUGUUACUGAGCAUAUUCGUUCUAUAUACAUAGAAACAUAGAAACAUAGAAUGUGACGGCAGAUAAGAACCAUUCGGCCCAUCUAGUCUGCCCAAUUUUCUAAAAACUUUCAUUAGUCCCUAGCCUUAUCUUGUAGUUAGGAUAGCCUUAUGCCUAUCCCAUGCAUGCUUAAACUCCUUUACUGUGUUAACCUCUACCACUUCAGCUGGAAGGCUAUUCCAUGCAUCCACUACCCUCUCAGUAAAGUAAUACUUCCUGAUAUUAUUUUUAAACCUUUGUCCCUCUAAUUUAAGACUAUGUCCUCUUGUUGUGGUAGUUUUUCUUCUUUUAAAUAUAGUCUCCUCCUUUACUGUGUUGAUUCCUUUAUAUAUUUAAAUGUUUCUAUCAUAUCCCCCCUGUCUCGUCUUUCCUCCAAGCUAUACAUGUUAAGAUCCUUUAACCUUUCCUGGUAAGUUUUAUCCCGCAAUCCAUGAACCAGUUUAGUAGCCCUUCUCUGAACCCUCUCUAAGGUAUCAAUAUCCUUCUGAAGAUACGGUCUCCAGUACUGUGUACAAUACUCCAAGUGAGGUCUCACCAGUGUUCUGUACAAUGGCAUGAGCACUUCCCUCUUUCUACUGCUAAUACCUCUCCCUAUACAACCAAGCAUUCUGCUAGCAUUUCCUGCUGCUCUAUUACAUUGUCUGCCUACCUUUAAGUCAUCAGAAAUAAUCACCCCUAAAUCCCUUUCCUCAUAUGUUGAGGUUAGGACUCUAUCAAAUAUACUGUACUCUGCCCUUGGGUUUUUACGUCCAAGAUGCAUUAUCUUGCACUUAUCCACAUUAAAUGUCAGUUGCCACAAUUCUGACCAUUUUUCUAGUUUACCUAAAUCAUUUGUCAUUUGGCUUAUCCCUCCUGGAACAUCAACCCUGUUACAUAUCUUAGUAUCAUCAGCAAAAAGACAUACCUUACCAUCAAGACCUUCUGCAAUAUCACUAAUAAAAAUAUUAAAGAGAAUGGGUCCAAGUACAGAUCCCUGAGGUACCCCACUGGUGACAAGUCCAAGCUUCGAAUAUAUUCCAUUAACUACAACCCUCUGUUGCCUGUCACUCAGCCACUGCCUUACCCAUUCAACAAUAUUGGAAUCCAAACUUAAAGAUUGCAGUUUAUUGAUAAGCCUUCUAUGUGCAACAGUGUCAAAAGCCUUACUGAAAUCUAGGUAAGCAAUGUCUACUGCACCACCCUGAUCUAUAAUUUUAGUUACCCAAUCAAAAAAAUCAAUAAGAUUAGUUUGGCAUGAUCUCCCUGAAGUAAACCCAUGUUGUCUCUGAUCUUGAAAUCCAUGUGUUUUUAGAUGUUCAUCAAUCCUAUCCUUUAACAUGGUUUCCAUCACUUUCCCCACUACUGAAGUAAGGCUUACUGGCCUAUAGUUGCCCGACUCCUCCCUAUUACCUUUCUUGUAAAUGGGCACAACAUUCGCUAACUUCCAAUCUUCUGGGACUACUCCUGUUAACAAUGAUUGGUUAAAUAAAUCUGUUAAUGGUUUUGCUAGUACACCACUAAGCUCUUUUAAUAGCUUUGGGUGUAUUCCAUCAGGUCCCAUUGACUUAUUUGUCUUUACUUUUGACAGUUGAAAUAGAACCUCUUCCUCUGUAAACUCACGUGUAAUAAAUGACUCAUUUAUCCUUUUUCUCAACUGAGGUCCCUUUCCUUCAUUUUCUUCUGUAAAUACAGAACAAAAAUAUUCAUUGAGGCAGUCAGCCUGACCUUUAUCCUCUUCUACAUACCUUCCUUCUUUUGUUUUUAAUCUAACUAAUCCUUGUUUUACUUUUCUUUUCUCAUUUAUGUAUCUAAAAAAUGUUUUGUCCCCUUUUUUACUGACUGUGCUAUUUUCUCUUCUGUGUGUGAUUUGGAAGCUCUUAUAACUUGCUUAGCCUCUUUCUGCCUAAUCUUAUAGAUCAUUUUGUCUUCCUCACUCUGGGUUUUUUUAUAAUUCCUAAAUGCUAACUUUUUGUUUUUAACUAUUUUGGCCACAUCUGCGGAGUACCACAGUGGUUUCUUGAAUUUUUUGCUUUUACUGACAAGCCUAAUGCAAUUUUCUGUUGCCUUCAAUAGUGCAACUUUUAAAUAAUCCCAUUUCUCUUGGACUCCAUUUAAAUUGCUCCAGUCUGAUAAUGACUCCUCUACCCAUAUUCUAAUUUUAGAAAAGUCUGUUUUUCUAAAGUCUAAAACUUUUGUUUUUGUGUGGUGUGACUCAGUCACUGUUCUUAUAUUAAACCACACUGACUGAUGAUCACUGGAUCCUAAACUUUCACCUACAGUAAUAUCUGAUACCAAAUCUCCAUUUGUUAACACUAAAUCUAGUAUGGCCUCUUUACGAGUUGGCUCCUCAACAACUUGUUUUAGAGACAAUCCCAGUAGGGAGUUUAGAAUAUGUGUGCUCCUGGCACAAGUAGCUAAUUUUGUUUUCCAAUUUACAUCAGGAAGAUUAAAGUCACCCAUGAUGAUAACUUCCCCCUUCAUUGUCAUUUUAGCUAUUUCCUCAACUAGUAGAUUAUCUAACGCUUCAAUUUGUCCUGGGGGCCUAUAAAUCACACCUACACGAGUUACUGUGUGAUUACCAAAUUCUAACGUAGCCCAAACGGACUCUGUUUGCCUCACUAACUUUUAUUAGGCUAGAUUUUAUGCUAUCCUUCACAUACAAGGCCACCCCUCCCCCUUUCUUGCCUUCCCUAUCUUUCCUAUAUAAAGAGUACCCUGGUACCUGACCUGGUUUGGAUCAUUGAGGUGGUCGGAAAGUAUUUGGAGGAAAAAUUUCUGCUGGGAGCAGAGAUCCAGAGGUUAAUACUUAAUUAAUAAAAAACGCUGACAGUCUGAGCCUGCUAACUAGUAGGCUCAGUAAAACUCACAUUUGGUCUUAUUUAUUAUACUUGGAUCAUACAUAUUACACUAUGGUCUGUGUUUUAUGCUUUUAUUACAGAUUAUAAGAAAGCAUCUUCUACCUCCAAGAUUUAAAGUGGUAAUAUUCAUUGUGCGUGGUGCUAGCUCUCACCUAUUGUGUAAUUUGUUUUAAUAUGAUUUUAGUGACUAAACACUGGUGAUAGUAGCUACACUGUUUGCACUAAAGCACUUUAUUCCUAUACUGUAUUUAUCUUAUUUUAGAGAGUGCACAAGUAAAGAUGUAUUGCAAAAUUAGGGCACAUCACUAAUGUGAUCUAAUAUAUCACCCACAAACCUGGCAAAGAUAGAUAUAGCGGGUAUUGCUGUACUUGGGGUGCAUAGUAAGGAUCUUUACUGUAGUGUGAAAUUUAUGGUCUGUGAAAUUAAGCUUAGAAUUUACACAUAUGGCAAAAAUCAUAAUAAAAUGUAAAUAUACCUAGCUGUGUUGGCUGGGUCGAUAAUGAAAUGGUUAAAUGAAAACGGUCAAAAUACUGAUAGUUAACCCCUUAAGGACACAUGGUGGAAAUUUUUAUGACUCCCAGGGAAGAAAUAUUCUUUAUAUAAGGGGGGGAACCCAGACAUAGCAAAAGCUGCACAAAGUGGAGGUGGAGGACGGUUCAUUUGGAUACAUUGUGCUUAAUAAGUUCCCCGGAGGAUUUAUGAUGGUUUAUCCUACCAAAUUUAUUGUAGAUAUAUUGGUUAGCGCUGUUUAUCAAGUAUUGGCUUAUAAUCUACCAGUUUGGAAUCCCUCACUAUUGCGGAGUCUGGGAUCCCCUUUUCUCUUUUCUUAUAUAUUGUAUCAUUUACAGGGUUCAAGCCCAGGGUGGAUCUGGUACCACCCAGACUGACCUUACUGUCAUAAGUCCAAGUUUACCUGGACUCCGUGACCGUUCUCUUCUAUCUGAAUAAGAAAUAUUCUUUGAUGCACAUUCAUCAAAAAUAAAACUUAAAGUGCAUGCACAGUAUGGGAAUAAAUUAAAUAGUAUCUAAUUUAACUUUAUAAACGGUUAUCUGUCAGAUGGUUAGUCCUACAGACUUUUUAGUUGAAGGGGCUCGUCAAAUCACAGGCUACAGAGUUCAUGUUUUGUUCAAAAUUACACUUUUAACACUUUUUGAAAUCUAAAUACUCAAAGUACAGCUUGUACAGACCUGUAAUAUUUUUAGUUUUUUAUUGAAUGUAGAAAGAACUGUAAACCAACAGAGUUCUAACAGGUGGAUGAAAAUAUGGGCAGAACUCUUUUUGUGGUCUGAUCUAUCAGAUCUCAUUAUUAAUAGACCUCAUAUACCAAAAAUUACGAAUGACUAAUGGCUGUCUUCAGUGGAGACAGAGAAAACGAGAAGGAGAGGUAUAGUGGCAAGAAAAUGGAAGAGGUUUCUAGAAACUUUGUUACAAUAGAACAUUAAUAAUAAUUUAUAAUCUAAUAAUUAGUCAUUAUUUGUUUAGUAAACAAGUAAUUCUGAUUAAAUUCAUUGUAGUGCUGUGUUUGACUGUUUGUCCAUGUCGGCGGAUACUUAGUCUGUUUUUCUUUUACUUUUCCAGUUAAUGCUGGGCAGCCCCAGACGGUACGGUCACUCUCCUUUCACAGCCACUAUAGCUCCUUUACAAAGCCUUCCCCGGGUAUCAGGUGAGAAUUAUCGUUUGUCUCAGAGUCUAACAACGACCUGUAAAUUAGUUUAACUAAACAUUUUACCAGUGCUUCUAAAAACAAUAAUUUUAUACCCGCGUACCUAUACAUGAACACAGUAAAUUGCAGUACAGUAGAAUUUUAACCAUUCAAUGCUUUGGUUUAUCAGUACCUUCUUCCUUUCACUGACAGAUAAAUCAUCUGCUCCUUCCUCAAUGGAGACUCUAAAACCGGAAAUGUUGUUGAAACUGUCCCUGGGUGGUCUUACUAUCACUGUUCCCCAUCUCCUUGGUGAUGAAAGUAUUGUGUCAGACCCAUCCUAUUCAGAGGCUGUCAAUCGCUUUUUCAUGGAAUUGGGUUCCUUCCAGUAUGCAGCCUUCAGUGGUCGAGACUUUGCACAUCUUCGCGGCCACUUUGAGAAAGCAUGCCAGAUGAGCAAUGUUAGGUAAAGGGCAAGUAAGCUUGAGGAUUUGGUCCAGUCUACAAAUAAUCACUUUUUGAUGUGUUCUGUUAUUCAUUGAUGUAUAAAUAAAUGCUGAGCGCAGAUGAUUGUCUAUUUAGGAAAAGGCAAAGUGUAAAAAUAAUGUACGUUCUUGAGUGAAGGAGAUAAAUAUGAGUUAGCACAGCCAUCACCUAGUGUAUCCAUUUUAAAGUGCUCAAGAUUUAUCAGUGUUCUGAAAAAAAAAAAUUUUAUCCAAAAAUCUGUUUCAGUUUAUAAGUGUUUUAAAAGGUAUCUGAAAAGUGUAACCUUUCUUCCUUGUAUAUUCCAAUGGAUUUUUGUGCCUGCACAAUUUUUUCCCACGGACUUAAAAUACUGUGUGAAUAUACCGCACAUAUUUUUAUUGCCUAGUGAAAAUGGUUUAAGGAAAUGCCAGAAAAUCAAAUACUUUUUUUUUUUUUUAUGAAAAAGAUCAAUAUUUAUAAAUGAAAAGAUACACAAAAAAAAAUGACCGAAAAGUCACUAAAGUAAUAAAUAGUGGACACGAAUUUUGUAACAAAAAUUUUUGCAAUAGAAGGUAGUUACAUGUUUUUUGUGUAAUUUUUAGUUUUACAGGCUCUUCACAGAACAUGUAGUGCAGUUAGAAUUUGUCAAUUGUCAGCAGAUAGUGUCACCACUUGCAAUCUUUGCUGGGUGUAUCUACAAUGCUGGCACCACCGGAUUCCACACAGGAGGCAUAUGUAGUUAUUUUUUGCUACUUCUGCUCAGUCUACCUUUGACUUUUCUAACAGGACCACAGCCGUAGCAGUUCAGAUUAUCUGUGAGCAGAAAACUGGAAGAGCGUCCCAACAAACUAGCGUUGACAUGAGCUGUGGGAUCCUGGAGAUUCUGGAAUGUUUGUGGCAGGGGGAUCCAGCAUUCAGGAAGGCAAAAGAACCAGAAUACACAGAGGUAUAAAUAUGAGGAGUAACAUUUCUCUGUCAAAAAAGCAAUUUAACGUUUUCGAGGGCCAGAAUAAAUGUGUCCAGUUCCAUAACUAAAGGUGUAUUCCCUAAAUAAAUGGCAAUUUAAAUGUAAUUCUUUAUUUAUUUUUUAUUUAGUAAAAGUAAGCAAUGUGAAAAAAUAUCUGAGAUGGAUUUUUUUCAGAUAUGUCAAUUUUGGACUUACAUAUUUAUUCUACACAAUUUCUGAUCUUUCUUCUGAAUAAGCUCCGCAGUUUGAUGGGUUCCUCCGUAAUCUUGCACUUCUACCACUGUGUGCAGAACACAAGAAUUAUAAUAUUUCACCUCAUUUAUUCUCUAUACUUACUAAGACCCUUUCAAGCUCUGGGUAAUUGCAGCCUGGAUAGAAAAUGUUACUGUGUCUGCAUGUGUAACCAAGAUACUUUUCUCAGCCUUCCAUUGCUUAAGGUGUCUAAAGACAUAUGCGCACUACAUAUUUGCUUCGGGUUGAAUUCUAAGACAGGCCACAUAGAAGAUUUAAAUACACAAUAUAUUUUUUAUUUUUGUUACUUUUCAUUGUAAUACUUUUUCUCUGUGUUCACAUCCGCAUUUGGUUUUCCUAGCACAUAUACUUACUGCUUGCAUAAAUGGCAUUAAAAGAUCAAUCCAAGCACAGUGACUAAGCCCUCCCUCAGUCCUGUCUAAUGACAACCCUCCACCUACAGUGACAAAGACUAGUGCCACAGAAGUAAGAGCACAUAAAACUGGGGAAUGUUCCUUUAAAAAAUAAAUAUAUAUAUUAAUAAAACAUUUUAAGGGGGAGAACAUGCCAGAUAGGCUUACUCCAACCAAAAAAACAAAACCGUGAUUUAGUUUAAUACUAGAUAGAUGGUACAAAUUAUUACAAUGGGGGAAAAAAAGAUGCUGUAGACUCCUCCUGCAAAAAUGUUAGACUGCAUAACAUGGAAAUGAUAUAAUAUGUGCAUGGUUAAAUUGCUUUUUGUUUUAUUUUUUUUAAGCUUAAGUGCCCUGCUCUGUAUUAUGAAAAUAAUAUUCUUGACCUGUCGAAUUUCGAGGUUUAUUGGCUAAAGCAACUUGGUAGAGGGAUGCCAUUUUUGUAUGUUUCAUGCCCACAUUCAUCAUGUAGUCAGUCAGUGGAAUGGAUAGGAGUUACAGAUGGUGUGCUUUGUUUUUAAAAUCGGUGUUUCUCAAUGUUUCUGAAAACCAUUGGAUCUGAUUGUGUAGAAAUGCUCAUUCUGCAUGCCCUAUGCUUCAAAUGAGUAUUCCACCUUAUAAUAUCUAUAUGUGAGAUUAGUACAUGGAUGCAUGUCUCAUUGUACCUUGUGUUUUAUGUUCCAGCUCAUGGUGUUUCGCAGUCCAGCAUCCUCAUCUCGUCCCUGCACCCAGAUACACUACAAGCGGCUACACAGAACACCUCCCAGAGUGAGUAUCUUGUCUUUUCGGUCUGCAUCUCUCUAUAUAUUUUUUCUUAAUGUGAGGCCCCAUCUAUCGUUUUGAUUCUCUUACUAUAUCUUGGUAAGUCGCUUUAAAUAGUAUGUUCCUCUCUCUUCCUACCUGUUCUUAUCAGUCCUCUUCAUGUUCUAUUCAUUUGUUCAAACUUGCUAUGCUUUUUGUUCAUCUCUGUCAUUUUAGAGUGCCCAUUUGAGUAGCUUCUUAUUCUAAAAUCACCAUCUCUUACCUUGCUAUCCUCUACUUCCUCUCUCUUAGAGCAGCCGUAAGAAACAGGCAGUCAGAAUUAACUCCGAUAUCCUUGUGGAGCUGGAAGAAUUUCAGUGUGACCUAGACUUUGGUCUGGUUGACCGACUUGGAUCCCUCUUCCAGAACAGAGAAACACCAGAACCAUUUACUGCUAGCCACCUCAACAUGCACACGGUAACCAAUGAAAUUCAGACUAUAAAGUAAUGUGUUUAGCUCGGAUGAAUCCAUCAUUUACAUGAUUUUCCAAAUGUUACAAUUUCUACAUUUAGUUAAGAUGUUUCCAAGCUUCCUGUUAUGCGUUUAACCCAAAGAUUUAUUUUUUCAUAAUUUGAGGUCAUGUGGGGCUUUCCUUUAUUAUUAUAUUUGUUAUUUCACUCAUUCAGAUUCCAGUAACUCCCAUUCCAGAGGAGGAUACAGAUAUCCAUGUGGUUACUUCUAAAGCCCACAUAUGUCUGCAGUUUCCAGUUCCAGAUUUGCGGCCAGUAGCAGAACGUCGUUCAUGGAGAGAAAAAUCUGUAAGAAGGGAAUGUCUGGAAAUGGAGGUGGCAGAUCUGGAAAUUCAUACUCAAAGGAAAAGUGAAACUGAAGAGCCCAGCAGAAUAAAAAUCUCAUUCAGUGACUUGCAUGGUGAGAGAGCAAUAUGUGCAAAAACAAGCUUUGAAUGUUUGCUACCUGCAUUAGGGCAAUGUUGGUUUAUAAUAAAGAAUGAUAGCAUGAACACCAAACCGCAGUCAGUGCACCUCCCAAUUGCUUAAAAGUACCACAGCUGUUUCUAUCAUUUUACAGUCUGAUGCAAAUCACUUAAAUGUGAUUGUAUUCCAUGAAAUUUGUUGGAUGGUUUUCUAUAAUAUUUUUUUCCAAUACUAGAUAAUACAGAUACAUGUUAACUCCUUUUUAUUUAUUUGUAGUGCAAUGGAUUAAAAGGGAACCAUCACAUUUUGGCAAUUACACCAUUUCAUAAAACAUUUUUUUAAAAAUCGCCUGUUCGAUGUGUUUACUUUUUCUCAUGUGAUGCACCAUUUUCUUUUAAAGUAACAUUGCCACUUGUGUAAACUUUUUUUGGUGACAUGUUUGUUUGAAUAAUAACUGCAUGCUUGCUGCUUCCAUUCUGUUCCUCUUUAGAGCUAAUGGAAGCGGCAUGGAGGUACUUCUGCCCACAAUCAUAAAAUUGGCAAUAUUUAUAAUCCAGACACAUAAAGGACUUCAGUAAGUUUGAAUGUUCCAUUAAGUUCUCCCUUGCUACCACUUUUUGCUACCAUGCUUCUUUAACUCCACUUUGCCUGCCAAAAGCAGUCAUCUCACACUAUUUAUUUGUGUAGAAGUACAAAACCAGAGCCUGUGGAAGGUCAUAUGAAAUCUUACAUAGAAAAUCUUGUGCUUGCACUAUAAGGUUUCAUAUGGAUCUCUUGUGCCUCAUACAAAAUGAUUCCCGUUUUGAGCAAGAGGUUGGCAAAUGUUAAAGAAAAUGUAAGGAGCAAGUUUGGUACCCAAAAAAUCAGAAAGGUGGUUUCCAGACUAAAUCCAUAGAGAGGGGAGUAUUUUAUUAAAAAUAGUUGAGCAAUGCUAUAUAUAUAUAUAUAAUAUAAUAUACAUUUUAUAUUGACAAACAAGUGAUAUCUGGAAAUGUGACCCUGUCAUGACUGGUUGUAUGAUUCCUGCAUUACUUUGUAUUGUGCAUUUCUCUGCAAUGGACGGGUUGUAUGACUAAAUAUUUUGUAAUGUCACCAGGUAUAUUCACUGAUGGUGAGAAGCGUAUCCCCUGUGUCAAAAUCAGUAAAGGCGUAGACCCAAUGGCAAAACCAGGAGAAAAAAAGUUCACCUUUCCCAAGUGAGUAGUCACGUUUGAUGAAACGUUAAUAUUUAGUGAUGGGUCACUUUUGAUUACAUACUGCAUUUAGUAACCCUUUUCAUACUUUUGCAAUUUUACUCCUCUUAUGCUUUCUUUAAUUUGUAGUUUUCAGAUGCCACCAAUUUAAAUUCUAAUAUCCCAGAUAUCUAUAUAUUUAUAUUCCCUUUUCUCCAUAUCUGUAAUAUGAUAUCUGACUGUGGUGGACCACUAGGAUAUCACUUUCCUUCGUAAUUAUAGUUCCAGAGUAGCUUUAAUUGAUUAUAGCUUCCAGAUAGAGCCUUUUACCCCCAUACAUUAGACGAGUCCUAAUGCUGGAGGUAGAACUGAUUUAUUGUCACAACAGGUUUACACUUUGAUACCUGGGGUCUCAACAGAAGGUCCCCAGGGAAAACAAAAGAAUUGCGACAUCCCCCGUGCCUUGGUGUUUGUGCCUGAGCAGGAAAUUUAAUAAGCGGGCAGACCCCUUGGCCCUGGGGUAACAAAACACAUCAUAAGUACGGUUCCCCAGGAAGCUUGUGUCAGAGCACCCAAUCUGACCAAAAAGUGCCUGGAUCGUAUAUGGCAAGCCAAAUUAUGUUGGAAGUCAGUUUCAGCGGGUCGCGGCUAGAUUUUGAUCCGGCGCUGAUUUCCAUGGCGUUGGGUGGAGAGUCCCGGUCACCCAAAACAGCAGCACUUUCCAUGGAUCCUUUUAGCCCCUCCAAGUCUAGGGUAUCGUUGAAUCCCUCACUCCCUUACUUGUCUUCCAUCCAAAAAGCGCCCCGUUAGGUGGUGUUGGGACUGAUAGCGCUCCGCUUAACAUUUUAGCGGACCACUCCCGGUCAGGCGCGCCGUGCAUCUAGAGCCUUCCUGUGGCUGUGCGAUGCACAUGGGGCAGCUAGGAAGUUAAAUGAAAGUUAUAUGAAAUUAAAAAUACAUAGAUUAAUAUGUCCACACCUGUGUUUCUCAAUGCAGCCCCAUUGUAAUCGCUGGUGGUUCCCUUAUUUACCACUAUAAUGUCUUAAAGCAUAGAACUUAGUAGGGCUAACCAUACAGAUAUCUUAGCCAUAAUUUUAUAUAGUGUAAGAGAUCCCCUAUUUAACAUAUAUAAAUAAUUGAGAAUACAAUAUAAAAUAAGGAUUGUCUUGGAAGCAAGAUUGUCUUUUGGAUAUUUAUUAUAUAAAAAUAUAAAAUCCAUUAUAGCAGAGUUUAUAAGAUUAAAUUACAUGCUUGCAAAUAUCAUUAUUAGGUUAACAUACCCUUCUGAACAUGUCAUCAUGUCAGCCUCUCUGUCAUUUUAAGAUGGAGCAGCGUCUGUCUCCAAGUCUCUCCUCUGUAUCUUAACAUUUAAAAGUACACCUAUUUAUACCUUAGGUGUCUCCAUUUUAGGUUACUGUAGUUCAAAUAUGAAAAAGUAACACUUCUUUUACUUUAUUCAAUUUAGGACCUCCCUUAAUUUGGCAAACAUACAAGGCCAUAACUAAAGGGUGUAUACGUCAUGGAAAUUUUCCUGACUUAGUUCAAGAUGGCAUCUUAAAGUCUGAAUAGGUUAUCUGUUGUUUAUACUAAGUCGUAAGUGUACAGUCGUGGGAGAUUCCCGGAUUUGGGAAAGUUCCAUUAACUUGGGGUUACCACAGUAUAUUGUGUACUGCAAGAGUCGUAGUAUAGCCUUGAAGCUUGUUUAUGCAUUAUUGUUAUUGUAAUUUGUCUGGGACAAAAUGGUGCAAACAUAUUAUGCACUGAGGUUAUUGCUUAAAGAAACAGUUAUGAAAAACAAUAUGUUCCAUUUCUAACAACUUGUCAAUUUGCAAUAUCUCUUAAAGACAAAGUACACAGUUUAAGAAAUACAACAUUUCAUUCUAAAACUUGUAAUAUUUGCAUUUGCCCGUGACACCAUGAAUUAAAAUCAGUGUUGGUUUUAAUUUUAAAAAUGUAAACGCAUGUUUUGUAAUCAUUCAGUCCUUUGUCGCUGAGUUUGAUAAUUCACUGGUUCAGUCCAAGCAACUUAAUUUUCUAGGUAUUGUUAUAGGUUGGCUUUAAUGAGAGGAAUUACAGUAUAUUUACAAUGGACACUUUAUAAAUAAAUAUAUAUGUUUUGAAGUUAUUGCCAGUGUUGAAGUGCUCAUGGUCCUUGGAGUUUGAAACACUGCACAUACAGAGGUAUCUGAGGUUGCUGUUUUAGGUGUGAUACCAGUGUCAUCAGCCAGUCCAGAACGAGAGUUAUAGGCUGGCUAAUGUUGCUUCUGUGAAUGUUGGGAGUCUGCUGUCCGCACACGUAACACGCUAGCUAAAAAAUGUGGCCUGGAACCCCCACCAUGCAGCCCUAAAUUCUCCCUUAGCCAAUUCAAAAUGUCUGUUCCCCUCCAGUGAUGGGAGUGAUGUCACCAGAGGAGAUUGUGAUGCAGAGAAAACUUUGUUUUGAUGUAGGAUUGCUGAUACGUUUUUAUUUAUACUCUUUUGGGUGGGUGAAGUAUGCCUGCAAGGGUUUGCCUAACCAAGAAUACAGUUUUUAUUUUUCUAAACACUAUUUUCGGUUGGAGUGACCCUUUAAUAUACUUGAUCUUGGUCUUUGUUCAUCCCUUAUGACUAAAUCAAAGCACUUGCAACUAUUUCUCUGAAAUGGCCAAAUAAUUGUUUUAGCCUCAAGUGGUUUCAUUUGACUUGAAGGGACGCUCCAGUCCCCAAAAGCACUUCAGCUUGCUCCCCUCUGGCUAAUGUUUUAUAAAAGUACCAAUUUCAAGAGAAAUCUGCACUCUUAUAAAUGAUCUCGGUAACAUCUCCCGGUGGUCAACCAAACAGCUGGAUGCCUUAGCUGCCUUACUACCUUUUACCUACUGUUCAAAGUGUAAGUGAGUGCAUUAGAUUGGUAAAGUGUGACAAUUGGUGUGUGUGUGCUAUAUGUCCCCAAUGCUUCUUUUUACGAAAGCUUUGGAUUGGCCAGAGAUCUAUAUUUUUUUUGUUGUAAAUUUUUAUUUUUGCAGUGCUGAGUUGUUUACAAUCACCUGUCUUGUCCCAACAACAAAACAGGCGCAUGUGAUGAUACACUUAUACAUAUAGCUUGAAAACCGGAUACGGUACUCAUAGAUUAGGUAUGUACAAUUGCGAUGGAACAGCACAAUUUUUUCGAAGAGAGAAUAGUAAAGCAUGCUAGUGAAUGUUACAGAGCUGUAGGCUAGUUAGUCAAGAGUAGGCCUAUAUUCCCAUUAAACUGUCGCUUUAAAACACAGGUGCGUAUGAGAUACUUAGCUCUUUUAUAAUGAGGAGUUUUAUGUAAAGUGGUAGGGAAUAGAAAACACAUUGCUGUAGCUAGUUAAAUGUGAGGUUAAGCAUGUUGAGCUAUUAUAUGAAAUAGGCUCUAUACCACUGGGACAUAAAAUAUUGCACAGUGCUGCACUAUAGAUGAGUUGGCUAGUAGGGCAAAUGAUAUGAAAAAAUAGAAGCAUUGAGUUCGUCUAUGAGGACACAGUCAUUAAUGGCAUCUGCUUUCAGCAAAUUGUGACGUGUCAGACUUGCGGGUCCGCGGUUGUCUCAGCCGAUUCCCUGGGGCCGCAGCAUGCCUGUGAGGGUCUGGGGUCAGCUGGGGAGCAACAGGUGAGUAGGACAUUCCUCCAUCCCCAGGCUUGUGUGAAAGCCGACAUCCUCUGUCCAUGGACUCUGUACCGCCGCCAGCAGCAUGGUAUCUUCCGCCUGUGUGGUAGAUGUCGAGAGGUCAGGACUCUAGUGGCUUUUGGCCUAAGUAGGCGGCCAUUAGCGUGGUGAGGAGCUUGGAUAGGUGCGCUGCCCAGAGGUAUCAGUCCUGUUGCCAUUCGUGGGCCCCUCUCCGUCUCCGUCUGCUGUUUGUACCUGAUGGCUGUAGAGAGUGCUAGCAGCAUGUCACAGAAGACCUCGAGUAUAGCAUCCAGCCUGGAGUCGAUGGAGUCGUGGUGAGGCCUAUGUGACCAGCUGAAGGCUUGUGAGGCAUGUGGAAGGGCCUCCGCCAUCUUGAGUGUUCGGGCUGCCUCAGGCUUCUGCAUUAAGUGGUAUGUAGCUGCAGCAGGGGGGGGCUUUAGCCAGUCUACCCAGUGGGGACUGGGAUAUCCCCCCACCAGUCCAGAGGGGGGAUAGGAGUCCAGAUGAGACACAUGGAGAGGUCAGUUUCGGGUAGAGCUGCUGCCUCUCCCGUAGUCCAACUCUCUUAGGCUGCAGCGCCGUGCUCCGGGCUCCCAGCUGCGACAGACUCGAGUGCUGUGUCGAUCGGUUCAGCUGUGCACCCGGUAAGUAGUUUGGCUAAUUAGCCGCUCAUAUACCCCAGAUUCUGCCUGUUAGGCGGAAGCUCGUGCUUCCUGCGACUGCUUUGCUCGGAGGUCAGGCUCCGCCACUGGCCAGAGAUCUAUAUUAUUGAUUAACUCACAUCAGGAGGAACAAACUCUAGAAUGGAGACGGUCUGGCGUAGAAAAAUGAAAUAUAAAAAUGAAACACUCUAAUGUAAAAUAAAAAUAAAAAAUAAAAAAAAAAAAUAUAUAUAUAUAUAUAUAUUUUUUUUUUUUUGGAAUGCUCAUUUUUUUUUUUUUUGUUACACCUUGAUAGAACUGUGAUCUUGUUAGCACUGUUAGGGAGUGUGGUAGAACAGGGCUAUGCUGUCCGAUGUGCACUAAAACAGCAUAAAAUAAAACUGGCAUUAAGACCUCCAUUUUUUGGAAGGAGAACAGUUUGUGCAACUACACUAAUGGAUUUAGAGGACUUAAUGUUCUGGGAUGCUCUGUUUACUGAUGAUGCUCUUACUUAAACCUACUUUGCCUUUUUUUUUUUUUUAAUUCUUUAUUUUAAAGAUGUGUGUCAACAUUGCAAUGACAAUGACAGAAGUGAGGAAUAGUAUACAGUAUAAAAGUAUGGUUAUUUGACUUGUCACUUGGUUUGCAAACAUUUUUUUUUGUAAUUUUUUAAACAGGUUGCGUUACAGUUUUGGUGCGGCUGUCAGCGUGCGCUACCCUUCUGAUAUACCGAGUUGUUACCUGCGCUGUUAUGUCAUCCCUGGGCUGUUUUGUGCCUCCUGGUGUGUUGCGCUGUUACGCUUGGCUGUUGUGGUGUGUGUUACGAGGGGGACGGCUUUUACCUGUAUGUGCCUUUAGACGUCUAAGGGUCGCUGCGCUGUGUUAAAAAAAAAAGAAAAUAAUAAUUUUCGCGGUAUGCUGGGGUUCUGUUGCGUGAUGGUGAGUGCCCCUAACCCAGGGGGCAGCGGGGGGGGGGGGAUUGUCGUGGAGUGGGCCAUGUGUUGGCUGGUGAACCCGACAGAGCCUCAGAGUAUGAGAGCAUGCAUCAACAGAAACACAUAAAGGCAUGUAAAAAAAAAAAAAAAAGAACAAUAAAGAAACAGAUGUAUCUUCUAACAUAAUGAACAUAUCGGCGUCUUCCUUCCAUUUCCAACUCGAAUGGAGCUGUGUCCGCUGUGGCCGGCAGAGUAGUACAGUUCCUGUCAAGAAGCUGUAUCCGUGCCUCCCUGGGAUCGAGGUGUGAAUGAGUUCGCCGUGGCAGGAUCUCCCACUUGGGACGAGGCACCCGUGGCUCCAUUCUUGUGCAAGUCCAUGAGUCCCAGUGAGGUUAGAAUUGCAGGGAUUUCAGUCUCAGACGUGGCUCUAUAUGUGUUGCCUUUGUGGGUGAACUUUAUGAUCCUGGGUGCCCCCCAGCGGUAUUGUAUUCCCGCUUGUCUCAGGCUGCUGGUGAGGUUGUACAUCGUUUUUCGCCAUUGCAGUGUUGCUCUUGUCAGGUCUUGGAAGAAGAGCAGUUGUGCAUUCUCGAAUGCUAGGGGUGUCUUGCCUUUCACUGCAUUCAUUAUAGUGAUUCUAUCCUGUGUCGUGGCGCAGCAUAGGAUGAUGUCUCGUGCUUCUGUGGGUGGUGAGUUGGGUCCUGCUGGCAGUCGGUAUGAGCACUCCAGUGUGAUUUUCCGGGCAGCUGCUGGUGGCAGGAUUGUGGCUAGGAGCCUCCUUAGGAAAUGAGGCUGUUCAGCCUGUGUGAUCGCCGCGGGCAUCCCUCGGAGCUUGAUGUGGUUACGACGCAGGCGGUCCCCUUGGGUGGAGACCUGCACCUCUAGCGCCUGAUGAGCUGUUUGCAUUGUGUACAGCGUUUCUUUAAGGUGAGUCAUCUCGUUGCCUAUUGUCGCUACACUCUCCUCUACUGCGUGUACUCUGCCUGUAAUUUGGCGCACCUCCGCUUUUAUAGUGCCUAUGUCUUUGGCUAUUAGGUCUUGGAGCUCGUGCAUCCAUCGUUGGAGGUCUUGUUUGGUGGCUAAGUUGUGUUCCACUAUUUCUGUGAGGGCUGGGAGUGUAUUACUUAGUGGCCCCUCUGUUUGUGUUGCUGGAGUUUGGGCCAGCUGUGUAGGCCGCAUGGGCGCGAAGGGGGCCUCUUCAGUGGCCAUCUUGGGUUGUGUCUGGCGUCGCAGCAUCUCCCCGACAUCGCGCUGCUCCGCCGGUGAGUUUUGCUGGCCUUUCUGCGUGCGGCGUUUCAUGGUUAAAGGGGUUUCCGCGGUUGCUGCGAUGUUCUCCCCCUCGGCUCUCGUGUCGCAAUAUUCGCGGUAAUCUCCGAGGAGUGUCUCCAGGGAGCGGAGAGUCGGCUGAUAGUAGGCCUUGAUUUUGCGUUUGGCCUUCCCGGUCUUUGGGGGCUGGAAGAAGGGCAUCCGCCUGUUCCCCUCUGUGCCCUGAGUUGGUGAGUGGUUGUGGCGUGGACGUGUUUCGAUUCGUUUUCUUGUUUUAUGGCGGUUAAUGCUUAUUACAGGCGGGAGCCCACAGAGAUGGCGUCUGGUCGGGUUCAGUCCCCACCUACUUUGCCUUUGUGUUGUAUUUUGUACAUGCCGUAAUAAGACGGGUUGUUACAUUUUGAAUGUAAAGUGUAACUGUCAGUUUGAUGGCGCUGAAUUUCUGAACAGUUUAUAUAGCCCCAGAGUGCUCCACCUACAGGUGGGAGGUGAUUGGUCAUCUGACUCUGUCUGCCUAUUUAAUCCCAGAGCGACUUCUACUCAGUGCUUGUUUGAUCUAAGCUCUUUUCCUUCCUGACACCGUGUGAUUUUUCCAGUUUCCUAACCUGCCUCUCUUCUGAUUAAUUUCCUGGUUCCUAACUCCAAUUUCCCUCCUGACCACGCUCUCUAGCUGCCUGCACUGACCGUUGGACCGCCUGACUUUGCCUUUCUUCUCCUCACUCUCGCAUUCCUCUACCUGUUACCCUUUUUCUUAUUAAAGGCCCCCGUGUCAUCAUUGCCAUAUCAGGGCCCUGUUUUCACCUUCUGGUACCCCUGAGGUUCAUGAUUGUAAGGGAUUUCUGUUCUGCUGCAACCCUGGCAGGUUGUCAUAUAACAACCAAAAACACAUGGAAUUAGCAGGAACAGCUGAAGUCAUUGCAGCUUUGACCCAGCAGAUGGCGGCCUUGCCUCAACUAGUCCAAGAACUCCAUGCAAGCCAGGCCACACUACUUCAACAUGAGCAGCAAAGGGCUGGAUUUGCACCACUACCACCCAUCCCAUUCAGCCUCAGCUCAUUUUUCCUUAUCGCCAACCUCACCAGAACCAGCCAUCCUUAUACCUGACAAGAUUACGGGGCAGCAGACUGAGUUCUGUAUGUUUAUUACAGUGCCUUUUAAAGCACUGUGCUUGACAAUGUUAAAGUACGAGCUGCAAUAGCCUUACUUUCCAGUCAACCUCAAACAUGGGCCGAUCAACUAUUACACUAGACUCCUGGGAAUCAUUUUCCACAACCAUACGUACCUUAUACGAUGACCCUUUGAGACCCUGUACAGCACGCACUGCCCUGCGCUCACUCCAGCAGGCAGGACGACCAUUGCAGGAUUAUAACUCGGAUUUCCAUGAAAUAGAACCGGAUAUCAGAUUCAAGUAUGCAAACAGUUCUGCCUGUGGUUGUCUAAAGCCUUAAAGGACAAGUUAACUCGAGUGAGCAUACCUCCCCUCCCUGGAGGAACUGAUCUUGCCAGCUUGGUCAGCACUUCUGUGAAUGGCAAUAGAAACGCUACAAGUCCCAUCAGAUCCUUCUGGAAUGAACACGUUGUCGACAUCCUCCUCAGAAGAAGAACUUUUGCAGAUAGUUCUGGUCUGUUGUGGUUGUUAUGUAUAAGUGCCAAUUUUUUUUUUUCCAAUUUGACAAUUUUUAUUUUUAUUUUCCUUUUUCUUCAAUGCAAACUUGGGAUACAGAAUAAAGAGAGGGAGGGGGGUAGGAACAUCAUAUAUCAUAUUCUCGAGUGACAUGCCAUCCAACUUUACAUGAUACAUUUUGCACUGUUCCACUGGGGCAUAAUUAUCCAUUAUCUACUUUCUCCUCACUCGCCAGCCCACAUUCUGGGACCUGCAUCUGUCUUCCUCUGCUAGUCUGCUUUGCCUUGGCUCCUCCUUAGUGUCACCCCUGCACUAGAUGGAUGCAUUCUCUCGUUUCGUGUUACUGUUCCUAAAUGGGUGGGGGGGGGGAAGAAACCAGCUGGAGGAGGGGAUGGGAAGGGGGGGGGGAAAUGGAUUUAACAUGCCCGUUUUCUCCUACCGGUACUUUGCUGUUCAUCCACUGUUUGUGAUUUAAACUCUCGAUUCACCCAUUUGUCCCGUGAUUCCUAUCUAUCACCUUUCGUCCCCAAGGGGUCCCUUCCUCUGGAUUUCCCUUGGUCGCAUGGGGUCUCUUACUGCUGACCUUGUACUGGCGCUUGGCCUGGCUGAGGGAUUUUAUAGAGUCGGAGUAUUCUCCUACUUCUCAUGACACUAGGGUCAGACUCCAUUCCUAAUCUCCCCGGACCUGUUUACUUCUUCCCACCUAUUUUUUGCUUCCUCAAACCUGUGUGCAUUGCCUACAUUUUUCCUGGCCACUAGUUCAUAUUGUAGGUUGAUGGUAAUCUGCCUUUUUAGGGCUUGUUUCGUCGGUGCGGAGUCUGUCUUCCAUUCUCUGGCUAUUAGCGUUAGUGCCGCUAUUAUGGUGUGGAAAACUAUAAUUGCUCACUUCCCCGGAAUCUGGACAUAUGCAUGAACAAUAAGCCUGUUUCUGGGGCGAGUGUAGUACUGACAUCUAUCGUCUCAUUUAGCACGUUUUCUACCAUCCCCCAAUAGGGUCGUAGUACCUCACAAGACCACCAGAUGUGGUACAUCGUGCCAUCUGCACCCCCACAUCUCCAGCACUUGGCUGAUGUUCCUGGGUAAAUUUUUGCCAGUCGCACCGGCACCAUGUACCACCUGUAGUGUAUCUUUCGCAUUAACUCUAGGUGUGAUGCGCAUGAUGUCUUUCCUUUAUGUGCUGUGGUCGCGUUUUUCCAUUGAGUUGCAUCAAACUGUUUCCCCAGGUCUGCCUGCCAGGCUUCACUGAAUCUGUCUAAAUGUACUGGGUCGCCUAGGUUUAGUAGUGAGUAGCACUUAGAUAUCGUUCCCCUCUUUAGCUUAGUGUUUAGACAGAGACUUUCAAACUCCGUGAGCGAGUUUUUCCCCUCUCCUGUGGUUGCUUGUGUCCCCAGCAUAGAUUUUAACUGAAGGUAUGGAAAUAUCAAUUUGGGGGGAGGUUGAAUUUUUUCUGUAUGUCCGGGAACGGUAGCACCUUUUGUGCCUCUAGGAGGUCCCUCACAUGCGUGCAGCCUCUCUUUGUCCAUUCCCUAUAGUCAAAUGUGUUGUUCGCUACAUGAAGGCAGGGCAAUGGUGUUGCCGGUGACCACGGAGUCAUAGAGGUCAACGUCUGAUGUGUUUUGUCCCAUGUCAUCAGUAAUGUCUUUGUGGUGGGUAAGAUAUGGGGUUGGGUGGGGCGCAUUAGUUUAGGUACCCACAGCAAUCUGCGGAGGUCUGUCCCUUGAAGCCAGUGGUCUUCGAUUUCUAACCAUUGUGGAAUAGGGGCUGGUAGUUGUAUCCCUAACACUGGGGCUAGUAAUGUUGCCUGAUAAUAAAGUUUAAUAUUUGGUAAGGCAAGACCCCCUUGGUGAACCGGUCUGUGUAGGUAUUUGGCCGCUAUCCUCACUCGUUUGUGUGCCCAUACAAACUUUGUGAGCAUUGACUGUGUUUUGUUUAAGUAGGAGGUUGGAAGAGCUAUUUGUAGCGUUCUAAAAAGGUACUGUAGUUUAGGGAGAAUGGACAUUUUAAAAGCUGCCAUCCUCCCCACCCAGGAGAUGUAUUUGUCUUUCCAAGAGACCAAACUAGCUUCCAUCUCUUUUUGUAGGGCUUCGUAAUUGGCCUUGAACAGUCCCCCUAUUGUCUUAGUUAACUUAAUUCCGAGGAAGGAAAUGCUUUCCGUCCUCCAGUCCAUCACAAACUUCCCCUGCAACUCCUGUAGUGUGCUCUCAGGUAUCCCAAUUCCCAUGGCCUGUGUUUUGGACACAUUUAAUUUAUAGUACGAACUGUCUCCGUAUUCUUUUAUCGCUGUCAGUAGGUGUGGCAUUGAAAUCAGUGGUUGCGUUAAGGUCAGGAGCACGUCGUCCGCAAACAUAUUGGCUUUGUAUUCCUUGUCCCCUAUGCGCACUCCAUGUAUGGAACUAUGGUUCCUAAUCUUUGAUGCUAAUGGCUCUAAAGCUAGAACAUACAGCAGAGGGGACAAGGGGCAUCCCUGCCUCGUGCCAUUCGAGAUGCUAAACGGGUUGGAUAGGAAGCCCGCGUUGAGCACUUGUGCCCUCGGGGCGCUAUAUAACGCUUUGACUGCUGCCCUGAAUUCUCCUGGCACACCGAAUUUUGCCAUGACCGCCUCUAGGAAUGUCCAGUGCAGGCGGUCGAAUGCCUUUUCGGCGUCUAGGGAGAUGAUAACUCCUCCCCCUUUGAUGCAUAAGUGCCAAUUUUAAUAGCAAAUGAGGAAUUUUAAACAUUUGGUAAUUUUUGCCUUUUUUUCAUUUUGUGGAGCCUGAUUGGUUAAUAGUUAACUUGUGCAAUUUGUCUUAAAUGUUGUGUUUUGUUCGUCAUUUCCCCACAUUUUGCUAUUUGAUUAAUUAAUCCCUUGAGUUCAAUGUGGCUGCUAGAACCUGUUUUUCCAGUGCAAUUUGUUUAAAAUUUAAAAAUAGACUCUGGUAAACCUCUUCACUACACACAAUACGUCUUGCAUGAAGUCAGCCCCGCUUCACCUAAAAUGUAACCUCUAUUUCCUUAAAAUACCAUGAGAACCUAUUACAUGUACUUACUUUAUCUAUAUAUAGACAGAUGCCUGAGAGAGUGCUGGGAAAUCCUGAAAGAUACAUGCUGUGACAGAUUAAACAAGAGGGUUUGAACUGUCUUGACUGUGACCCAACUUAUGUACAUGGCACAAACUUGGCAUUCUUCAAAUAAAACAUAUUUAAUGUUCAAAUAAACUCUGCAAAAUAUAUUCAUUGGACUCUUUCCAAUGUCAAAAGGGUUUCCACUGCAUUUAGGAAGGCAGUACAUCUACAGUGAUUAAUGUAUUGUGAGCAGUUUUUGGUUCAGGGGAAGUAUGAUGAGCCUACUCUUACUGAUGGUGACAAACUACAAUAGUAUGGUAACAUGGGCACUCCGUUUUAGGUCCUGACCCAGGAUUUAAAGUGAAUCCAUUAUCCUUGAAUAUGUGACUGGUUACAUCAGUAAACACUAUUGUAAUCUUUAAAAGUGGAGAAAUAUGGGGGGCGGAGCCGAUGGCCAUACUGUGAGGACGCAUAUCCCACCAGCUCUGAGCGACAACUCUGAUACUGAGCAUAAAACGCAGGAAUUGUACUGCCUACCUGCACCCAAAACUGCUAUAUACCUUUCUGAAGGCAUGGACAUCGCAGCAAAAAAUAUAAAGCUGAAACUUGGGCUAUCCACGCAAUCCACCUUGGCGCAUUCUCAGCCGACACCUUCGACUUUCACUCCCUAGGAUCCCGCAAAGGUUUGGCCAUUCAAACCUGCGGCUCACCGAGGGGACCAUCAUCAACCCUGAUGUCCUAAACUGUCUGCAAACAUCUAUAAAUCUCUUUAUAUUUUGCUCAGUUUAUUUUAUGUUAUUUGUUUUCUCAUGUGUUUGCAUAAUUUGCUUAAGUUCCUGUGAGGUGUUCCUUUGAACACUGUUUAUAGCUCGUAUCGCGCUGUCUUACACAGUUGGCAGCUGCAUGCUACGCACGCUAACUCCUAAACCCCACCGCCCCAUGUGUAAAUCUUGAUUAUACAUCCUACUGAUUCAUCCUAAGGGGGUUCCAGAAUCUACAACACAUCUACAAUUCUACUAAAAGACCUUCAUAUCAUAAUAGAGGCAUCUACGUGUUUCCUGCCCUUACUGGCACUCUCAUUAACCCUUAUACAGCUCUUGGGUGAGGGCAGCAUUCCUGUUAACCUACUGUUUGUUUUAAAACAGUAGGUACUAACCUACUUAUUAACCUACUGUUAGUAUAAUUAUACUAAAAUGCACAGUCCUCCACAUUUUGCUAUCUAUGAUAUUAUAUAUAUAUAUAUAUAUAUAUAUAUAUAUAUAUAUAUAUAUAUAUAUAUAAUAUGCGCCAUAUUUUACUACCAGUAUUGUUUUGUAGACACUGACUAUGCAUUGAUGUCCAAUUUGAAACGAGGCCUAUAUUGUAAUGGCUGAAUUGUGAAUAAACCCCUUCUCUCGAAGGGACUAUGAUCACACACCUAUAUGCCUUCCAGAACAUGCCUCCUAACCUAGCACACCUAUUCAAUGAUUCAGGGACAAGCAGAGAAACCUUGAUUGGAUUGGGCAGUCACCGCGGUCUGUUCAAACGUCUUUGAGGUCGCUCUUGACCCCAGGACCACCAAACAAGUCACUAUUUUGAGGAGUGAUAGAGGAGGUGGUGAGGCAUCAAACGACACCAAGGACUUGAGGGAGCUCCAUGUACUGACUUCAUAUGCAGACAUCAAAAGUGGGGAUGUGGGCCGAGGAACUUGUUAUUUUGGGGAAUAUUAUUGUUAGGCGCCUAGGUGUCUAAUCUCUAACAAAGUUACCUUGUUCUGCUCAGACACCCAGGUGUUCUUCUGUUGGUGACCCCCAGUUGGGGACCCAUGUGACAGUCACUUAAUAAAGUGUGCAUGUUUACCCUUACAUCAAGCCUUGGCUGAUGACUAGGGAGGAGCUAUAAUUACUCUGGGGUUUCCACUAGGGGGGAAAGCGAGUCCCUGACGGUGAUACUCCGGUCACCUAGGAUAGGUCCGCCACAGUGUGCACAUCCCAUUUUUACACUCAUGGCAUCACGGAAUACUGUUGAUUUACUUUGGAUGCCAGACUGUGCUUUUCUCAUAUAUGGUGUAAAGGAAAAUAAAUGAAAAAGCAAGACUUAAAAAGUAAUUGCUAACAUCUACAUUAUUAUUUAUAAAGCGCCAACAAGUUUUGUAGCGCUGUACAAUGUGUGGACUAACAGACACGUAUUUGUAAUCAGACAAGUUGGUUUCAGGAGAGGAAUCCGGGUGCGGGGAGGGAAAGCUGUUCACAGUUUAAUUGAUAUGCUUUCCUAAAGAAGUAAGUUUUCAAAGAUUUUCUUUUUUUUUGAAGGCGUUGAGAUUGGGUGAAAGUCUAACAGAGAGGGAAGGGCGUUCCAUAGGGAUGGUGCAGCCCUAUAGAAGUCUUUAAGGUGAGCAUCAGAGAUAGGAGUACGAAUAGAGGUUAGACGUAGGUCUCCGGCAGAGUGUAGGGGCCUAGAUGGGACAUAUUUGUGUAUUAGUGAGGAUAAGUAGGUGGGAGCAGCCUUGUGUAGAGAUUUGUAAGCAAGUAUCAGGAUCUUAAAUUGAGUCCUAUAUCUUACAUGAAGACAAUGUAGGGACUAACAAAGGGGGAGGCAUGGGAGCUGUGGUCGGACAGGAAGAUGAGCCUCGCCGCCGCAUUCAUUCUAGACCAGUGAUGGCUAACCUUGACACCAUAAAUUUUAGAGUCUAACAGCUAGCGGAGCAUCAUGGGAAAUGUAGUCCAGAAACCAUUUAUGGUGUCAAGGUUAGCCAUCACUGUUCUAGACUGUAACGGGGCAAGUUGGGAAAAUGUAAGACCACUGAGAAGCGGAUUACAGUAGUCAAGGCGAGAGAGGACAGUGGCAUGGACAAACACCUUUGCCGUAUCAGGCGUUAAAUAGGGUUGGAUGUGUGCAAUGUUUUUGAGAUGGAAGCGGCAUUAUUUGCCAAUUGAUUGGACAUGAGAGGUGAAGGAGAGGUCAAAGUCAAUGAGAACACCUAGAGGUAGAGCGAUGGUUGUGAAAUAAUGUCACACCUUACAGUUCCUCUUUAAAUGGGCACUUUAAGCUCUAAAACCACUAUAGUUCAUUGUAAGGGCUAUGAUUCAAAGAAGAUUAGUUGUUACCUGUUUUUUGUCACACGGUAUACUAGUGGUUUGACAGAGGCAUCUGCAGUCUAGGCUUCUAAAGCCCAGCCCUCAAUCUGCAGCCAAGAUAAUGUGCAAGUUUCACUCUCACAUUAUUGUUCUAACUUAGGACUGCCUUACAGGGGUAGACUAAGGACCAUAACUUCUGACCCCCUGAUCUCAGCCUAUUACUAUUACGGUUUGUCUGGAGCUGACAUAGCUAAUAAAGAAGUAUAAAUUCCACAUUAUCAGUAUGGCAGAAGAGGAAGCAAACUGUGGUGGCCAGGAAAAGCCUCAAGCCAACUCAAGCUCCAAAACUGUUACCUUCACUUCUCUACUCCACAAUUGGUUUAGCACCUUAUUAGAAAUAGUACACUUUUAUGCACUUUACAAAUAAGUGUGUGUACAAUACUGUUUUGCAUGUUUACUAUUGGAUGCACUUUGUUGAAAGAAUAUUGCACUUAAAAGUUCUGUGUUUUUGUUUACACCUUAAAGGUAGAGUGCAAUUUAGAUGAUUGCAUUAUAUGUGUUUAUAAGAGUGGGAAAACGUAUGAAUGGUAGUUAAAGUUACAGCGCACCUUAUUUUGUUUUAUAUUGUUGUAAUGUUUUUUUGUCUGUACCUCAUAACCCUUAAAGUGAGCUUAGGCUUGUUUGUAUCAUACCUUUUUUGAGCAGUUUGAUAAGUGUGGGGAACAACACAAAGACUUGUAUCUUCAUAGCUACUUGGCUGUAGUGUACACCGCAUGAGUCAUCCCUUUAUGAACCAAUAGAUUAAGCUUUUUUUUUUUUUCCAAGGUAGAACCCAUAAGUGUUUUUUGUCAAUAAAUAGCUUCUAUUUUUCAAGACAAGCAAAAUCUGACAAACUGGGUAAUGCACCACAUUUCUUAGUCACCUCUCCAAGAUCCCCAAAUAAUUUUCCACUUUUCUACAAAAGACAUUUUGUAUCCACCAAGGCUGUGGUUAUUCAUCUUAUCAGAAGACUCUAAAAUCUAAUCAUGUGAGGUAGUUGAGCUACAUGGCAAUCUGGCACUGUCAUGGUUAAUAUUUUUGCCUGGUUCAUGUUAUAACAUUCACAUGGUUAAGCAUUUUAUUUUAAUCAGAAAUUUUGUGUUUUGUCUGGGAGUUUGGUGACCUUGGAGACAGCCAAGGUCUCAUUUGUCCCCAGAGAGAACAUACAGCAUAUAUAUUUGUUGUUUGCUUUCCUGCAUUUGUGAUACUUACGGUUCCAGAAGGGGGCAGCCAUCUGUUGAAAAGUGACAUCUAGGGGUCUUACAUGGAGACAAUUUGUGCAAUCUGCCCAUAGGAUGUUCCUGAAAUUUUGAGUAUUGUGCCCAACUUAAGAACCAUAAUGGUAGUGUUCUAAUUUGAGAAUCAUCUCCUGCUAUUGAAUCAGGGUGCCAAGCUGAUUUAUAUUGUGUUUUAUUUGAGUAAUAAGUGUCAAUUUUUGGAUCUACAUAAUGGUUCCUUAUUUAUAAGAUUUGGGUCCACUUUAGGAAUGAUUUUGCUUAGUACUAGUGCUAGCUGGGUUUCUGAGUUGACAAUAUUUGCUAUGUUAACCAAUUUUUAGUGAAGGAAAUUACAUUGUUUAUCAUUGCCACAACUUCCGCAAUCCCAUAUUUUUCUUUAGGAAAUCAACUGAAACCAGAUUUGCCACUUCAUGUUGGUGGAAUAAACCCUAAUUCACAUUCAUGAUUUUUAUAUUUUAUCAAAAAAAUAUGUAUGUGUUAUGCACAAUUGCCGCUGUUUAGUUCUCGUAGGAUACAAUUUUUCAAAUGAUCACAAUUGUUAUAAAAACCUUUCAAAUGAGGCACCUGCAUGCAGGUGAUAUAUUUAUCUACACUUGGAAACACAUUUAUUACAACGUGAGUCUAUUAUUACAGGUUUAUUACAGCAAGAUUUAUUUAAGAUUAAUGGAAUCCCCAUGCUGUCCCUAGGUCCUCAAAAAAACCUGUAACAAUGUGUUUGUAAUAAAACAUAAAUUAUCUUAACUAAACAUUUCUUACAUAGUCAAAACAUUAGCAUGUUGACAUUUGGCCCAAAUGAUAAUAUAUUUAUGGAAUGUGGCUAGACCCUGACCUCUCAUUUGGAUUCUACAUUGAUAAGCUAUCAUCAAACAAAUUUUAAAAGUUGGUACUCUGUUCAGAAGCAAAUACUGUUGAAUAAGAAGCGAUAGUGCAACAAAUGCUCAUGGAAAUGACUGCAGGGAUGUAAGUAAUGCAAUAAAUUCCCAUACUGUAAAGCAAUAUGUUCAGCCCGUUCUUCCCACCUCCUGUAACGUUCACUUCCAUCAUUUUAACUUCCAUUCCAUAUUACAACAAGAAAGCAAGUCAUGAAGCCUUCUCACAGAGAGCUCUGAUACCGUGGAAUAACGUACUGGACAACACCAAAUCUUAAACAAGCCUACAACCUCUUAAAGGAAACGGGCUCUCAUGCCAGUUAAAGCAACUCCGUCACCAAAAAAAUGACUAUUUCAUAAAGAUAGAAUCUGUCUGAUUCUCACAGAUUGCAAGACUUCGUGUUUGGAGGCUCCUGUGGUCUCGCUAUAUCUUCCAUAGACAGCAAUGUUCUACUCUUUUGGCUCCUGGCAGGAGCUGAAGGCCAAAGAUGGCGGCACCUAAAGGGGACAGCUUUUAUUAACUAUAAGUACCUUAGUCUGCACCCUGAUUGGGGAUGUCACCUUAUGGUGCCUUAGCAAAAUAUGCACAGACCCCUAAAUGUGACAGAGCCACUUUAAACAAAACCUCUAACAGCUAAUGGCCAUCUAUGUUAAAUGUUUAACUUCAUAACAAAAUUGUAUUGUUUGAGUGUCCCAGGACAUACGCAGACACGGUUAAUCUCAGUAUACUUUUCCUGGUAAAACAUAUAUGCUAAAUAAAUAUUAUAUAGUCCAUGACUAUGUGGUGAUUCUGAACUUCAUGAAGCCUUGCCUGACUAAGGUUUCUUUACCAUGUGAAAGAAGUAGUUUCAUCCCGAGCUCCAUCAAAUAUCUAUCCCACUGACCUUAUGUCUUUUUCUUUGCCUCCACCUUAUCUGCAUGCUUCUUUGCAUCAACUUAUAUUUUAUCUGUUUGCUUUUUUUUCUAUCUCGCUAGGAUCCCCAUCACCACUUCCCAAUUAUUUCAUGCAUAGGCAUGACACAGGUACCUAGUGCAAUGUAAUUUAGAUCUAAGUAGCAGGUGGCGUCGUCUGGUGUCUUUUGUUGCUUAGUUAAUGUUAAAACACAUUUGUUAUUUAUUUUAACAAACAUACUUUACCAUUGUGUAUAUUAGAACAUUUACAUGAAAUGUUGCUUAAAAAGUAUAUUUUAUCAACUGAAGAAAAAGGUAUAUGUUCCUUUAGCACCAAAAACACCAUGACUUCCUGUAUGUACGGUAGUUACUUAACCAUAUUCCCCUCCCGGCCACCUGUUGAGGCCAGAAUCUUCCCAGGUAGGGCCUCCACCACUGAGCCGCACGUACACUUCUAUUGCUAACUUUCAUGGACGGCGCUGCCCAAUGUAAAUCAGCUGAUCCUUGGCGUUGGUGACAGAGCAAAUUGUUCUGUGUGCUGCGAUGGCAGUAGCAGUUUAAAUCUUAAUCAGUGAAGAACCCACCGAUAUUGGGUACAUUGGUGCAGUGAUCACCAUAUGAUUUAACCAUAUCCUCAUAUGUGUUUGCUAAGAUAGGUUAUUUGAAGUAACCUUAUAAGUUUUAAAACUGUUUUGUUAAUCUAGAUUUUUAGAAAUGCACUGACUAACAGGGUGAUCUAGGAGUCAUGGAGUCUCUCCUUGUGGCCCCCACAUUCUGGCUCUAACAUAGGCAAUAUGUGCAUUGAGUUCCUUGCCAUUUAUCUUAAAUUAUUAUAAAUAUUAUGAAAUCUACUGACAAGCUCUUUGUCUGUUCUUUUCACAAAGGUAUCUCAUUUUGUAGUUCAGCUUUUGUGAACAAUUUAUUUAUCUUUCUAAAAUCAUAAAUUGUAAAGAUCAAUUACUGUAUUUAAUGGAUGUUCCUCUUACUUGUAAAUGGCUAAAAUUGCCUGUUUUGUGUCUGGAUAUUAGUUUUUUGGUCAGUUUUGCCUAUAUAGUUAUAAUACAUUGAAGUAGCCUGAUUUUAAUCUCUGGUUCUCUCUCCAGCAUAUUGUUGACACUCCUUCCCCAGAACAAGUCUUCUCCUUGGGACUUUGCACAGGACAAUAUGGAUGACCCAGACCUUCCAUCAGUGGAGAGCCCAUGUGAGCUGAAACAAGUGGAACCCUCCCCCUUUUCCUCUAAGAGGACAAUGUACGAGACGGAGGAGGUAAGGUUGUUUAUUUAUAUUUUUUUGGAUUGCACUCUGUUACACAGAAAAACAUCUAGAGUGUGAUUAUAUCUUGGCUCUCUCAUUGCAUCUAAUUCCUAACCAAUGGUUGUUUUUCUUCUAUGCCUCUUCCCAUUUGUCAUCUUUAUUCUUUACCGUCCUUCAGAUGGUUAUUCCUGCUGAUCCAGAUGAGAUGGCAGAUUUUCAAAGGGCGACAUUGGCAUCUUCUCAAUAUACCCUUGAGGUGACUCUACCCAGAGCUAACAUCUUUCUCCCCAGCAAGGACAUGUAUGAAAAUCUGUAUAACAGGUAAGUAGUGAUUCCUUUACCUCCCUUCUCUCUAUUACACUCUCUUCCCUACGCUCUAAAUACUUGUGUUUCUCUUCAGGUUGUGUAAUGACCUACUAAUGUGGGAACCAGUAUCUGCAUGUGAUUCCCCUUUGGCUGACUCAUUGCUCCCCACUGAACAGCUCCACAUCCCGGCUUACAAGCAAGACACAUUCCAUAUGUGCAAGUCUGCAUUCAGACUGGGUGAGUUUAAGAACAUUUAUUUGAGCACAGUCACUAUGCACCCAUUUACUCCAUGCCUUCCUCCAUUUCCGUCUUAAUAUUUAUUUUCGUUUUUUUUUUUUUAAAUCCAAAAGUGACUUGCUAUAUUUCCGUAGUUUUAUCAAGUUAAUGCAAAUUAACCAGACACUGGGUUAAAUGCUCGUAGAAGACUAAAUAUGUUUUCAUUGUUACAUACUUACAUAGCUGAAAAUAGACUUGUGUCCAUCAAGUUCAGCCUUUAUCACAUUUGAUUUUUGCUGUUGAUCCAAAAUAAAGCAAAAGAACCCAAUCUGAAGCGCUUCCAAUUGUGCAACAAACUAGGAAAAAAUCCCUUUGUGACCCCAAAAUGGCAGUCAGAUAUUGCCUUGGAUCAAGAAACUAUUACCAUACUAAUUCAAAUGUCUAUCUCUGUAUAUUAUGCAAAUAUUUAUCCAAUUGCUUUUUAAACAUCUGUAUAGACUCUGAUAAAACCAUGUCUUCAGGCAGAGAAUUCCACAUCCUGAUUGUUCUUACUGUAAAAAAAAAAAUUUCCUUGGACUAUAUCUCCUUUUUUUUUUCUGUCUAAAUGCAUGACCUCUUGUCCUAUGUAAAGUCCUAAUUAUGAAUAGGUUUCCAGAUAAUGGUUUGUACUGGCCCCGAAUAUAUUUGUAUAAUUCUAUCAUAUCCCAUCUGAGCCACAGUUUUUCCCAACUAAAGAGAUUUAAAUGUGUUCUCCUCCCUUCAUAAUGAACCUUUUUUCUCUAUUAAUCAAGCUAGAAUAAGUUUAAUUACUCACUUAUUAGUGCCAUGCAAGCCUCAGGACACAAGACUAAAACUCUCUAAUAACCUGUGCCAAGGUAUCUUGUAAAGUUAAAGAGGAAGAGAUAUUAAAUGAAUGCUAUAACUGUGAAUCCAAGUCUCCCUCCAGCAUCCGAAUAUAAAUCAUCUUUUAUAAAAGAAUUCUCAUUGACAUCUCUCCUAGGAGAAACCAUUUUUUUUCUCCAAACCUCUAAACUAUCAUACUGUCAGAAUGGUAAAUCUUGUUUUUCUUGUUUAGUGUGUAUAGAGAGCUGAUUCCUCUUUCUUCCUCUUCUUAGCAGUGGAUCCAAAAAUUCACCAAACCCAUUUAUUUUUAUUUUUUCACAAACAUCUCAGAUUAUCUGUGUAUUCCACAGUGGUUGGAUGGUAAAUUACAUUUACUGUCCUCGUCCUCAUACAGGACAGCCCUGUUUGCUCCAAAAAGACUUGUGAACGUGAGCCAAAGUGACCACCUUUUAUUUUUUUACAUUUUUUUUAUUCUUUAUUUUUAUUUGUGCUUGAUAAGCCAUAACACUCUGGUUGCUGUGCCACAAUAUCUUAGUCAACCGUGGAACAUUUGAAUACAACGUGGCAUCGAAAAUACUAUGCACAUUUUUAAAGUGGGUUGAAGGUAAACAAAUUAGUUAAACAUUGAGAAUACUAUAUGUUGUCAGAACCUAGGUUGAUAAGCAGGCUUUUGCUGAACACCUUCUAUUUUUUAAUACUUCAAUCAUGAUACAGGCCUUUUUCAAAUUUGCACCAUAUUAUUCUUUAAUGCACUUUCUAACUUCUUUGAGCUGGUAUAAAAUAUAAUUAAAUAUAUAGUGCUUCAUUUUAUAAAAAUGUAAUAAAAUAUGCAUUAUAUAAUUUAUAUAUAUAUAUAUAUAUAUAUAUAUAUAUAUAUAUUUUUUUUUUUUUUUCUAUUUCCCUUUUUAAUCUUCUGAAUUGGAUAAGUAUACAUGGGAAUGUUUUAGUGGAAAGUAGUGAUUUAGAAAUUGAGAGAAGAAUUUGUUAUUUUUGGCCUGGCCACCGAUGAGUUCUGAAACCAACAAAGUCUUUUGUUUUUUUGUACAAAAUCUUUCAUGAGAUAAGGCUAAACUAAAGUUAAACCACUUGCACACUUUAAAUUUAAGUCAUUCCAGAUAUGUGUUUAAAUAAUUAGUUAUUUUUUGACAGACGUCCCAACAGAUGCAGUUGUUAAAGUGGAGCGGUUAUCCACAUGUGAAUGCGAUAAUGAGUAAAACUCUAGAUCAUUAAAUUGAGCUAGCUAAAUCCAUAGUGCUUGUAAAGGUUACAUUGGAUUCUUUAUUUAAGUAUAUUGUUGCUCUAGGUUCUAUGAGCACCAUCCCAGAAUCUCUUGCAUGUCAUGCAUACUAGGAAUAUGAACCGUAUGAAAUUUUUUUAUAUAUAUUUUUUUAUGCUGAAAGCGUAGAUCCAUAUGUACGUAUAAGUGCCCAUAAUUCCUUCCCCACGAGUGAUAAGAAAGAAAACGUACAGUAACAAUGUUUUAGUAUUUUGUGAGUCCUUCAGUGAUUAUGAUUAGAUUACUUGAAGUCACAGGCAAAAACAAAGGUCAGUAAUUGGCAGCAUUUCGGAAAGAUCCUUAAAAUAGAUAGACUUUUUUAAACAGCAGCAUAGAAGUGUUAUCUAGGUACAAAAGUGAAUGUUAAUGAUAGGCAGAGUUCAUACAAAAUCUUAGGUAGCAAGCAAGUUUGGUAGAUCAACCAGAGGAAGUCCUGCUAUAACAACUAAGGAGAAGCAUGUAUUUUUUUUAAAAUUUGGUUUUUUUUAAUUUUAAAGCAACCAGUUCAUUGAUAUGUGAUACAUUGUAGGGGUCACAUAGAACAGGAUGAAACAAUAAAGAAAUAAGGCUUAGCAAGAUUUGGGUUGUACCGCCCUUAUUAAGCGGCACCCCUCCUUUGUAUCAUCUUUUAAAACAGCUGGACUGAAUGUGAACAGCUUUUUUAAUGGUGCCUUUUCUAGUGGACUUUUUUUUUCUGAUUUGAAAGUAAUCUUGCAGCAGGAAUUUGCCAUGUUUGUUAAUUCUGGCACAUGAGCAUAGAGCUGAUUUUAUAAGACGGUGUAGAUAAGCAAAAUGGGAUAAUCCUUUAAUCCUUUCAAUUGGUUAUGCUAAGCAACUUUUAACACAAACUCACUGCAGCCACGUAGAACUCUGCUACUGUGCUGCAGAGUUAAUAUACUUAGAUCCCCAUGGCUCAGCGUUGGAGAAGAGGAAAGCCAGAAAGAUUGAUGAUGCAGUGUGCAGCAAUAUUAAAUAGGUUCUCUAAUUCUGUAGGGAGAAUAUUUGACACCUUGCUUCUCUCCUCCAGCUACUCUUUAAACGUAUCACUAAAGGGAAAUGGGGUUGAAUUAAAGACUGUAGUCAGACAUGGCUACUAUGCAGGAGUGAAACUCCCACCAAUGAGGCCCAUUGCCGUAAUUUAUUAGCUUCUUUUCCUGAUAUACCAGCAGAGGAGCUGGGGAGACAAAAUUAUAUGGAUUACACUUCCUCGACUCCUGUCACUCAAUAUCAGUAUUUGAAGAGGGCAGCAUUAAAACGGUGUAACUCCCUACGUGGGAUAUUAUGGAGAAUAAGGCACAGGUGACAUCUGCUAAUCUACAGUACCAGGUUUGAAAACCAGAAUGCGUUAAUACAUUUUAAACGUGAAACUACCAGGAUGUCUCUUAACUUGCAGGGAUAAAAAACAAUUCAAGCAUUUUUUGAGAAAAGAAUAUGACUGCAUGUGUAAUACAGAAAGAUAAAGGCGUUCUACGGAGCUAAAAGGUUGCAAUGUCCGAUAAAAUCUUGAGGCUGCAAAGAAUGCUGAAAAGCUGACUAGUGGCGGGAUUCCCAGGUUUAUCUAGUAGAUUGGGUGCUUACAACGAUUGCAAUGGCUGGCAUGUGAAAGCGGACUAUUUUAGCUAGUUUACUGCAGGUGGUGCCCUUAUACUUAAAUAUACUGUGAACUUUAGAUUCGGAUUCCCCAGCAUUUAUUUGUUCAAAUAUAGACAUGCCUGAACGAACCUGAUUGUGAACACUGAUUAUUCUGCUAGCUUUCCUAUUCAAAAAGCCAAGUGCUUAUAGUGUUUCAGAACUUUACUGUGUUGUUUUCAUUGUGUAAGCAAUGAGGAUGUAAAACUAUGCAAAUUGAUCCUGAAUUUACAAGAAGGUGGAACAUCCUUCUUGAUAAGCUAGUUUAUACUUGCAAUGGAUAGCAGGGUAUCCGUGUGUUUGCUACAAUUUGUAUUACUGUUCUUGAAGCAGAGGCGUGCGUAAAGGAUCACUAUAGGGUCAGGAACACAAACCUGUAUUCCUGAACCUAUAGUGUUAAAACCACCAUCUAGCCCCCUGGGUCCCUUUAUGCCUCUGUAAAUAUAGCAAAAUCUUACUGUAUUCAAGCCAGAUGCUGUAGAUCUGAAUGCUGUUUGCCUUUAAAAAAAAAACAAAAAAAAAACAAGCAGUCUGCUGACAUCAUCAGAAGUGGUAGCCUGAUCCAAUUACAAUGCUUCCCCAUAAGAUUGGCUGAGACUGACAAAGAGGCAGAUCAUUGGCAGAGCCAGCAUGAUUCAAACACAGCCCUGGCCAAUCAGCAUCUCCUCAUAGAGAUGAAUUGAAUCAAUGAAUCUCUAUGAGGAAAGUUCAGUGUCUGCAUGCAGAGGGAGGAGACACUGAAUGCUUGGAUGCAUUUUAGGCAGCCAUGACCCAGGAAGGAUCUCUAACAGCCAUCUGAGGAGUGGCCAGUGAAGUUAUCACUAGGCUGUAAUGUAAACACUGCAUUUUCUCUGAAAAGACAGUGUUUACAGCAAAAAGCCUGAAGGUAAUGAUUCUACUCACCAGAACAAAUUCAAUAAGCUGUAGUUGUUCUGGUGACUAUAGUGUCCCUUUAAUGGUAAAUCUACAGUUGUUUCACAGUAUUUUGCCUGCAUCUGGUAUUACAAUAGCAAAAUAAUUAUUUCAAGUUAGUACUCGUUAUUUCAUGUAUAAAGCACCAAAAUAACGCAAGGGUUUCCUUCAUCUUGCAUGUAUUGCCAAUAGAAAACUGGUGUAAUUUCUAAGAUUUGAACAGUUUAUGGACAGUGAGCUUGACUUUAAUGACCAUUGGAGUGCUACUAAGAACCUCCUGUUUUUUAAAUGUGCAUAGGGAUUUGGGAUAGUGCACAGGUAACUCUUUUGCUUUUCCUCUAUGUAUUUAGACUGUUGUAUACUGUAGCUGUGGCUGCUGCCCUGGGGUAGUGGGAGUUUGAGUGCAGGGCUUAAUUUUGUGUGUUUACAUUUUAUGUUAUGCUGUGAAUUUUUAUGAUUUGUUUUGCAAGCAACGUAUAAUAAAUUGACACUUUAUUCUUAAAUAUUACACUAUUACAUUUGUGUUCCGUUUGCACUUUUUCAUGCAUAUUGCACCUAGUAUAUACAUCAUCCUGUAUCUCUGUAAGGAAGUAUUUUAUUUGAAUGAGGUGGGUUAGUAUAAUUUUAGUCGGUGAGUACCAUUGUGCCCUGCAUACAUCAAGGAGUGUGUUUAGAUUUUCUGAUUACCCAACUUAGACCUCAGUGUAAUAUUUUUGGAUAAACAUUUAGAAUUAUAUUUUUAGAAUAUGAAAACAUAUAUAUAUACAUAAAAAUACCAAAAUAUAAAAAUAUUUUUCAAAAUAUUAAAUAUAAAAGCUUAUCAAAAAUUUUAAAUUGCGGUCUUAGUGGGUAAUCAUUUUAUUGACUUUGAAAGAAUAAAUUGGUACACAGUUGGAGCUCUAUCCACUGGAAUAUCUCACCAGCUAGUUGAGAUUUUUUUGUUCUAAAUUUUUAAAACACUCCUUUUGGAAUCUCCAUGGACAUCAUUCUACACUACUUUUGUCAUAUGUCAAUUUAAUCUCUUAUAACAUCCACUUCAAUCUUGCAUUCUAGACUCCGACUCAGAAGAUGAAGAUUCACAUUUCUACUCCGUGGAUGAAGCUGCAAGGCUCAGGAGAGGAACCAUAGAAGGACACAGUUUCUUUUCUGCCUCAGUCACUAUUUUAAGGGGACGGAUAACAGCUUGGACAGAAACUAAGGUUAAAACGAUUAUCCUUUCUAUGCCUUGUUCUCUGUGCACCUAUUUAUCCAUCUGUUCUGUUUCAUAAUGUCUCAUUAUCUAUCCCCACGGUAUCCUUUAACUGAUAAUUCUGUUCUGCUUUAUACCAUUUUCCCAACCAUUGUCUGCUCUUGCCUUUGUAUGUCUUCUAACUAUUACGUAAAUAUCAUUUGCCCCUCUUUAUCUCGUUUCCUUGCUGUCCUGUACACAUCUCUAGCUAUAUUAUCACAGACUAUCUCAAAUUAAUUAUUCUCGUUCCUUCCUAAUUUCUCUCUUGCAGGGCGAAGGAACAAAGAAAUUGGGUAACCAGCAUGGUGAGGUCAUUCUGGAUGUAGAAAACGGACGCAUCUUUAGUGUGUCGAAAUACAAAGGAAAAGCUGAUCUCAGUUACCUGUGUAUAGAGUCUGAUGUUGUGUCUCUUUAUCACAAAGGUAGGCAUUCAAUUCAGUUGUGGAAGCUAGCUUCGUAUCUUCAUAUAUUUUCCUCAGUGUGUUACCCUGGAACAGUGUGGAACUAUAAAAUAAAAUAUGAGAAAUAUUGUGUGAUUUGUAAUGUUGCCACUGGUUGGAUGAAGUACAUGGUUUUUAGGCCCGGUAAUUGUCAAAUUGUUUUAAUGAAGUGGCAUUAAUCUUUCCUAGUGCAAUACAGAACCCUUGGAAACUUGAUGGAGUCUAUUGAACAUAUUCUGCAGAACGUAUUUUAUUGUAGAUAUUGUAAAAAACUUCCAGAAUGGACCAUUUAAUUUAAUUAGCAAUUAAAGUAUUAUUUUUAUUAUACAUCUGUCAGUUUAGUCUUGUAUUAUGUCUCUUACAGCUGCGGUAGAAGACUACUUGCUACCAGUUACCCUGGAGAUGCCCACAUUUCUGCCCCCUAAAAACUUGGAUCCUACUAUUUACAUCUCAGAAGACGGGGUUUCUGCCCAGCUGUCAGGGCUUCGCAAAGAUAAGAAUCUCAAAAUGCUGUCCUUAGCUGUCCGAAUUGAUCUUAACCUUGUGAAAAAUGUGAAGGUAAUAUAUGGAUUUCCUUGUUCCAUGCAGUGUUUGUGCUGUACAUUUUAUUUUAUAGUCAGUGGGCCAUAUGCAUGUUUCAGGUUCCCUUGCUUCAGCAGUCCCUAGUAAAUGAUGUUUAAGACAUAUGGACUUUUUAAUGAAGAGGAAAACCAGUUCAUUUUUUUUAUUUUUUUUUAUUUAUGUGGCAUGCCUGGAUGUCCCUAGGAGAAAAUAUUAACACUACUAAGAAUUUUCAAAAAAUAAAAGUACAAUCCAUACAUAACUUCUAGUUGGCUAUUGGGUUGUGCAUACAUAUCAGUGGUGACCAUUCCAGUUUUGUAUGUUGAAAGACAGAAUGACUUUUUUUCCUGUAAAAGUCAAUUUCUUGACUUAGAUGGUAUUUUCACUUAUUUUCUAUGUAGCAACAGCACAUUGCUUGAGGAUAACCGUGGAUUUGUUGUUUUACAUUGCUACCUACAUUAUUUAAGAGAUUCCCCCCUCUCCUCCCCCCACCCCCCCCACACUUUUUCUGUUCUAACGUUGCAGAAAUUCUCUCAUUCAUAUCUGACUCUGUCAGGUUUAUUCACUAAAGUGUGAAUUCAAAGUGAAAUUCUAAUUUAAGACCAAAGUAGCCAAAUUGGAAGCACAGCUGACUUAGAGAAUGUUUCCGGGUUGGCUGUUUUUACCUUGAAUUUUAAAUUCACUUUAAAUUUUCACUUUAGUCAAUUAUGUUGGAAUUGGUAUGGGUGUGCGGCCCACCACCACCUCUGUAUAUUCCAACAUUGUGUGUCCUGCGGUUACCAUGGCAACCCUCUGGAUCUCGCGAGAGUGAACUCUAGCCCUAGAACUACUGCUAGAGUUCACUCUUACCACUGGGACCACCAGGGAUUCCCCACUGGACCACCAGGGAUCGAGAAAUGUCCCCCCUCCUCCUUCAGUAAAGGUGACAAUGGAGGGGGGACAUAAUGUAUAUUUGUUUGAAUUAAAUUAAAAAAAUUCUUAUCACACAGACACACACUGCCCCCCCAUACACUGCACACACACAUUUCCCCUCCACACACACAUUCACUGCCCCCCCCCCACACACACACACACACACACACACUCACUGACCCCCACACACAUACACCCCACAUACACUGCACCCCUGACAUACACUGCCGCCUUCACAUACACACAUACACACUGCACCCCUAACACAUUGCACCAUUCACACACACCACUGCUCCUAUGCCCUACUACAGCCCCAUUUCCCAGCAGACCUCAGGUAAGUUGUCAAACUGUUCUUAAACGGUUUGAUUACUUACUCUGGGAGGGGGUCCUGGCAGUGUUGGCACCAUAACCACUACACUGAGCUGGAGUGGUUAUUGUGUUUGGAUUAUUUAUUUAAAUAAUCUACAAGUGGCCCUCCCGAGAUCAGGCUCUGGAUCCGCCACUGCCCACUGGAAGCUGGAUCCUGGUCUUCGGUCCAGGGUGGGUGGAGGAUGGUGAAUUCCCAGCCAAGCCGUAACGCUGGAUGUGGGGACUACGGUUCUGAUGAUGUCUUUUGGAGGGCUUGGAGUCCUCAGUGAGCACUAGGAGCAUCGAUUGACAGAGGCACCCAGUCGGGGUGCCAGACGGGCCGCCACAAGCCUGUAUCACUGGGGCUGUCUGCUUUGAAGGCGAUGGGUAUUAGACCAGAAAUUUCUUCCUAUCCUGGCUUGUGGGAGUUGAGCUUCUUAGGGGUAAGGGACUGGAGAAGACUAGGUAAAUAUUUUUUAUCGUGGUAUCAGAAAAAAUAACUGUAAUGAAAGUAUUUACACUACAGGGUUUGGCUGGUAGUGUGUUCGGUACGUUUUUGGAGCCGAUUAUGAAGAUUGCAUGGGUGGUGAGUUUGGUUGUAGGCACUGGGUCUAUGUUCACGUUUGGUGUCCGUGACAAAGGCCAGAUGAGUCGGACGAAGCAUGUCCAACCGCGGCUUGCUUGUUGGCCUGGACUUCUGGUUCAUUGUCUGAGGAUCACGGGACAUAUAUCUCAAAGUUCCUCCAAUGAAGCAUGAAAGUAGAGCAGAACGAGAUGGAUACCCAGAUAGGUGUCUUGCCGUGCAGCAAUUGUAUUUUUAACAAAUGAAAGUGGGAUUGUUACAGUGCUGACUCCAAAAGGCAGCAAACACUGAAGCUUGGCUACCCUAAAAUUCUCACAAUAAAGGAGCUAUCUAUUAGUUGUCAUGUUUUGGCAUCUGACAAUACAAUCCUUGUCACGGGAUAUGCGGUAGUUAAUCAGUCAGGGUCUUUACAGGAACACGGGUAUGUCCUAUGACUCUUUUUCAAAACUUUCACAUUACACAUUGAAUAUUUAAAAGUAGAGAGAAACUUAAGUGUAAUCUAGUGUAAAAAAAAAAAAAAAAAGGUAUUUUUAAAAGAAGGUAAAACUGCCACAAACAGAAUCCAGUUCAGCUAGUGAAAGCAUGAAUAUCACAGAUAGUUUGGCAUGAAUAUUCCACUGUAUUUCCCAGUAGACAUACAGUAAAACACAGAAGUAAAAAAUAGUGCUUUUUAUAAUAAACAACAUAACUUGCACAUUCUAAUGAAAUGUAUAACAGCAAAAUUCUCUAGAAGAGAGAAAACAAUAAACAAUGGAGAAGUAUAUCAAGUCCAAAAGAGUGUUAUGUGGAAAAAUAUGGAAAACACUCAUAUGGUAUAGAGCCACAUAGGGAUAGGCUCAAAUCUCUUAGGCAGAGGUAUAUUAGGUAAUACCAAACCCUCUCUGGAUUCCUGGCCAAAUUGUCCUUAGAAUAGGGAGACAAAAAAAGAGACAGGAUAUCCUAGUGCAGGAUUGCUAAAAUAGCUGAAAGGAAAAAAGUGUAGAGACAAGUAAUUGCUCACCUUGUGGGGAGCCAAUUAUACUAGGCUCCCGGUAUAACAGUGUAUGUGCCUUUAAGGGGAGCACUUCCCUUCUUGAAUAGUAGGAACAGGAAACAGUAAUAGACCACUGGGUUCAAGGUCACAUUAAAAUACACUUUAUUUAAAACAACAAACAAUUAAAAUAUAAAUCUGAAAAAGUGCUAAUGGUACCAGUCCACAGUCUUGGGGGUCCUUUCUCUUCCUCCGAGACGCAUUUCGCCAGACUGCUUUAUUAAUCAGGAUUGAUUGAGGCAGCUAUAAUGCCUCACAUAUUUUUGUUUAUCACAUUUAGGGUCUAGCAUGUCUCCUCUACACCUAACUUAAUGCUCCGCAGCGACUUGUAACCUCUAAUGUAGCCAGUUAUGUUUAGCAAAUAGUCCUUACCUGCAUGAGCUGCUCUCAACAAGCCAUACUCACAGACUACAUAGUAAUAUGCAUUUUAGUCGACAGCACUAGGCUACCACUACCAGCAUGUUUAAGAAAAUUUAAUUUCUCUAGCAAUACUCGACAUAAUUACUAUGUUUAUAUUAUAAAAUUGUGCAUGACUCGACUAAUACCCAGCUGUAUACCAUGCUAAUAAGCCUGAGGAUUGUUGGGGCACCUGUGGCAUGUAUGUAAUAUUCAACUGCACUGCAAAAAAAAAAAAAAAAUAGAUAAAAAGUAACGUUACAAUAUAAAAUCACAACGCAUUUUGCCUCAAAGGCUUUUUCAAGUGACCGCAAUUGAAAAAGCCUUUGAGGCGAAACGCUCUGUGAUUUUACAUUGGAAAGUAUUUUACUUUUUAUCUAUUUUUCUGAAAAGUGCCUCCUCCACUUGUUCUUAGACUGCAGUUCCCAUUAUCCUCUGAUUUUGCACACUCCUGGCGAUCAAUUUAAGAGAGUUGUAGUUGUUGUUUUUUUUUCAAUGGUAUUAUUGCACAUGCACAUUUAAUCAGAAUGUGUUUUUACCAGCUUUUUUUGAAUUCUGUGUUGGGAUCUGGAUUAAUAAAUAGUUUUACUUUUGGUUUUAUUAAUAGGAAUGACAUUACACUGUAUGUUCAACUGCAACACUCCCAAUACUCUAUUGAAGCCCGGAACAGGAAAAUUUGCUUAGAUUUUAAUAAUUGUAUGUUUGUUUAAUAUUUGUUCACAUUUCAGGAGUUCCUGGUUGCUUUGAGACUUGAUGGUGCUACUUUGAGACACCACAUGGCAUUACCUAACCAAAGCUGGCACAGUCAUGUAAGUGGACUAUAUUUGAUUCAAAGACUGGCGUGCGUUUAUGUUAACACUUUUGUCCUUGCCUAUAAAUGGCUGGUAAAAAUAAAUCUUUGACACAAAUGCAUGUCUAUCCAUUUUCAUUAAUUUCUCCUUCUUCAGAAUGGCCUCUGAGCAGGCUUUCCAUGCUACCAGUGUUUUGGGCACUCAGGCCAAUAAUCAUUGUUCUAUCUAUGUAAUUGCUGUCCGUUUUGCUGGCACAAGGUAUAGAUGGAAUGGUAUUAUUUAUCUGAAGCUGAUCUCUUAGUUUACAUGUUUAUGGAUAAUUGAUCCACUUGUCGAGUGCACUUGUUAUGGUUUUGUUGAAGCACAGAUUAGUGGUAUGUAGGUAAAUGCCAUUGCCAUCAUUGUAAUUGAAAGGUUAGAAAUGUUGCCAAAAGGUCAAGCAAAUAUUAUUUAAGAUGGCUGGUGUUGUCAUGAUUUUCACCUGGAUGGAACCUUUGCCGAAACAUUUUUUAUUUUUUCUAAAUUCUUUUUGCUUUGGUAUUGGUUCCCUCUCCUCUGUUCAUUGAUAUGUCUUGGUCCUGGUUUCCAUUUUUAUUUUUUUGUUUAUAAAUAUUUGUUACUGGAUACAAUUUAUAGGCUAAACGGCUAGGUGUGUUCUUAUGUAUGUGUUUAUGUAGAUCUAAUCUGGUCUAUCAUUAGAUAUUUGCAUUGCUUUUAUGUUUAUUUGUAAUACAACACAUACAAUAAAAUUAAUAUUAUAUUUUUUAUAGGGUGUGCUUUUAUGUUAUGUUGUUGUGGAACGUUUUACCGAUUACAAAUCUGAUGAUUCUCGUAGCCCAAGACAAGCACCACCAAUUUGUUUCUUAAUAUCAAAGAUCAAGUUUGUGAACCCACUCUCUCAUUAUGUCCCUUUUAUUUAUUCUUAGAUCAUGGACUUCCUAGAUGUAGUUGAUGAGCCCAUAUUGGGAUACAACCCCCCAGCUGUCAUCACAGUGCUGCAUACUCAUCUUUUCAGCUGUGCUGUUGAUUACCGGUAUGUUAAUCACUUCCCAUCCUAUUUAGAAUUUUACCAGAAUGUCUGUUUAUUGGGCAGCUCUAUAAUUCACUGAGCAUGUUGGAAUCAAUGUUACACUUAUUGCAUAGACCAUUAUCAUGUUCUAUUAUUACUAUUAUCUGUGCUUCCUUGUAGACCUCUACAUCUCCCCAUCAAAGUCCUGGUGACAGCAGAAACAUUCACUCUUUCUAGUAACAUUGUGGUAGACACUGCAACUUUCCUCCUCAGGUAAUCGACACAGAUGACUUUAACCAGACGUAAAAUGUGAUAUUAAAGGGAAACUAUUGCAUGUGAAAUAUUUACACACUCUGAUUGCAAAGUUAAAAUUAUCUUUGUUUUUAAUUUAUUUUUUUAUUACCUAUCAUUUUUAUUUUUUUUAAUAUACACUGCAUGCCUACUGGUUCUGUUAUAGUCAAGAGUGAUGUAACUUGCAGAGUGUUGUACAUGUGAGCAUGCCAUAUUCACAAUUUUAUUUCUUUUUUUGUAUUCUUUUCAGUUUUGUCUAAUUGUGUUGUUAGAAAUAGAUUAGUAGUAGGUAUUAGGGAAGAAGUAAAUCGUUUUAUAAGCUAGCUAAUUAUAAUUACUUUAUAAAGCGCUAACACAUUCUGCAGCUCUGUGCAAUUGGGGAAAACACUGUAUACACAGACCAAUGUGAAGCUUGAAGAGGGGCUUACAUGUGAGCUCUCGACAUUAAAGCUCUUUUAUACCAAGUAUUUAGCUCGAUAGCCAAUGAGCUAUCAAUUGAAUAGUUAAAAUUGGAAGCUGAAUCAAGAGGUAGCCAGGGAAAUAUGAUGUUCAGAGAGACAUAGAAUGAAAAAAAACUACUCAAAACAGAAAGAAAAGAAAACCAAGGAAAAAACAAAACAACAAAAAAAGCAAACACUUACUGUUUGAUUGAAUUAAGUGAGGUAGGUUGUGUUCCAAUUGCAAAUGGUGUCUUGAUUGGCACUAUCCAUGGUCUUCGACAAGACCGGUACAGGGUACAGUUAAGGAGAUUGAAUUAGUAUGGCUCACGUGUGCCAACUAGUGGAAAAAUAACAAAUGUGGGCCUAUAUAGUCAUGGCCACAGCUUCAGCCUGGGAGAGGAAAUGGAAUCAGGUUUGUAAUACUCCAGACUUUGGGAAUAGAUUUAUGCCAGUGUUUGGUUAUGAUGGUUAGCUAUGCCAUCAUAGUUCAUCUGUAAUGUUGUAUUCCUAUACAUCCACAAUAUAUAGUGGUACCACAGACCAUCAAACGAGUCAACUUAGGUCACUUUUGGUAAAUGUGAUGUGCUCCUUGAUCUUAAGUAAUUGAACCUCUUCCAUUCAUCUGUUAUCAGUUUUAUUUUUUUACUAAGAUUAAUGUCCUUUUUUUAAAAAACAAAAAACUAAAUAUUUAAUAUUUUCAUAGGUUUAUUUUAGACGAUUCUGCCCUUUAUCUGUCGGAUAAAUGUGACAUCGAAGUAACUGAUUUAAAGAAAGGUAAAAGACAAUCUAUAUAUUAAACAAAAAAUAUCCCUGCAUCCUAAUUUUUACUUUUAAAAAUGAAUGAAUAUUGUCAAUAGAAAAUGGUCUUAAAAUUGUGUCUGUGUCUCUGCAUUGAAGAAAUAAAAAAAAAAACAUGAAUUUAAUUUGCCUCUUUGAUACACAAAAAGCCUUUAGCAAAGAUGCAAGGUCGGUGCUUUUCAUUUCAAGCAUUGCCUUGAUGAAUAUGGUCAGAUGUUUUUCUGUAGUGAGACUUAAACAAUCAUUGUCCGUUUCUGUGUCACUUAGAUUAUGUCUGUGUUCUGGAUGUGGAUCUUCUGGAACUAGUGAUCACUACAUGGAAGGGAAGCGCCUCCUCUAAACUGGUGAGCAUUGGCAAAAUGAACAAAGUUUGCCACAGUACAUGCUGUCAGUGCUAUAACAAUGCAUACCGUCUUUGUCUGAUUUAUUCAUCAUUUCCCAGCUUAUUUGUCAACCUCCAUCCUCUCUACCUGUCCACCUAGCCUUAAUCUUUUUCAUUCUCUCUUGAUUUAUACCAGCUAGCCUUCUUUGUGCCUCUAAUUGUGCAUUGCUAUAUCAGUUGUGGCAUAGAUGUCUGUCUCCUAAAUCCUCUGUAGUUUUUCAGUGCCCCUCUCUGACUCUUCUCUUUCCCUUUUUCAGUUUCAACUGCAGCUUUGAUCUGGCUGUUCAUCUAUUUUGGCUCGAUUUCUAUUUUCAUCCCAGCCUGUGUCACACUGAUUAUCUCCCUAGUUUAUAGCCUUACAAGGAUAUUUACUAAAGUGAGAUUUGACAGGAAUGCUAAAUAAAUCUCACAUUUAAGGCCAAAGUAGACAAACUGGAAACAUUUCUCCAAGCCUGCUGUGCUCACAGUUUGGUUACUUUGGCCAUAAAUUUUAAAUUUGCUUCCGAACAAUUCUCGCUUUAGUAAAAAACCCUGGUAGUCUUUCUUGACCAUUGCUUUGGUUUAAAUCUGAUAGUACGUUAUUCUAGCUUUUUAAGGCUUACCCUCAUCAUUCUCUUCUAUGUUUCUCUCUCUCUCUCUCUCUCUCUCUCUCACUCUCCCAACUCUUACUCCUUUAUAUUUUUUUUUGUCCCUGACACUAUUUACCUUUCCUUCUUAACUCUCCUCUGUCUCUGUUUCAGUCCCAGCCUCUCUUUGAGCUACGCUGCUCUAACAAUGUGCUCCAUAUCCACACCUGCGCUGAUUCCUGUGCCAUGCUGGCCAACCUCACCCAAUAUGUGACGAAUAAUGGAGAUCUGCACUGUCCUCCCAAACCUGAGCCUCCUACGGAGAUUGCUGGGCAAAAACUGCAGGUACCAGUUCACUUCCACGAUCACUCACCAUGAGAAGCAUUGCCCAUGUAUUGGUUCAUUUUGUUAAAGUACCAUAGUAUGUGUGUAAUCAAUGAUGGCAGUCCAACUAUAUGUAACGUUCAUUGCCUAGAAUAUGCUUUUCUAACUUUUGGUUUGAAGCAUAUUUGCAAAUUCUAAAGUCGCAGCAUGCUAAAUAAAACUUUCAAACUACAUAAAAUAAUGUCUGCCCCCUUACCUAGGUCUCUCUACGAAAGUUGCACAGAAUUGAUAUUUGCUAGCCCAGAACUCUAGUUCCGGUGUGGCUGAUGACCUCAUAUGAUGCUGUUGGAGGUGAAGUUACACCUCUGGCAGCAGAGAGGAUCAUCUUAACAUGUGCAGCGUGAAAAUAAGCUCAAAGCAAAACAAAGUUGCACAUAAAGACUCCAGGUACCAUAAUCACUUCAAAUCACUAACUUCUACCUCCUGCAGUGAUUGUUCAGCUGGAAAGACUUCAUUCACGUAAUAACUACUGAUAUAGCUGAUGCAGUUUGACUUUUUAUAAAUCUACCAAACAGAUAGUUGUGGUAUUUCAAGCUUUUUACAAAUUCAAGAACAAAAAAACAACAACAAAAAACACACCAAUUUAGCACAACCUUUAUUAUAUGAAAUGAAAAUCUAAAGAACUUAUUCAAUAACCUAGGAAUAUCAAAAACUCUCCAAUCUGUCUAAUUUUCUCCUGUCGAUUCUCUACAUUUACCAUUUUAGUAAAGGAAUCACUGGAUGUAGAAUGUAGCACUUGAUGAGCAUCUGUUUUUGAAUGUGCAAAAAAAUAAAUAAAUCCCAGCACAUUACAGGUGUACUUUAAAAAAAGCAUAAUCACGAAUGCCGCAUAUGUAUGCAAGAAGCGUGCCAGGAGAUUUCUAGUUCCUCUGAAUUCUGUUACUUCUAAAUGCAGUGUUUUGGGAAAAAACACUACAUCAGUAAAUAUGUUUCCUCAAUUAUGUAAAAUUGCGCAAAAUUGUACAUCAACUUCACAGUUAACUGAUUACUUUCAAACCUCGAGAUUAAUUUUUACUUCUAGAUUUGCUUACGUCUGAGUCUUUGAUAAUACAAUCAUAAAUUCAUAAUCUCUACCCCAGGAGCAUUGGUAAUUUAAAAGGGAAACACCUGAGGCUUCAGCCCAAGGCAAAACUUGAUAAACCCUACACCAGGAGUACUCCAGAUAAUAUGGACUACAUCUCCUCUGAUGCUUUGCCAGUGGUAUGGCUGUACCAGCAUUAUGGGAUAUGUAGUCCACAACAUCUGGAGUGCGAAUGGUUACCUACCUCUGCCCUACCAUAAUGGAUAGGUGCGGAUAUUACAUGACACUUCCCACCUCUGUUGUGAAAAGUUUAGCCAGAAACAACCACAUAUAGCACAGACAUGUCUUUAUUAAGAUCCUGCUAUUCUACCUAACCGAUAGAUGGAUGUAAAGCAAAGUUCUGUUCCUCAACACUGGCUCUCGUCAGGGGUUCCAUUAUCUCCCCCCUAGUAGCCUGCCAAGUACUAUACUACUAAUCUUAGUGGGGUUUUUCUAUCUCCGUUUUUUAAUAUAUUUAUUUAAAAAAGGAUUAAUAUGGUCCGGCCUCCCCCAACUACCUGCAGAGAUUUGAUGUCCCCCCCCGCCCCCCAUAUCCCAGCAACAUCUAUGCUCUACCCACCUGUUCAUUCAAGAGUCUUGGCAUUCAUCACAAGACCAUACCUGUGGCAUACAAUUUUCACUUAAACACAAAUAUACCUGGCAGUUACAUGAAUACAUAGACAAUAAUGGUAAAAUCUGUCUUCAAAUGUGUGUACUCCUGUUUUUGACUGGUAUUCAUGCAAAAAAACCAAAAACUUAACGUUUUAAUACCCAGCAACUUUACAUUUAAAUGUUUGUUUAUUCACGUAACAGUUAAUUGGGGUGAAGUGAUAUAGUAAAUAAAAUUGUAUAUUACUUUUUUUUUUUUUUCACCUUUGCUAUUUUUGGCUAAACUUUGUCAAUCUUUAGUGAAUAAUACUCCUAUUCACUACUAUUCAUAAAUAUAUGUAUUAUUUUUUUUUUUCCAUUCUUUGUUUUUAUUGAGGCAUAGUUGAACAGAUAUUACAGUGGUACAAUUACAGCUUUUGCAGAAUACACAGUAAUGAACUAUACCUGAGCAAAAAUAAGCGCUUAAGCAUAGUUAAUUAACUGUAAAUGAAUGAUCUCUUAGAGAUUAGACAAGCCUUAUUUUUAGUUAAAGAAAAUAAACAAUAUUUGGGUAAAACAUUGUGCUGCGUACGUCAAGCAUUCUGACAGAGUAAGAGACCAGCUAUUAGCACUAAUGUGGGUUUAAUGCAGUAGAUAAUGAUAUCAUGAGGGACCUAUUACGAUAUGUAGAAUGAAAUUAUAUGAAUAAGCAACGUGACCGUGGCAUCGAGUACAAUAAAUUAAUGGUUCAGAGAUAAUAAUCAAGCAAUCGUUGCUUGUGCGUCGCGCCCGAUCUGGUGCCAAGAGCCGCAUUAUGUAAGCGGUGAAUCCCGUAGCCUCCAAGUGAAACACAGUCCGUGGGUCACGGAUCAGGCCCUCCCAGCCAAAGGACCGCACAGUCAUCCUAUGCCCGUAUGGGGCUUAUAUCCCAAGCUGGUGCACAGAGCAGCAUAGUGGAGCCCAGAUGAGGAGCCUCCCCAGCCCCAUGAUUGCAUGAGAGCAGGUACCGUCUUGCCACCAGCCUGAGAACUGGCAAAGUUCAGGCUCAUCCCUUGUGGGUCAAAAUGAUGGGCUCUGCGGGUCUUUCGUGUGGUUCUUAGUUGGUGCCUUGCGUCCCGAUGUUUCCAUGGCUGGAACAGUCAGUUUGAAGCCCUUGUAGCUCUCUGCCUGGGUAGGUGGCGUGUACUGGGGUCAGAAGCCUGCAAUGACCUUGGGUCCCUGUGAGGCCUCAAACGCUCCAUUAAGGUAUCCCAAAAGCAUGCAAAUAUAAGAUCAAGCUUAUCCAUGGUAUUGCUGGGUGGGCCUUGGUAGUUUACAUAUGUGUAGAUCAUCUUGGGGGUCUCUACUUGUCUCCAGCCAGAGAAUGCCUGGGGACCCAUUAUGAGUUACGAAAUCGCAGUAGCCCAGAUCAGCGGGGACCGGGAUAUCCCACCGGUUUCAGGGCUGCCAUAGUGUUGCUACCAUGCAAAUACACCCCAUCAAUUUCCUCAUUUUUGCAGAGUCUUUUACAGCUUUCUAUGACAGAGCUCACACGCAAAUAAGGCUAGUUUCAUACACGAAAGGAAAUCUGAAUUAAGCUAUUUGGUGAAUAGAAGUCGUGCUGGGAAUUUUAUUAGCUUGUGAAGCGGUUUCAUUUAUGAUGUUUCCUGAAUGAAACUACUACCAUGUGCUGAACUAAAGACCUGUCAACUCUUUGCUGAGUAAUAUAGUGCACAUACAGAGUAAUUCUAGAAUUUUCUGUGAUUGUUAUUGUUUUUUUCUGAUAUACCAAACAUGAUAUUAAACCAGAGUAUAAAAGAGAUGUUUAAACUUACACUCUGUCUAUGAACUUGGACAUUCCUGUCUUUUGUCUACAAGUUAUGGCAGCCUUGCUUCCCAAAAAGUUCAUAGAGGGUCAUGGAGAGGGUGUUUAGCUUCAAGACCACGCUUAUGAAAAAGGUCCAAACUAUGGAAUUCAUCCAAAUACCACCAGGACAGAUGAUUUUGCUGUGUUAUACCAUGGGAUGCCUGUCCUUCUUACACCUGAUCUCCUUGACAUUAGCGACAUACAAGCAGAUGGGUUUUAACAAACAAUAUAUUUUAAUUAUUAAUACAAAGUAUAAGCAGAUUUAAUGUGUGAUACUUUGAUGAAAUUUCACUGUAAUAUUUAUUUAUGUACAUUCUCUAUAGUGGAGAAAAAGCACAUUCUGUAUUUUUUUUUCCUAUAAUAGUAUAGAAAAGAAAAAUGUCAUCUUUUAAAAGCCGUAUGCCUCCUCCUCCUCCUCUUUUUUUUGUUGAGAUAACAAAACGUGAAAACUACCUUUCACAGCCUAGAUGGAAAAAUUACAGUUUUCUUCUUUCCACAUAACAAGCAUCUUUUUUUCUUCUUUUUUUUUUUUUUUUUAAUGGCACCUUAUCUUACCUUGAAUGGUAAACAAAUCCUUGUUUGGAGUCCAAGUCUUUGAGAACAUGCUGGCUCCCACAUACCAUACUACAGAUACGGAACAACCCGCCCUACUUUAUUUUCUUCCUUUCUCUCCAGUUGCACAAACACAUUCUCUGUAGCUUUGUGAGUGCUACAGUCAAAAUACUGAAUCGUUAACUCUUCCAGUAAAUAGAAACAGACUGAUGUACGAGACAGAAACCGUACAUUAACUCUGAACCCCUACACCACUCUAAGUAGGGAUCGACCGAUAUUGAUUUUUUUAGAGCCGAUACCGAUAUUCUGUGAACUUUCAGGCCGAUAGUUGAUAACUUACCGAUAUUCUGUACAUUUACCAUUUUGAAAAAAAACCAAAACAAAAAAAACUACUUCUAAAGGUAAAUGCACAAAAUAUACAUGCCAUGUGUAGUGGAUGAAGUGUGUUUAGACAGGGGAGCUGUGUGUGUUUGUGUAGUGGAUGCAGUGUGUGUUUGUGUAGUGUGUGUGUGUAGUGGAUGCAGUGUGUGUUUGUGUAGUGUGUAUAUAAUGAAUGCAGAGUGUUUGUGUAGUGUGGGUAGUGUGUGUAAAGUGAAUGCUGUGUAUACUAAAUGCAAAGUGUGUGUAUUUGUGUAGUUUGUGUAUAGUGAAUGCAGUGUGUUUAUUUGCAUAGUGUGUUUAUAUAAUGCACACUGCACAAACACACUGCAUUAUAUACACACUACACAAACACACACACUGCAUUAUAUACACAGUGUGUUUGUGUAGUGUGCAUUAUAUAAACACACUGCAUUAUAUACACAGUGUGUUUGUGUAGUGUGUUUAUAUAAUGCAGUGUGUUUGUGUAGUGUGCAUAAUAUAAACACACUGCAUUAUAUACACAUUAUAUAAACACACUGCAUUAUAUAGUGUGUUUAUAUAAUGCAGUGUGUUUGUGUAGUGUAUGUGUAUAUAAUGGAGUGUGUGUUUGUGUAGGUAUGUAAUUGAGGGGGCAUUUUUUAUUAAAACAUUUUUUUUUUUAAAUAUGUAAUUAUUUAUUUUUUAGUCCCCCCUUCCUGCUUGUUACCUGGCCAGGGAGGGGGAAUAUAUCAUUCCCUGGUGGUCCAGUUGCAUGUACUAAGCAGUGGGAGCGGUAGCGUUUACUUGCCUUCCCAGCAGCUCCUUCAGUUCUUCUGUGUUAAUCUCGCGGCCAGCGUGCCGCGCGGAGCGUUGCCAUGGUAACCCGUGGCAACGCUCUGAUGGCCGCGGGUCUCGAGAGAUUUACACAGGGGAGCUGGAGGAGCUGCUGGGAAGGUAAGUAAAUGCUACCUGCGGGCCCCUCCUUGACUGCCGGGCUUGUAAUGGGUCCGGCGGUCCUGUUGUAUAUUAUCGGCAAUAUCGGUAUCUGAAUUGGCCGUUACCGAUAUUGCCGAAAAUACCGAAUAUCGUCCGAUAAUCGGUCGAUCCCUAACUCGAACCUUUAAUCUGUACACCACCCUUACUCUAACCCUUAAACCUUAAAAAUGUAUCUAACAGGGUUAUUUAUUAAAGUGAGAAUUCAAAAAUGUGCUCUAAAGUGCAUUUACUUGUUCAGUGCUCAAAGGGUCAAUUCAUUGUUUUUGUUCUUAAUGUGGUCAUGGACCACAUAAAUCCAUUACUUGUUGGAUAUUCCUACUCCCAACUGGAGAGGUAGUAUUAAUUGCAGAAAGUCUUGUAGGCAUUCCUCCCCUCUUGCUCCAGUUAUGGUUCCUCCUUCUUGAGCCUCGACUGAACUUUAUUGCACGUUUUAGUUUCUUCUUCAACAGAGGUGUCCUGUCCAGGGAUGUUCUACCCUGCGAGUGCAUUGCCAAAAUUUGUGCAGGAUGAAUAGAGACCUGGGAUAGCAGGAGAGACUAUGUUAAGCAACGUCCACCUAUUUCAGCUUUUCCCUGUCUGCUAAAUGGCUCUGUAAUGUGUACAGCAUCUUCCUGGGCCUACUUCUAGUCCCCCACAAUUUUUUGUACCCUGUGUCACACUAUGCAUGUUUUCUUUUGGGAUUUAUUGUGUGCAGGAUGUUUUGCCAAGAUAUCGGUCUGUCUGCUCCUGGGAGCAGUUUUUUUUCUUGUCCCAGGGAAGUGUCCCCACUUUGGUGUGGUAUCCCAACAGAUGUUUCUGUCCCAUCAGUGUCUCUGAUCACUGGUAAUGGCAGACUUCACACAUUCAGAUACGACCUGGAAAACCUCAAACUGUCUACUGUGGCAAGGCAGAGUAAGCGACCCAAGCAUGUCUAGUCUCAAAACUCCCCUGGUCAGUAUCUAAAAUAUAGUUACUUCUCCUUUGUGGGUCUAAGGGUUUUUUCUUAUGGAGACUGAUCCCAAAAGGAUUUUGGCAGAGACUCUUUGGUCUGUCAGGAGGCUAUCAAACCAAUAGGGUGUAUGAGGCUUAGAGCACAUGUGCUCUCUCCUACUGCAGGCAUUUAUUGUAUUAAGAGUCCCAGAAGCUCCAAAGUUACUCUCUCGAGGUGUCUACUUUGGAUAUGGUCCUUUUUUAAAAUGCAUCUAACCCAUGCUGCCAUUCAGUACACUAGAUGGUUUCCUCUGUUAUUAACAAAGCAUAAUUAAAGCCUACUGCCUCCUGCAUGCUUUCUUAGCAGUUUAAACACAUGUACCUGGUCAACUUCUAGAGUCAAACAUGUGGGAGUCUAUAAUGUGGACAAUUCCUCCCUCACUAAGAAAUCCUUAUGCCCCUGGAGGAAGGUUCUCCUUUAAGGAUCCUAUAGAUAUGUUUUGGGAAAUGAAUCCUACUGGUUGUCUAAAGCCAAUUUCUGCUUUCCGGUUGGCCCAGUUACUGAACCCAUCUCUUUCUCCCUGUGAUGUGAUUGAGUUGCAUCAGCUAUACUUGAUGGAAUCUCCUCUGAUUUGGAAGUAUUUAUCUUUGUAUAUUGAGCUGGUGUCUGACAGGAUUACCACUCAUUGUAUUAGAGCACUGGCCAGUUCCUGGGCAUCUCAUUAUGAGGCUUCCAUGGAGCAGAUGUGCAAAGAGCUACUUGGUCCCUAGUACACACGUUUGCCAAAUUUCACCAAAUUGCUGGUUUUGCAUCCACUGAUCUUGCUCACAGUUUAUGCGACUCCUGUUCAUGUUGCUUGCAUAUACCUUAUUCCACAACUAAUGGAUUUUUAGGGAUCAUGACCACAUUUUCAUCUUUGUGGUCACAUUCCAUGAGGUUCCUCCAUAAUCUCUAAUUUCCUUAGGGUGCAGGUGUCUGGUUUUGCUCGUGCCUAGAUUGCAUGUGCUUACCAUUUCUUAUGAUAUUCAUUCUCUGCUUGGCUAAAUGGCUAACUGGGGAUUUCAUGUAAGGGGAACAGGAAGGAGGUGUCUCAAGACUUUGUGGGAUCUUUCUCUACCUCUCUAGCGGGGUGAAGGAAUAUCCAUUUUCAUGGACCAUGACCACAUAAAUGAAAGGGAGUUUAGCAUAACUUUAUAUAUUUGUAUUUAUUUAUUUAUUUUAAUUGUAAAAUCUAAUUUUUGAUGUGUUUGUUCAUCCUGCAGGCUCCAGAAGGUCCUUCUUCACUACCUCCAUGUCUGCCUGCAGAAACUGCACAGAUUAACCAGGGAGACUUGACUGAUGCACUUAUAGAUACAGGCAGAUGUAGCAAAGAAUUCUCAGAAGCAGGUGUGUGGUGGGAGGAGGGAUUGGGCUAUGGGUCCUUCAACCAUAUGUACAUGUAUCGUUUUGCAGAACUGUAGAAGAUAAUUGUGCUUGCUUUUUCCCCCACUGUCCCUGUCUGUCUAGGAGAACCUUUCAUCCGUCAGAAUUCUCCUGUUUCCGUUUAUCUGUUCCCUGAAGAAAUUGCUACAGGACAAAGACUUGAUGCUUUUUCAGCCUCUUCUCUGUUAGCCGAGGCACAGGUUUCCCAGGAAAGUCUUGGUCUGUCAGACACCAGUGGGGACAGUGAACUCACAGACACAGACGAUUUCUGCAUUCUUGAUGCCCCUGGCAUUGGUGUGCCGGUGAGUAAGGCUUUGUUUCUGCUAGAGUUGUGCUCUUUAAAUUGCUUCUAUUUUCUGUGUAAAUAAUUUAAUCUUCAAAUAAAUUGAAUUACCUUGCCAAUAUCUCUUUCUCUAGCCAAAAGACGGAGAGCCUGUGGUCAGAAAGUUGGUGGAUAGUCACAUUUUGGUCAAGGAUGGGCACUUCUCUCGACCGCUUGGUAGCACUGACUUGCUAAAACCUCCAAAUAAGUUCCCUGUACCUGAGACCAGAAUUGUGCUGCGAGAGAUCUCUGUUGUAUGGCAUUUAUAUGGAGGGAAGGAUUUUGGCAGCAGCCGGCCAAACUCUGCACGGGCACAAUCACCUAGGUGAGAGAGCAUAAAUAAGACCAUUUAGUUUGUACCUAGGAAAUAAUUUUAUUGUGCUUAAAUGUAUGUGUGUUUACAGGAAUGAGUUUGCCUCACUAAUGAGCGAACACAGUUGCCUUUUGUAAUUGAAAUUUGCAAACCUGAGUUUUUCUUUUUCCUCUUUGCCAAUGUCAUAGUCAUCGGCCUAUAUUCCGUGCUCAUCUGGAUUUUAAGAAUGAAGAAUGAAGAUUUGCUGCCAAGAAUUAAGUUAAUCCUAUCUCUUUUCAUGUUGAAGGAACCUGUUUUUAGUAAAGCGACACUCCACUGCCUAAAUAGCCAAAAAAGUAAAUAUACCCACAAUCAAUACAUGCAUGCAGUUUUCAUGCAAGUAUUCAUUGGGUGUAUCUUAAAGAACUGCAGCCUUUCCAAGCCUUCCCCUUUUGCCUGGAAGAGACUCUUCAUGGGGAAAUACCCUCUGUGCGCUGGUGAAACCCCUCCUCCUGCCUGCAUUCCCGACUAGCAUGCAAUGCUAAUCUAAUCUAAGGUCUGAAAAGGAGCAAGCGAGGAAUGCAAGGAGGAAGCAGGCACACUCAAGUAGAGCACAACUGCCACUUACGUUAGCUCAGUGGAGCUAACUAAAGAUGGAAAUAAACCUGAGAUUCUGCUCAAGGGGGUGUUUUAUAAAAGUGACGAUUUCUCAUAGAAAAUGAAAUGGAGUACUCCUUACCCAUAAAACACUUCAGCAAGCUAAAAUGCUGCAAGGGUGUGGAGUGAUCAUUUAUCCUUACUAUUGAGCUUUUUUUUAAAAAAACAUUUUGUUCAUGUAUAGUGCUUUCCAAAUACAUAGAUCGUAUCGAUGCGAAAUGACGUAAUCCAGUUUAACUAAAUCCCUGCAGAUUCAUUGCAAAUUGACCGUGUAUGUCCUCUCAAAAUAACCACUUUAACAUCAAACGUAAAACAUGUAGAGGAACUGGAUAUUUUUGUCCACAUUAGUCUAAUACAACCUUUGCUUCCUAUUUUUUUUUUUAAUUAUUUUCCAUCUUAAAGCAAGUAUUACUUUCUAGGUUAACUUCCUCUAUUUCACAGACCAACAUCCUUUGUGACACAAUAUCAUAGUUCUUGCUAAAGAUUAAUACACUUAUGAUGUUUCAUUAGAUUUUGAAAUAUGUCACGGAAGGCUAGUUAUUAUUUGCAGUCCAUAGUUACAUUAAACAUUAUUAGAGAAAUAGGAGAUACAGAAUAACUUGCAGUUGCUUGUGCAUUUUAUUCGUUUUGCAAAUGUGUAUCUUGCCAUAUAUUUACUGAAUUUGAAAUACAAAUCUGACCAUAGAAAGGAUUUUUACAUUAGGCUGGUUAAGAGCAGGUCUUUUAGUUUUUUGUGAGUAUUCCUGUUGUAUCUUGGUCUGUUAAUUAUUUUAUUUUUGUGUGUGCGGUAAUACCAGCUUUUGGAUAUCUCUACUGCUCCAAUAUUAAGACAGACAUGUUCUCAGUGUCCUCCCUCCCUGCGCCAUUGGUUUUUCUAUGUUCUAUAUGUAGUCAGAGGUGAAUAAACCUGUUGAGAGCUAAAUGUGGGCUUGUAGAAAGUAUGGCUGGAGAUAUUGGAAGAAUUAACAACUGAAUGUAGACUUGAUGGUACUUCAGCUGUGGAGAGCAGGCUCUCUCAAUGGCUUUAGUAAAUGUUGAAGGCAAGAAGUGAAACGUUGUAGAGAGUUGCAAGCAGCCAUCGGGCUAUUGCUGUUACUUUCUUGCUCUCUAUAAGAUAAAAAUGCAUUAAUUUCACUGGGCUUUUCCAUUAUGCUAAUUGAUUAUCUCACCCUUCUCAUGAUAGAAUAAUCUAUUUGUGUGUUCGUUAAAUAAAUAUGUAAUCAGUCAACCAAAGAGAGUCAUCUUGCAAAAUAAUGCUAUAUACAUCUUUAAAAACACAAACAAACUGCUUGCUCUAACUCUGGACUCUGGCAUCGGCAUAGGGUUACAUGACAGUAGAGCACCAGUGCACUGGAAGCAGACAUGCUUAGCAUGUUUAAUGGCCUUUAUCAGGGAUAUCAAAAGGUAGACCUUCAGCUGUUUUAGAUGUAUAACUCUCAUGAUUCCUUGCCAGCAUUAAAGGGACACUCUAUGCACCAUAAUCACUACUUUAAGUUGGAAGGUUUUGGUGCCAAGAAUUCACCUGGCUCUGUCCUCUGGUAAGAGUAAAACCGUUUUCAAACGAUGCAGUGGACGUCUGGGACAAUAGCCUUUCUAGCACAAUGCAGUGGAUAUAGUGCAUUUAAGGUUGGGAAAAUAUCAGAGAAGUUUUAGUUCUGCUAGUGUUUGCUUCGACACUACUGCCACUUAUUAUGAGUAUUCUUAGUGUCCCCACAUAGCGAUGUUGCUAGCUGUCAUUUUAAAAUAAAUAAAUAAGUACAAUAAGUUUAUACUUAAAAUUUCAAGCAAUGACACUAGAAGUCCUAAUUUCUUGGCUAUGGAACUGAUUCUAAAAUAAAAGACCAUAUAUAUUCUAGUCAGUGUAUAAAACCUUCAUACUCCCCCAUAUGGUAUAAAGAGAUAAAGUAACAUGAUUAUAGUAUUUAUUAAUUUAGUUUUUACUUCACUUAUUAUUUUUCAUUAUUUAGUUGUUGGAUUUAUUUUGCAGGUUUAUUAUCUUUAAUUGGGUAGGAGGAUGGUAUAGAAGGAGCUGGUUUGAUCUCUCAUGGGUAAUAUGGGUCCUUGCAAGAAUAUUUUAUCUAUGUAGGGAUUGAGCAUUAUGGCCUAUUAUAUCCUAUUAUGUCCCCUGCUGUGUAGUACAUUUUGUUCCCACCAUAUUGCAUUUUACUACACGCUUACCUGUCUACCUGUACGUAUAUUUAGGCAGUUUUAAUAUAGAAAUCAGCAUGUAGGAUAUUUAAUAUCUCUGAAACUGCUGCUGGUUAGAGCUGCUCAUAUCUGGAUUCUACAUUGUUUAUUAAAUCUAGAUCGGUUGCCUAUUUAGAAAGACUUGCAUAUAAUGCAGACUGCUGAAUAGACUGUGGUAAGUAGUCAAUUCGAACAUGUAUCGUGUAAGGUAAGCUAAUGGAAAACUAAUUCCGUAAUGUGCAACCAAUGUUCCAUCUUGUUCUGUAGAUCUAGAACAAGUUUCCAGAGUGCCCGUGGCUCCCCAUCGCGAUCUUCUGUUGCAAACCGACCGCAGAACACAUGGAGGACACAGGGAGGAAAUGGGAGGAAUCAUGACAUAUUAAUGGAAAUACAGCUGACCAAGGUUAGAGCUAUUGUCGCCUUAUUGUGGUCAUUUUGGGUAACUGUUCCAUGAGGGCAAAUUCCUUUCUCUGUUUAUUCCUCAUGGCACAUUGGUAUGAAACGGCCUUUAGCCUAGCUGUGUCUGUUACAACAUAUCCAUAAUGGAAUAAGUGCAGACUCAUUGCCCUCAUCCCCUUCAGAGCCUCAUUUGUAUGCCAUUGAGAUGGCUGCUCUCAAGAGGGUGGAGGCUUUUAAAUAUUUUCUUCUUCUCAUUGUUUGGGCCAGGGUUAUGCCAACUGAUAAUUGUGACUAUGUGUUUGGAACAAUAGCCCAGAUUUAUUUAUUUAUUUUAAUUAAUAUGAUGAUGGAAUGACAAGGUAUUACUGUCUGUAAAUCUUGCCUGUCCUAUUGUGUUUUACAACCCACCUCCUGUAGUCUGUAAGCUUGUUUUAGUAGGGUCCUCUUCAACCUAUCGUUCCUGUAAGUUUUUGUAAUUUUCCUAUUUAUAGUUAAAUCCCCCCUAAGAUAUGGAGAAGAACAACGAAAAGACAAACUUUGACCCCACAUCUGUCUUCUGUGCCACUUCAUAAUUUAGUACCUGGUCACUUAUGUAGUAGACCACUCCAAGGAGAACAUAUGACUUUCUACAGUAGGUUAAAGGGUUAAAAAAUCACUAUUCAUCUGCAGUAGACCUAAAAUAAUGACUAAAUAACCCCCACUUAACUCCUCUCUUAUCUCUAGUAUAAAAAAUUACUACCACCAAAACGAUUUAAAAUGGGGCAUCUUGGGUUACUCAAUUAAAUGAGAUUAAAAACCCGCAAAGACACUGUUUAGUAGAAUGCAUAUGAAAUCAAAUUAUUAUUUACUUGGUCUCUUCAGGUAAUCUGGUUAUAUAACAUCAAAAAGCAGGACUUCAUAAAGGAACAUUUGUCUUGGUGCAUACUUAUAUAAAAAAAAAUAUGGUAAACAAAUGAAUUACACCGACAAACAAAUCGAAGUAACAGAAAAUCCUAGUUACUCACCUUGCUAGCAUAGUACCUGUAUAUUCUGUCCCUGGGGGAGCUGCAAAAUUAGAUUUUAACCCAAAGUGAGUAAAAUAGUAAUUUACAUUUCAUCUGAUUUUAUUCCCAAUCUCAAGAUUCCAAGCCAGCGUCUGAAGGACGAACAGGGAUGAGGAGUGGCUGUAGAGAUUCUAGUUUGAUGACACCUCCUAUCUCACAUUUUGGCCACACAUUUAUAUGAAUGAGUUUAGAAAAAGGUCCCUGUUUCUUGUUAUAUGCCUAGUACAAAGAUAGUUUUCAUAUGUGGAAUUGGCAUAAUUAAUCUGUUCCAGAGACACCUCAUUCCCCUAAAUGGCGUAAGGGACGCUGGCCAUGUUUAGACUUCGUUUGCAGAAGUUGAUUAUUCUUCUCUAGAUUUUUAUUAAUGGUUUUGUGGAUAUGAUUCUUAGCACAGAGGGCUGUACUCUAGUUUCUAACUGUCAAUUUCCAUACCAAAAGGCCAGAAGUCUGCGCUUAGCAGAUUUCGAAAGGCUAGAAGCUGGCAGGUCUGCGAAGAUCUAAAAAUCUUCACAUGUAAAUGUUGUUGAACUCUGGCUUAAGAUAAAUAGACCUUAUUUACAUCCCCUUUCCUGUGAUUCUAACAAAUGACUUCUUCCUUUGGCUAAUAACAGCCAAAUUAACCCUUGCAAUGCUGUAAUAAAUUGAGCCAGAUUAACCCUUCUAAUGCUUUAAAAAGUCUUACCAUCUCUACUGGGUGACCAUUCCAUUUAUCCACUAGACUGAUUUUUAAAUGAAUAAGACUGCAUGAUUAAAUCCCAGGUGAAUCGAUUAGUUAAAAUGUUUAUUAAAAGGGAUUUGAUUUGGACCAACCAGCCAAAACUAAUUUUUGCACAAGUCACGUACCCACAUCAGAUUGAUUGACAAUAUUUUUACAAUGAAUCAUGAAUACUGGGUAUGACAACCUACUUAAUAUUUUUUUUUUUUCUUCAUCUUCCCCCUUUCAAUAAAUAUUGUUGUCAUUGGUCACAGAUAAUUCUUUGUGUAUUUUUUCCCUUUUCCAUUCUCUGAUGAGAUAUAUUUAGUUUUUUUACAUUUCUACAGGUAAGCUUCCAGCAUGAAUCAUAUCCCGUACCAUCUGGAGGCAAAAAUGAAAAGCUUCAAACUGCAGAGAUAGAAGUGCCCAUUGCUCGUCAGGUGUUUAUAGUUCAGGAACUGGAAAUAAGGGACCGUCUGGCUACAUCGCACAUCAACAAGUUUUUGUACUUGUACACCAGUGAAAAGAUGCCACGGAGAGCUCACUCCAACAUGGUGAGAAAGGGGCACGUGAACGAGCAGUGAGAUCGUGCACUAUAGGUCUUGAAAGCAAGGUUUAAGAGGUUUAGUAGAAAAUGCAUGGUUGUAGAAUGGUUCCAUUUGGUUGGACUAAAUAGGAUGAAUGAAUGACCAGAACUGUAAGAAAAGGAGAACAGUUUUGAUUAAGAGAUCAUUAGAAAUGGGAACAGAGAUAAUUUUGGGUAAAAUAAGAAAGGUGAAGAGCAGAAUAGCAACAGGUGUUGUGGAGUUGGUUUGUUAUAGAUUAAACAUGGCAGCCGUAGUAAACUGUGCAUGUAAAGUUAAUAUAUUUUGAUGUAAAUCUUUAAAUACGAUUUAACUAAUCUUUAUUAAACCAUUCAUUUUAGCUCUCCAUCAAAGCUCUCCAUGUGUGUCCGGAAGCUGGACUGGGUGGGCCUGAAUGCUGCCUCCGAAUGUCCUUAAUGCCGCUAAGACUAAACAUCGAUCAGGUAUGAGAUUAAAGAGUUUCAUGUCCGUGUUGCCUAACCUGGUCAAUAUCACAGUUUCUAUUCAUUGUUCCCCAUUUCUUAAUUCCUGCAGUUGAUACACUGCUUGAUCUUCUUCUUCCUGCCUUUACUCUUCCAUCUAUGUCUUUAUUUCUUUUCUUUUUUUUUUUCCUCUCUAAUGCAACAAUCGCUCUCCAUAUCCCUUGCUUUCUCAGGAUGCUCUUUUCUUCUUGAAAGAUUUCUUCACUAGUCUAGCCUCUGGGAUUCAUCCUGUGGUUGCCUUGGACAUGGGGUCAGAUGGUGAGUUUUUCAGGAAAAAUCCUGUAAUGAAACUAUGGACACUGAGAUUUCGUUUGCUUCACAUACAUGUCUCCCUCCCCACCCCCCUCUAGCCUCUCAUAUGGAUGGCACAAACAGGCAGAAUUCCUCAGAUGGUGAGCCAGGUUUAGAGGCCUCUUUGGAGUCCAGUGAAGAAGACACUUCAUCUCAUAGUUCAUCAAGUGAUCAACCUAUUUACUUCAGGUAUAAAGAUGAGGAAGAAUGUAGUAAUUAUAGUGUGUGCUGUUAUGAGAUAAACUGUUGUGGAUUAAAGACAUAGGGAAGGACAAAUGGGGCAAGUUUAAAUAUUGUGUUUGAUAGGUUAUUCAGAAAGAAACGGCUACUUUAUGGCAACUAAGAAAGCACAAAUGAAUAGAGGUUGACUAUGGAAAAAUACGGUUCUUCAAAUAUUUCUACUUAGAGUAAGGAUGCUUGAAAUUAUGCCUGGCGUCAUACUAUCAGUUGAGCAGUAUAAGAAACCGCUCUGCAUAAUGGCAUAUACAGGUUCACAAUUCACAUUUUGCUAGGAACAGUUUUUAAAAAUUUAGUUUUCUUGUAGAAAAUGUUUUUUUCUUUUGGUAUCUAAAUGAGAAGUGCCACACGAUACCCUUUCUUGGUAUCAGCAAUGUCCUAUUGUUUUGUCGCUGUUUAUUUGGAGCUCCAAGAUUGGGUGCUUAAAGGAACACUGUAGGAACCUUAAAUGGACUCUCCAGCGUCAGGAAAACAAUCCGUUUUCCUGGCACUGCAGGUCACCUCUCCCUCCCAUCCCCAGUUGCUGAAGGGGUGAAAACCCCUUCAGUCACUUACCAAAGGCAGCGACGAUGUCCCUCGUCUCUGCUUCUUGGUCUGCCAUCGCUCCUCCCCUUCAUUACGUCAGCCGGCGGGGAGACUGAUCAUGCCGCCGGCUGGGGAGACCUAAUGCGCAUGCGCGGCAAUGCCACGCACGCGCAUUAGACCUCUCCAUAGGAAAGCAUUGAAAAUGCUUUUCAAUUCUUUCCUAUGGGGAUUUUAGCGAUGCUGGAGGUCCUCACACAGCGUGUGCUAUGGACCAGGAAGUGCCCUCUAGUAGCUGUCCACUAGAGGAGGAGUUAACCCUGUAAGGUAAUUAUUGCAAUUUAUGAAAACUGCAGUAAUUACAGUUGCAGGGUUAAGGGUAGUGGGAGUUGGCACGCAGACCACUCCAAUGGGAAGAAGUGGUCUGUGUGCCUGGAGUGUCCCUUUAAUAACUUGAAUUGAUAUAAGCAGUUAUGGUGCCUGGAGUCUGUGUGUCUCACAUCACAAGUAAACCGUUUACUUGCCAUUUUGCAGAGAUACUUGGUCCCUGGCAGCCUUAAGCCCUCUCUAUAAUGAUGAUAUGGUAGAGGCAAAGUUAUUCUUCUAUUUUGCUCCAUAAAAGUUCACACAGGCAUUGGGGUAGUAACUGGCUGAGAGCACUCAGCUGACGCUCUCAGCUAAACAUUGUCCACUAUCUCUUGUGUGGCUUGAAGUGGAGCAUAGCCCUGCCUCUGCCAUAUCUUCAUUGGAGGGUGGGCUGAAGGCUGCCACUUACCAAGGAUCUCUACUAAACAGUGAGUAAAUUAUUUAGAAGUGAUGCGGGACCCAGUGCUCAGUUCAGUCCUUUCCAGUGUUUAUGGUGCCUACAGUGGUCCUUUUAAUUUCUGAUUCUCACCUUUCCAUAUGACAGCAUAUCAUUUAACCAUCACGGUUUGGAAUAUUAGUCUCAUCCCACCUGGAGAAAGCACCCAUAUAUUUUCACUAAUACUCUUCCAUGUUUCAGACUCGCAUCACACUCAUGGCACAGUAUAUGUGAAGUCUUCUAACAUGGCGUAUGGUUGUUUUUGCUUUUCUUACUACGGGAAUUAAGUUUCACCCAACUGAAACUGCCCUGGAAAAGGUGUAGAAAACAUAAUUGUUGCAGUGUUUGAAAACUUAAAUUCUCACCCAGCACAUCUCAUAACUCUUAUGUCUUUCCAAAGUAAGAGUUAAUGACUCCAGCUAUCCAUUUUAGAAUUUUCUUCUGAGAGUAUUCCUUGCAGUAUUGUCCUGAAUCUAAAUAUAAAAUUCAAUCGGAAUUUAUAGAAUGGACAAACGUGAUUAGUUAAUUUGUGUGUGUGUGUAUUUAAUAAUAUAUUUCAUUUGUUCUUGAAAUUUGUGUUGGUUGUUGAUAGAGAGAAAUAAUUAUAAUUGGUAGAGACAGGCAGGGUUUUCGUACAUUCAGCAUCAUCCUUUUUUUGUUGUGUUUUUUUUUUUAUAGAGAAUUCCGCUUCACCUCCGAAGUGCCAAUAUGGCUGGAUUACCAAGGAAAGCAUGUUACCACAGAACAGGUGGUAAGUGAUGGCAACGGCAAGUAGUGUUGUCUAUUAUUACUUUGAGUUAGAGGGGGGUACUGGUUGCUCCUUCACAUCCUUACAGUAUCUAUAAAUCUGGUACUGCAAGUCUGUCACUGUAUUGUCCAUGUCUGUGGAGGCCUGUGAAUUGACUUGGGAGGAUAUAUUCGUAUAUGUCUAAUAUUGCAGUAAAUGCAGCCAGAGAUUUCUCAUGUACAUGCUGGCCAUUAAGCUUAACUUAAAUUCUACUUUACAUUUUUUGAUGUAUACCUUGUAGACUUCUGACUGGAAGAACAAUAUGGCUGGUAUGGAUAGUUUGUUCUGACCGUUUCUCUCAUUUUGGUUGGUCCAAACUUUGCUGGGGGCCUAAUUCAGUUCAUCAAAAUUUUAAGGAAAUCUGGUACAAUAUUAAAAGCUGGACAUCCCAAUUAACCCCUUGAAUGUCAGCACUGAGUGUACCUCCGGCACCCAAGGGUUUAAACAGGAUUAACCCAGUGAACAGGCGAUACAGUAAAAUAUACGGUAGACCUGCAGAAGAGUACCCUUGUACACCUCACCAACUAGAUGCUAAAACUCUGGUGCAGGUAAGCAACCCAAAGAUAGGGAGAUUGGCGUGCAGUGGCUGGUGCAGGGUUUAAAAUGCAGCAUAUUACAGUGAAUAAAAGUGAGUAAUUAUUUUUUUUUCACUUGUUCUGCUUGCCUACACAUUUCACACUUUUGGCUUUGUACAUUUCUGUCUUUUCUUGUUUUUGACAUAUUUCAUAUGUGUUGGUUUUAUUUCUUCUUUCAUGUAUAAUGUGCAAUGUUUUGCAUAUCACAUUUGAUUAAUCUCUUUUUAUUUGCUCACGAUUCAUUGUUACUAUGGUGUAGAUUACCCACACAUCACUACCCACAGAAAAGUGGUGGGGAACAGAUGGGUAAACACAGUUCUGUACAAUUUUUACCCAGCGGUAAGGGGCAUAGAGGAUAUCCUUUGGCAUGUGUCCUAUAUUUUAAAGUACUUUUCCUCCUUCCCACAACCCAUUGGAUGGGGGUAGAGAGUAGGUAGGCUUACAUCGUAUUGUGGCUGUACGAGUGGAGUUCAUCCCUAGCCUUAAUUGUAUUGGACGUUGCAACAAGUAUGUGUACUAAAGAGUUACUCAUGGGGGGUUUUGUCAUUACAUAUCCUUUAUUUAGGACGAUAUACCUAGGUACCAUAACAAGAGGACAUAGUCUGAAAUUAGAGGGGCAAAGGUUUAAAAAUAAUAUCAGGAAGUAUUACUUUACUCAGAGGGUAGUGGAUGCAUGGAAUAGCCUUCCAGCUGAAGUGGUAGAGGUUAACACAGUAAAGGAGUUUAAGCAUGCGUGGGAUAGGCAGAAGGCUAGCCUAGCUUUAAGAUAAGGCCAGGGACUAAUGAAAGAAUUUAGAAAAUUGGGCAAACUAGAUGGUGUGAAUGGUUCUUAUCUGCCGUCACAUUCUAUGUUUCUAUGUAUGAAUAUGAAGUUAAUCUUUUAUUCUUCCAGGGAACUUUUGCAGGAAUAUUAAUUGGACUAGCUCAACUAAACUGCUCAGAACUGAAACUGAAGAGACUUUAUUGCAGACAUGGGUAUGAUGAUCAUGUGUCAAUACUUGGUUAGGUGGUUUUUGUUUUGUUUUUCAUAUACAGCAUGUGAAUGCUUGUUAAGAGAUUGCUUUUGGGCUUUAUGUCAAUACUCCAGGCAGCAUAACAACAUAUGCACCUUGUGACCCUGUCUCUCUUUUCCUAGUCCCUUAUCAAUAUCCGUAUACAGAGCAAUGUAUGUUAUCAGUUUAGUUAUCCAGAGCAUUUGUGUUCAUUAUUGGUACCUGUAUGCAGAGUAGUGUAUUUGUUAUCAGUGUACUUAUGUAGUGAUGCAUAUAUCAGUAUUCAUGUAUUGAACAGAAUGGUAUCAAAAUUAGUUUACAGAGAGUUGUGUACUUAUCAGUAUCUGCAAAUAGAGCAGUGCUUUUGUUGUCAGUAAAUUUAUACAGAAGAGUUUGUUCAUUUUCAGAAUAUAGAAAAAGGCACUAAUAGUGGAGCGCUGAUUUAAAGUAGAUAUAGAUGAGAAUAGGGUAUAGAAAUAGGAAACCUAACAACCUAUACAAUACUGUAAAAUAUACAAAAUAACUCUUAAACCCUUCUCUUCUAAACAAUUGUAUCUAGCUAUACCUGGCUAUUAUAGCAAAUAUUCAAAUGAAAUAAGCACAGCUUAAAUAAAAACAGGGUAUGGGAAAAUGAAUAAAAGUCCAAUUUGGUUUCCCAGAUAAAUCUCCUAAGUUGUCCACCCAAUCAUGUAGAUCCACAUAUAUGUAAAAAAUAGAAGAAAAGGUAUCUUUAAAACACGUACUCCUUAUUCAAAACAUUAAAAAUUGCUGGUUAGAAAAUUCAUUUUAUUUAAAUAUUUCUUAAAAUAUAUACAAAAAAUAAAUAUAUAUAUAUAUAUAUAUAUAUAUAUAUAUAUAUAUAUAUAUAUAUAUAUAUAAAACACUUUUCAUAUGUCAUUCGUUUUCCGUCUUUUCUAAAUCACAAAUUAAGCCAUAAAAUAGUCCAGACCUUAUAUGAAUUUCUCGGCGUCCCGAGACAGCUGAGUAGUGGAAAAAAAGGAAAACAAAUGACAUAUGAAAAGUUUUUAUAUAUAUAUAUUUUUUUUUAUUUUUUUAAAUAUAUAUAUUUUAAGAAAUAGUUAAAUAAAAUGAAUUUUUUUAAUCAGUAAUGUUUUGAAUAAGGAGUACAUGUACUUUUAUUCAUUUUCCCAUACCCUGUAUUUAUUUACGCUGUGCUUAUUUCAUUUGAAUAUUUGCUAUAAUAACCAGGUAUAGCUAGAUACAAUUGUUUAGAAGAGAAGGGUUUAAGAGUUAUCAUUUUCAGAAUAGUUAUAUAGAGAUGUGUUAUCCAUAUAGCCAGCUUAGCAGUUUAAUGGUUAUAGGUCUGCAUUAACUUACGACCAUUGUACAGUUCACAAAAUUGUUAAAUCUAUGUUUUCCUUCUUUUAUGUUCCGCAGGCUCUUGGGAGCAGACAAGGUUUUUUCGUAUGCUCUUAAUGAAUGGUUGACUGAUAUACGAAAAAACCAACUGCCAGGGAUUCUGGGAGGAGUGGGACCCAUGCAUUCUGUUGUACAACUUUGUAAGUAAACUUUGAAAUAUUCACCAAAAGAAACUAACUGCUAGAGUAGACAAAAAACUAAAUUUGUUUGACUUGAAGGCAAGCAGCAAUGGCUACUGUAUCAGAUAAUAAAUAUCUUACAAGUUUAUUAAUUGAACUGGGAAUUGUGGAGACUUGGCGAGGCAAUAGCAUAUUUUAGGACAGAGUAGUUCAUUUGGAAAAAAUCUCCUUCUUAGCCAUUGUGAGCAAAAUUGUGCAAUCUCCUUGUCAGUUCUCCUCCAAGGCAAGUGUAGCCAAUAAACCGCACAGUGUGUAAUGUAAUGGCUAGUUGGAAUAACUGUGAAAUUAAGUCAUACAAAUCUCUCACUGGGUUUUCACAGUAUAUUUGUAUGGUCCUCUCUGGGAGAAGCCCCUCAAUCCAAAGACUUUAAUGCAGAGCUCGACAAAGCCUGGGAGUUGCGAGACUGUUCAGCCCCUGAGGUGACUGGCUGAUUCUGAGCAGAGGUGGGCAUUCGGCUCACGCAGGCAGGCGGCAGCCGCCUGCUCAUGGAGAGCUGAUGGAGGGAGGCAGGCUCAUGUAGAUCUAAGGUAGGGAAGCGGGUAGCGUGGGAGCUGUAAUAUCCCUGCUCUGCUCCCUUGUAGUAAUGCCGGCAGCAGGAUUAUGACAUCUCUCUGGCCCCCCACUCACUAAACAGUGCGCAAGAGGGAGCUGAGUAGGGGGAUGACAGCAGUCCCACUACACCCCAGGGAAAGCCUUCACACUCCAGCUCUCCAAAGGUAGAAAACCCCAUAUUAACGGCUUCAGAAUUUGAAUAAAACUUCUGUAAAUUCUCAGACAUUGCUAGUUUGCAUUGGUUGCAUGUACAAAGGUACAAGCAGUGACGAAGCUCCUGCUAGAAAUUAGAUGGAGGUGAUUUACCUGGGCUUACCACCCAGGAAAUACUGAGUAUCCUGAUCCAUAAAAAAAAAUAAAAAAUACAAGCCCAGCUAUUUUGUGAGCUAUUGGAAACUGAUGUAUUUUCUGUUAACUUGCUGGGAAGUUUAAUUCAUGUCUUACCAUAAAUUAAAUUACUUGCUAUUACUAAGCUACAAGUUAAUGUAUUCUACUUGUUGAAACAGUUUAUAAAGAAACAUCCAAUACAUCCCUCUCAAGUUGUAAAUAAGGGAAAUUAUCAGAUGGGGAUACAUUGUAAUAUGAGGGAGAUGUCAUGCAUUGUGAAUAUUACUAUUAAAAUAUAUUACCAUUUGAGGAUCUAACUCCAUAAUGUAAGAUUCUAUGCAAAUAAUUUUAUAAUAACAAUUUGAAUGUGAAAUGGACACGAACAAUGAUGUAAUAUAGGAUCCCUUGCAUUAAUUGAAAUUAAUCAUGCUUUUUUCAAAUCUUUUAGUUCAUGGUGUGCGAGACCUCUUCUGGUUGCCUAUUGAACAAUAUCGUAAAGAUGGACGCAUUAUACGCGGUUUGCAGCGGGGAGCAGCAUCAUUUGGUACUUCCACUGCAUCUGCUGCUUUGGAGCUUAGCAAUCGCUUGGUGCAAGCUAUACAGGUGUGGUAUAUCUUGGACCCCCUAGAACUGCAACUAUAUGAAGGAGUCCUAUACUAUGGACUAGAUAAUUAAGUAUCACUUUUUUGACGUCUCUAUUGUUUACUUGCAGGCUACUGCAGAGACUGUGUACGAUAUCCUGUCUCCUACACCACCAGUGUCCCGCUUGUCACUUGAUGUGAGGCAGUCUCGUAGACUACGGCGAGGCCAACAGCCAGCAGAUCUGCGAGAAGGUGUGGCCAAGGCAUAUGAUACUGUGAGAGAGGUGAGUUCUCAAGGAGAGCAUAAAGACUGUUUUGUUUAUGAAUUUUUGUUCUCUGUACUUGCCUUGAACAAAAUUUCUGGCCUGUGACCGUUUUUUUUUUGUUUUGUUUUUUUUCUUUUGUUUCUAUAGGGUGUCAUUGACACUGCUCAAACCAUACGUGAUGUAGCAUCCCGUGGCCACGAGCAGAAGGGCUUGACUGGUGCAGUUGGAGGAGUACUACGGCAAAUACCACCCACUGUUGUGAAGCCUUUCAUAGUGGCCACAGAAGCCACUUCUAACCUACUUGGUGGGAUGAGGAACCAGAUUCGGCCUGAUGCCCACAAAGAGGACUCUCAAAAGUGGAGGUCAGAGGAAGGACAAGACUAAAAGCCUUCACAUCUCUGCCCCCGAAAGUGCCAAAAGAGAGAGAAAAUAUGUGAAGCUGAAUGGGGUACACUACAUCUUUGUAUUAAGUGGACCCAAAACGUGACUGCAUAACUACCCCACACCAAUCUUAAGCGCCUUCUGUUGCCCCAUCAAACAGGCUGUGACUAAAUUUUGCCAUGUGAAAAAAGUUCCAUGUCCUUUAUUUUAAUUUUUUUAUUGCCUAUUUAACUGCUUCUUAAAACCCUCAAUGACUCUCCAAUUAACUCGUCCACAGCACUGUUCCUUACAACUUUUAUUCCUUAAUUCAGUGUCUGUAUUGAUUGCUGUCCCCUGCACCUUCAUUGAUAUCAAAAGACAAUAUGGUACUUUUCCAGCCUGGCUAUCAGAGACUUCAUUUUUUUUUUUUCUCUGCACGCCGAAAAUGAGUCUGAGCACAGUGUGACUGUUCUAUCCUUUGAAGGAGCACAGCUCCAUAGGGCCUCCCUCCUUAAACUGUGUUAUGUUGCUUUUUAUAUCCUCCUCUCCCUCUUUUAAAAGCUUUUGUUCCAACACCGAGGCCAAAUAAGUAUAUAUAUGAAAAUAUAUGUAUACAUAUAUAAAUAUAUAAAUAAAAAUAGAAUGUUAAGAAUUCCUGUUGUCCAAAUGUACCAGAUGGGUAGGGCGAUCAUAGAGUGUGAUAUAAAGAAUAUUACCGGUAGUUAUAUUUUAAAUGUAUAUAUUUUGACUUUAUUUCACAGAAUGUGGGAUAUUUAAAUCGUGUCAAACUAAAAUUUUCGCACACGUUAGUAUAGUGAGCAAACGAUGUGACAUUGUUUAAGUUUUGCUCUUAAUACGAACAAGAAAUAAAUCAAUUUCCCUGUCCUGGCAGGAGACACACAGAACGGAGCUGCUGUUGUGUUCUUUAGUUCUCCUUGAUGUAGAAAAUGCAUUAAGUUGGCGCUGCCCAACCUUAUUUGGCAAAUACUCUUGCCAUUGGAAGGAAUAGCUGGAAUUUUUACUUGGCACUUAAGAUAACACUUUUUGUGAACUAUUCCUAGUAUUACAGCCUGGGUGGCAUGUUUGGGUGGUGUUAAGUAGAUGCCAUGCAACAUAAGAGGUUCCAGUUCCACAUAAUGUUGACAUUAACACAGCGCUCUAAGGUGACAUGGUAGAAGGGAGCUAUGAGUCAGACCCUCCAAGCAGCAGAACACUGCCAAAAGGGACCCGUGAGUCCAUUUUAUUAUAGGGUGACCAUCAAAAAUUUAGAAAUCUGUGUGCCCCCUCCUUCCUACCCCCAGCAUAAUGAUACAGUGAUAGACAGAAAUGAGCAACAAGUUAGAAAGUCCCACCGAAGAGUCAUGCAAACAGAUGAGGUCCAUACUAGUCUUCCCUGAUGUGGAUGAAUGUUUUGUUUACUAUCUGUAGUUCUACAGUGUCCUCAUCUUCAUGGAAGAUCAAGCCCUGCAUUAUCUAUCUGCACUCCAUAUUGGAGUUGGCCAGCUUUUCAUCAUGAUUCUAAUAUUAAGGAAGCCUUUUGUUUGUUUGUUAAUGUCAAUUCCUGGAAUGAAGCAGCAAGAAGCCAAGUUCAUCACGCUAACUAUGCUAACCACAACCUGGUUUACAAGACUUAACAACUCUUAUGUCUCACUGCCCUGUUGCCUUUCUCUGCAGAUGGUGUUUGGACCAUUUCCUUUAGUGCUUAUUCCUGUGCUAAAAGUCCUCUCUUUGCUACAGUGUCAUUUGUAUCCAUGAUUGUUGAUUUCUCUUCCCUCUUAAUUUCUACAUCUUCUGUUUCUUCUUGUCCUUCCCCCGACUCUUUAAGUUGAGUUUCCUUGCUUUCCUCUAUUUUGCGUAUUGUCUCCUGCAUGGUUUGAAUUAGGUUUUUCAGUCCUAUUAGGUAGCCAUCCUCGUGAUUGCCAGCUUCCCAGGGAACAUCAUGUUGCAGGGUAAGGUUAGUGGGUGCUGGAGAUGUUUUUCCAAAAUCAAUCAUCCACACAUUUGAGAAUCCACGGCGGUCAUGAACAAAAAGCAGCGAGCUUCCAAUCACCUGAAGCAAGAAAGAAGGAAGGUUAUACUAUAUGCUCAGUCAGAUAACACUAAAGUAAUCCAUCAUAUCCUUGCUAAAAGUCCACAUAUCGCUGGUAAUCUAGUGCAUUAAAGGGACACUAUAGUCACC